ACACACUUACACACACACACACACACACACGCAUACAACUCUAGGGAGUCCUGCCUCUUAGGAAAAGGGUUUGCAAAAGUCAUGACCAAAAAAAAAAAAAACGUAAACACACCCACUACAGCCUACAGAAUUCAAUGUAAUUUGCUGCAAGAAGUCUUUCAUCAGAGCUGCAGUCGGAGGCAGGAAGGCUUGGAACACUGAAAGCCUGUUACAACUGAGGCUUGCCUGUCUCUUCACAGAGAGCUUUUAAUACAUUACCCCCAGAGCGCUGAACAUGGAUACAUUCUGUGGAUCUGGAAGGCUGGGCUCCAAAUUCUGGGUAAGUGUCGUUUAACUCUGUGUGUAGCCUAAGAGCUUGCACUCUGCUGUCAUUCACAAUCUCUGUUCCUGUGCGUCCAAGUCGUCUUGUUGCAAAUACAUGGCUGUCAGUCCACCUAUUGUACAGCGCUACGGAAUUUGUUUGCGCUUUAGAAAUAAUAAUAAUUUAAGUUUGGAGAAGCCGGCAUGAAAACUCAGAAAGAAAGAAUAGCAAUAUGAAAUUAUCUAAGGACACCAGACAGGAUACACAGCCAAGUACAUCCUGUGUACAGAUGUUUUUUUUUUUUGUUUUUUGUUUUUUUACACAACUGGACAUUAUAAUACAGCUCUUUUAACAGUCUGCCAGGGCACUGUGCGAACCCUUCACAGCAUACUGAAGCACUCACACUAGUUCCCACGCUUCAAUUCAUGGGACACCUUUGCCUUAGUUACGUUUCUUUUUGUUUUAAUAAUAAUAAGAAGAAGACAAUAGUGUAAGCAAGCGAUUGAAUUGCAAUGUUAUUCUCCUUUUGAGUCUGCAGCUUGUCACAGAGCUUGCAAUCUAAUAUGCAUACUUAUCAAAACAUUGGUCGGCAUAUAUAUUUUAAUAUAAUAUUUGCCCAAAUAUCAGAAGAUUUUCAUUAGAGCGAUACUUCCUCUAUACGUGACAGUGCUUAAAUAAACAUGAAUUAUAAAGGCACACUACGCUAAAUUGAAGUAAAUCCUAGCAUGUAGCAUUAAAUGAGCUUUAUGGAAAAGUAUGUUUUAUAUAAGCACACACACACUUAUAUACAAAUUUACAUGCAAUAAUUAUAUAUAUUAUUGUGUACGUAUACACACAUAAACAAUGCAGAAGUGGACACGAAUACAUGAGAGAGAGAUUAGAUUGAUAGACAGAUAGACAAUCAGAAAAUGCCAGUAAUAAUAAUAUAUUCACGCUGUGAGGUCAGACCCACCAUAGUUGGUUUACAAUGCUGCAGUGGCAAGCUAACAGUUAUAUCAAUUAAUUAUGUGAAUUAAGUCGCCAUUCAUUAUUUUUCUAAGAGUGGCAUUUUUGGUCAUUGAGCUUGCUGUGUACAGUGUCCUGAUUCUCAUAUAUACAUUACAUAUAAUGACAGGUAAUUGUAGCAGCACCAGCUGACAACGUUCCAUUCUAUGCUUCUACAAUUGCUUAUGCAUGCACGUAAAUAUGUAAUAAAAAUAAAUAAAUAAAAGAUUGGAUGGAUAAAAUGUUACAGCCGUUUGGAACACGAGACACCCUGUGCUGCAUGUUCAAUAGCAAUACAGGUUAACCUACUUUUAAUUGUUGAAAGAACAUGCCUUUUACAGACACCCAAAGCUCUGCCCUAAACGUUCCCCUGCUUGCACGUGAAUCCUGUUACCAUAAGCUACAAGUCCAUACAGGAAGCUGGAAGUGGCUGACAUAGUCUAAUGACAGAUUGGUAAUUUAUGUGUAGGACUCACUUCCAAAAGCCAUAUUUGUACAGAUUGGCUUUGCUUUCUGUAGUUUUUUUUUUCCUUACUGCGCACACAGAUGGCAAUUAUAAAUAUUAUUUUCAACCAGUAAGUGAACAUUUGGCCAUUUAGUCUUUUUGUGGAUGUCCUACUUCCCGGCUUGUAGUGUUAUGUGCAUCACCUGAUCAUCUAUGGAAUUUAUACGAUAGGAGCCUCAUCUGUCCAUAUGUUAAGAUUAAAUGGAAUUUGGAAAUAGCACCCUAUCAUCCAGCUGUAAUUAUGUUUAAAGCCUUCGGUUAACAAAAAUACUUUAACAAAAUAUAUAUAUAUAUAUCUGCCAUAGAGCCUAUGAUAAUAUCUCAGAAUUCUACAAUUACAGGUAGAAUCUCUUGCCAAAUAGUUUAACCCCUUAAGGACACAUGACAUGUGUGACAUGUCAUGAUUCCCUUUUAUUCCAGAAGUUUGGUCCUUAAGGGGUUAAAAAAUAUAUAUAUUAAAAAUGGAAGAUGGUGUAAGUUUUGAAUCUCUGUAAAUAUCCGAACAACUAAUUGUAGAAUAUUUUAGAAAUGGCUGUAUUAGAUAAUUAUUAUGGGAGAAAUUUCUUUAGAGCAGGGGUCCCCAAAAGGUGGAUCCCCAGAUAUUUUAAAACGACAACUUGAUGCUUUGUCAUUCUAAAGGCAUGCAAAGCAUCAUGGAAGUUGUAGUUCUACAUCCGGGGAUCUGCCAUGUGGGCAACUCUGCUUUAGAGUAUGCAGCAAUUUCAUAUUUUUCUUUUAUCCUAAUAAAGCAUCAGUAUAUUCAGCAGUGACACACCAAAAACACUGAAUAUUUCACAUAAAUUGCAUACAUUUCAUUAGCCACGUACCCAAACGUAACCCAUUAAACAAAGCGACAUCAUGACUGUUACAAAAAGAUGUCAUUAAAGGCAGAUCAUGUAUGGUUAAUAUAGCUAUACUGAUGAUUUUGGUAAUUAAUUAAAUUCACGAUUAGUAGAAUUUACAAUCAUUCAUUUAUAUGGGAUAUUUCAAAUAUUCUAGCAUUGAAUACUAUGUAACCACUUGGAGGAAAUCAUUAUUUAUUUAUUUAUAAAAUAUUUUACCAGGAAAGAUACAUCUCGUUUUCAAGUAUGUCCUGGGUAUGUCCUGGGUAUCAUGAACUCAUUAUGUAAUUCUACGAAAUCCCAGCACAUUGUGCCAGUUCUUAUUUGUCAAUUUAUUUUGCUUUAUACCCUCCCUUAAAACCCUGUGAACGCCAUGUGUGUGCCAAAUGAAUAAAUAGUUAACACUUGUUACUCAAAAGGUUGGCAAGAAUGUUUGCAAGCCCACCCACCUCCCAUCAAAUACUCUAACCAAAACACAGAGUGGCGUAUUCACAAAACAGGUAAUUGUUACAAAUUGAAAAAUGAAUAGAAAAUUAGAUGGUGUGGAGAUAUUCCACAACUCGUUGAAACAAUUCAGUUUUUUUAAUUCACUAAAAUUUAGUAUUCAGUGAGUGCUUCUCCCCCUCCCCCCACCAAUUACCCCAGUGGGUGUUAUUUACUAAAUAAUAGACCAGAAAGUGCUGAUCAUGGUUUAAUAACAUGACCAAUGACGUGAUUCAGUAGGUGACCUAUCUACUAUACUUAUGUGACCUUUAAACUAUAGACCUACGUGAUUUGCGUUUACCAUAUUGUUGUUUCUUUUUGCAAUCAAAGAUUUAAAGGGACUCACUAUGCUGGAGACAACCCCUCUUUUUUUAUUCUGGAGACGAUGAACAAAAAAAUAAAUAAAAUACGAAAAAACACUAAGAUAUACUUUUAAAAGUCCCUCACUUGCUGAAAUUUUUUUGCAAAUUUUGCAGUGAUGUCUGCAGAGACCAGGAAGUGGCCAAGAUCACUCACCAAUCCUGGAAGCACUAUAUUAUCCUAUCAUCUACUUUUAUGCAGCAUGUGUUUAUCAAGCCUUCCAGCUAUAUUUCAAUAUUUUGUCAUGUCAUGUUGUGCCAACUAUCAUCUUUUUAUAGACAUGGUAAAAAUAAGCUGCAUCAAUUUCUGUAAAUUCAAAAAUGUCAUUUCCAAAACAUCUCUAAUUUAAGAACACAAAACAAAUCAUUAAAAUGUCUAUAUACAUAUAAACAGGAAAAGUCUGCAGGAUGCCUUCCAUCAAUGUGUUAGAAGUAAAGUGCAUAAUGACAAGGACUCUAAGAACCUCUGUAAAGGAUUUUCAGACACAGACUGGUGACUCUGAGCUAACAUAGGAAAGAAAAGCAGCUCAAUGAUUGGCUCACUAGUGCCAGCUGCUUCUUGAUUGCAGGAAUCUAUAGAGUAGGACAAGGGUGGGCAACUUUGGCACUCCGGAUGGACUACAUCUCCCAUGUUCUUACAGCGAUAAUGCCGGCAACGCAUUAGGGGACAUUUAGUCAAACAACAUCUCAGUAGAAGGAACAGAUUAUAGAGAAAACAGACUCACUCAAUUUAUAUAUAUAUAUAUAUUUAUUUUAAAGAUUUUUUUUCUCUAUUUUAGAAAUAAAUGCCUUUUGCUAUUAAUGAAUGAGCUAUAAUAAUUACAUUCAUUUCCUUGCAUGCUAAUACCACGAUUCUCUAAACUUUUUAUGCUAGUUAAAACAUGUGCAUCUACUAUGCCAGGCAAAGGCAACCUUCGGCACUUCAGAUGUUUUGGACUACGCUUUCCAUGAUGCUUUGCCAGCGUUAUGGGUGUAAGAGCAUUAUGGGGAAUGUAGACCACAACAUCUGGAGUGCCGAAAGUUGCCUAUCCCUGUACUAUCCCAAUAAAGACUAAAAUAGGGUGUGGCAAACCUAGGCACUUUAGGUCAUACUGCUCAACAUCUGAAGGUUGUCUGUAAAAAGCUGUGUUAAUUCUGUGUAUGGGUGUAUUCGUGUAUUUCUGUAAUAGAGAGCAGUCAUAUGCUAACAGCCGAAACCUGCUAGCAUUCAUAUGGUAGUUUCACGAACAGUGACUUUAUACACUGUUCGUGAAACGAAUAAAGUACUGAAUGGGAGCCCACACACAGAGGGUCGUGUGGCUCCCAUUCACCGAUUGCAAAAUUGUAGCAAUUGGCGGAUAAAUCCUUACCUGGGUGGCCGUCGUUCGGCUACCGACCACGCGGCGAUCCUUUGUUAUCCCAGCGGUGUUUGGUCGUCGAGCGCCUGGAACUAAAAUCGGCUACUCGACGGCGUGAACACCACUGGACUUCCAGGCCAUUCGGGAGCACCAGUCCUUCGGUACUUUAUUCUUCCAUAUGUAUUCGGUACUUUUAAGGUGAAUGUAAUAUAACUUGUGUUUCAUGCAGCGUUCGGUUAUUUAUGCUGGGAUCUGAGUGGUACUUUCACAAAGUGUGCGCUCAGACCCCAGCUAUCUACCGAACGGUCAUUCGGUAUAAUCAUAUGUAUAAUAUUAAAGUUAUGCAUUUUUGUGUAAAAAAAGUAUUCUAGUGGGAGUAUCCCUCUCAUACAGCAGUGCAUGGUGGGAGAAAUGUCCUGUAUAUUCAGUUUCCCAUGUAGUGCUCUACUGUAUAACCUCUGUAAUGUGACUAAGGAAACUCCUUGCAUGGGGAAUCACAUAAAUGCUGGAGCUGUGAAUAAAAUCGUCAGUUGACUCCCAGAACUGUGUUUCGUCCGGUUACUGGGGGAUUUGGGAUAUUGCCUUCAUUUCCAGCGCUUUACUUGGAUCACUUUCUGUACCAGCGGAGAUAUUGGGAUUUAACAUUGCAGCUCAGCUACAUAGGGUAAUAAACAUAAUGAGCUUUGAUGUAGAAUUGUGUUUACAUUUCCCCAGCAAGUUCUCCCCCCCCACACUUUUCCCCUCAUUCCGACAUGAUUUAGUUAUGAAAUGCAGUGUAAAAGGCGAGAUUUCGCCCAGAAUGUUCCUUUAAAAAAAAAAAAAAAAGGCAUCCAUUAAGGUGGUCUGGGUGCCGUAGCCCUCUAAUUUUAACUCUGCAAUGUAAAAUACACCUGAAUUCCCGACAGCCACUAGAGGUGCAUCCCCUCUGAGUUAGAUUAUUUGACUUCGUUAUCAAGGACGUUAACAUCAUCAAAUGGUAUUGAUAGAGAAAAAUUGAAUUCUGUGCUUCCCUAUGAGAAGCAUGUGAUAGGAUAAGAACGGUCAGCAAACAGAUGAACUCGCAAGAGGAGGAUCUAUUGGCUGCACGAGUGCGGACUUAAUAAAACUAUUUUUCCUUUUUUUUUAGAUUUAAGUUGGAAGAGGGCUGAAAUUUAACUAGGGACUAGAACACAAUAGCGCUGGGAAUACAUGUUUGCAUUUCCAACACCAUGAAUUUCCUUCAAGCUGUUUGACAAGCUACACAUAUUAAUAGUGUUCACUGGACAAAAAGAAACAAAAAAAAAUAAAAUAAUUAUAAUUAAAAGAUAAAUGACCGUUCAUCUGUAAAACUGAAAAUAAGUCCUUAGGAGGUUUUCUAAGAAUUAAAAAAAAAGACCCUUUAAGGCCUGUUACUCAAUCCUUUACUAGAAUUUUAAGAAAACUCGGGGGGAAGUGAAAGUUGCUUUAUCAGCGAAAUCUUAUUAAACAGAAAUUUGAAAAUGGACAUUACAAAAAGGCCAGCUGCAGUCACAGCAAAAUAUUAGGGUGAUUAUUAAACACUAAACACAGAUUUGUGGUGAUAGCGAACUGAUUUGAGCAUUUAAAUCAAGGCCCCCCAAAAUGAAAAUAAAAUAAAAAAGAAUCUGUAAUUCUUCAAAAAAAUAAUCAUUUUUAUUUCUUUGCUAUAUUAGCUUUAAAGGGACAUUCCAGACAGGUUUAACCAUUUAUUUUAACCAUUUAUUUUAUCUAUCUUAUAUAGCUAUUAGACUAAACAAUACAUUCAAAUAAUAAUUAAAAUAACGGCUCACGUUUGAAGCAUCUUUAGCCGUGAUCUCUGAUCAAAGCACGAAGAACCUCAGCCAAAACGAUAACGUGAUUGAGUCUAUAUCUGUGCCAAAAGCAGUGCUUUAUCUACAGAAAGAGGGUUUCUUUGGGUUGAAAAGAAAGAUAAAAAAAACAGAAAUACCAUAUGCAUAAUCCUCCCAAAUUGUGCUAAAAUAGAUGUUUAAUUGUAUACAUGGAAACACUGGCAAAUACAAGUCCAAGGCUGAAAUAUUCCUUUAAUCAUGCUCUAGAGCUGAGCAUUCCUCUGGGGUCCCCAGAAAAAGUACAACGUUGGAGGAACAAGAUCCCCAAAAAAUCAGGACUGUUCCAUCAGAUUCAGGACUGUCGACGAGUAUGUACUUAAUUGACCUCACAAAGCAUGUCCUCGGGCUUGUGUUAAAAGUCACACAGGUCAAUCUUUUUGACUGAAUGAUCUUAUCUUCUAAAAGGACUUAUCGUGGUUACAUAUUGCUUUUUUUCUGCAGCAUUUUUACAAACUGUAUAUAUGUUGCAUUAAAAGUUACCCACAGAAUAUUAUUAAUUUUAAGUUAUUUGAAGGCAAGAUUACAGUUCCUUCAUGAAGAGGAGCUGUGACGUCAGAUUGUUUCACAACCCAGCGGCUAAUAAUAAAAUGGCUGAAGGACAUGUAUUUUCCCCCCAAAUAAUGCCUUUUUCACACGCUAGCUUUUAUUCUCCUCUUUUAUUACACUACACAUCAUGUACCAGGCUAUCAUGGCACAGCCUGGCAUACAAUGCAAAGCUCCCGAGCACUUGCAACAUUGUAGGAAGAAUUCCAGGAGAGCAUGGCAUCACUCUGCUUGUAUGAAAGACCCAAGGAAUAUAUGAGUAUUGAUACUCCCUGUGGGAAGACAUCAUGUAUGGACGUAGUGGGGAAUCGCGAUGCAGCCUAGAACAAAUCUAGCCCCAUUAAACCCCCCAAUAACGACAGACAACUUAGUAUGGAUGAACAGGCCACAGCAUUUAUUAUAACAUAAAUAAAUUACUGCAUAACACAUCCAUAACUUUUUAUUAAAUCUCUUCUUUCUGUAACGAAAUAAAUAAUCAUAAAUUAACAUAUAAACAUAUAACUCAACACAGUGUUAUGCAGUGACCCAACCGUCCUUGCCAAUAAACAUACAGUGGUUCCUAACCACCACUUCCUCUCACCUCCCCCCCUCGUCAUAAAUCAUCUCUUUCCAAUGCCCGCCAUCAGCCGACCUUAUCCACGCUCGAUGGGCACGACACCUCAGGCAACCUAAUGUUAACCGUUUGAAGCAGGGGAGGUUGAGACCUGCAAAACAUAAAAACUUAGUCCAUCCUUAAACAUAACCCCUCAAACUUAAUUGGCAAGGACAUACCCCCGCCUCGCUGUGACUAACUAAUCCUACAAGGGGUGGGUGGGCGGGAAGCUGUUUGCUGGCCCGAAUCCCAAGUGGCACUGAGGUAAGACCUCCCCCACGCUAACUUAUAUUGAACCUAACCUCUCCCACACACAUUACCCAAGUCACUCCCAUGCAUCUAUCCCCACACUCCUACAUGUGCCCUUGUCCGCUUAGCUGUGCUAUCUCCCCAGGGUCUUUACGGUUGAUCUGUGUCCAAUGUACUUCUUGUUGCAAAGCUUUGGAACACAGCACAAUCACUAGAACCUGCCAUGUUUCUAAUAGAGGGUUAACUGACUGCCCACACAGUGUUAUAUUAGAAAAUUACUGAUUUGAAGAGGAACUGGCACUUCUAGAAAUCCUCUUACUAACACCUCUUGUCUGUAAACCAUUCAUCUGGGAAGAUUUUCUGCCUCACAUGCUUUGUACUAUAGUUCAAAGCGGAGUAAGUGCUAUUGUCAACAAAUCGUGGCAAUUGUGGCGCAUGCACCAUGUAGCCCAAAUCUCUAUAAACAGUGUCUGCCCGUACACAAGUCAAAAUUAAAGUGAAUAUAUUUUACCUUUUAUUUAUUUUUAAUUGGAGUUUUUCUAUAGGGAAGACUGUAAUCUAGGCCUUGUAAUUUGAAUUUACUUUCUAUGCUAUAAGGAAGGCGGCACUUAAGAAGUCCCAUUCACUGACAACUUUGAAGAUAGAUAAGGCUCCUAUCUUAAGAAAACUAGGUACUUCUGUUGGAAAAGCUAAUAAUUAACACUUCUUCAAUGUUCCUACUCACUUACUGAGAAAACUACAGCGCUAAUAAAAACCAGGACUUUCUCGUCUGUACCAAAUGCCAGAAUAUGUUUCUUCUAUAUGACUGUCCCAGGUGGCAGUCAUCGCAGAUGUCACUUCCUUUACCUUAGUAAAUUAGCAGAUAAAUUAUCACAGUAGGCAGAUAAACAAUACAUGGCUGGAGAUUUCUACUGAGCCAUAAAAAAAAAAGAAAUUGAUCUUUAUUGCAUGAGAGAGACAAUAGACAAUGACAUCAUAGACAAUGACAUCAUAGACACGACAUCACAGAACACAACAAGCAACAAACUGAGGCCAAGCCUGCUCAGAGACAACCUAGCUGCUGUGACCUUGUACAUGAAAUAUUAAUAAAAAACUAGAGCUCACACAUCAGAGAGACGGCUCAGUACAAAUUAAUAAAGAGCCUCGUUCCGUCACUCAAGCGGCUGUGGUGGCAAAUUCUGGCUUCAAUGUAUUUAUUUGUAGCGUUGUAGUGUUCUUUUAUAAGACUGCAGUGGUCAAUAGUUCAUUUACCACUGCCACGUGAAAUAAUCUAAACAUCAUCUUUUUUACUUCAUUUGUUAAACACCUUGUUUACAGAUUUUGUUUUCUAUUGAUACUGAACUGUACCCCGUGGUGGUUUUUUGAUACUUUUUGGCAUUCUCUCACCCCAGAGGCCACAUUACCUGCAACUUUCUCUAGCGAGAUUGAUUGUUUUGUCUCUUGUUAAAUAUUAAAAAAAUGAAAAAUUUGUGCUGUUUUAUGACAGUUACCAACGACCUCACAUCAGUGCAUUGUCGGGCAUACUCUUGUAGACUGUCCCUAUAUAUCUGUCUGUAACAGAUAGCGCUACCAAAAAUAAAGAAUGUUAAAAAAAAAAAAAAUGAAAGAAAUAAUCUAAACAUAUUAAGAAAGGUGCUAAGUAACAAAAUAAAAUAAAACCUUCUGCACUCCAGAUGUUUUGGACUACACCUCCCAUGAUGCUUUGCCAGCAUUUUGGGUGUAAGAGCAUUAUGGGGGAUGUAGUCCACAGCAUCUGGAGUGCCGCAGGUUGCCUAUCCCGGGACUAGACCCUCGAUUACUUGCAGGGUUAUUUACUAAAGAAUUCAAAGUGAAUUUAAAUUUUAAGGCCAGAGUUGACAAAUUUAAAGAAUUGCUGGUUUUAGAGAAAUGUCAUUCCAUUUAAACUAUUAUGACUUUAAAAUUACAAUUUACUUUGAAUUCUCCCUUUAGUGAUUAACCCAGUAGGAAUGCAGGUGACAGUGCAGGUACAUUUUAAAGCAACGUCUUCUUGUAUUUCUGUUUUUGGCAUUUUGCAGGACUUAGGUGUGGUGCAGCGUUAGAUUACAUUCGCUGUGUAAACACUUGUGCAUUCCUCUUUUCAGGAGGAGGAGCCUUUCUUGCAUUGCGCCUGGAAUGAACUCAUGUAAUCUUAGCCUUCACAGACAAAUCUCUACGCCCCCGCACGCCUUUUACCAUGUUUACUAUUUAAAGGAACAGUAAACCUUAAAAACGCUCCGAGACCAUAAAAUGCCAAUUUAGCAUGACACGCAGGUAUGAAGCCUGAUGGACCAGGAUGUGAUGUCAGCAAAAAAAAAAAAAAGCCAUGUAAGAGGUUAAAACUUGAUUUUCAAAUGGAUGUGCACAUGUAGACAACUUUGAGGGAGCUACAGUGCAAUUAUAAGUUAUGUAAACUGGUUUAAAAGUCAUCACGCCUAAACCAUAAAAAUCUCUAUUCCCUUUUUUAACAAAGAGACUGACUUCUCCCAUUUAACCUGUGACGUGCCAAGGCAAAAUUUAUUUACGGUGUGUUUCAGUAACUCAUUCACUUUUUUUUUCUUGUCUUCUCUAAAAAUUGCCUUGAUUGCCAGGCUGGUAUUAAUGGUACUUUGGACGUUUUAUGAUAACGUCCCUAGGGGGUGUGAAAUAAAUUCUGUUGAUUUAUGGAGUAAAGGGGAACUUAACACAUGAGACUUUCUGAUCACAAUGCAACAUCCUUCCUUUGUUUCUUUAAACGGUCUUGAUACACUUUCUCUUAAAACAAGCUUAUGUCACUGAGCUCAUCUCACAGUGACACAGCAAUUCCCUAAAAAUUCAAGGAAACCUGUUCUCGGGUUAGCAUGUAGGCCACAAUUAACCUUUUCAGGGCAGCUGUCAUGUGCAGAGUUUUUGGCAUUCAAUUGGUUCUGCAGAUUUGUGGGUUUAGUCGCUCGUUUUCAAAUCACAGUGAAACGAAAUCUCAAAAUAGUUAUUUCCUUGUUUUUAGCCCCAAAACCUUCUCACCAACAUUAGUUUCUGCCUGAAGGAGUCACGUCUAGCAAUUGACGGAAAAAGUUAAAUUAAUCAUACUAAGCAAUACCCUUAGGGGGCAAAUAAGUGUUUCAUACGGAUUGUUGUAAAAUAUCUGUCAAAAAGCCUGUAUUUGGCUCAUAUCACUCUACUUACGAGGAGUGUGGGAAAGAUACUGAUAUUAGGAGACAGGCUAUAUUAUAGAUAGGUCAGUCAAUGCCCACUUUAUUAUAUAAAAAACUAUUGAUACAUACCAAUACCAACCCUGCCAACAAAAAAAAAAAGUUAACUAAAAGCCAAACCAUGAACUAACCAAAUUAAAGGAAAAUGUCUUUAAAAAAAAAAAAAAAUUAAAAAAUAUUAUGUUAUUAUAGUGUGUAUAAUUUUGUAACACACGCAUGUAAGUAAGUGUUUCUCCUGGUUUGUCCUUGUCCGGUAAGGUCUUUAAGGCUACUUGACCAUAAACACCACUUAUCUGUCUAAAAGCAUGCAAUUAAAGGAGAGCUAAUGCAUGCUCGUUAAGCCUUGACAGCAUGCGUGAGAGACAGACAUCCCAAAAACACACACUGAGCCACUUUCAUGAAUUUAAACUGCACCUCAUAUUAGGACAGUUAAGAAGUUCUUGUAACCAAAGAGGGGGUAUAGGAACACUUCACAGAACUAUUUAGUAGAUAAAACCCUCAAAUAAAACAUGUGUGUAUUUUUUUUAUCCAUGUUUUCUUUGGGGGUUAUAUGGGGAAAAAAACAGCUGGCGAUAGCUGCAGACCUGUUCUUCUCCACAGUUUUUGAAAGCCCUCGCCUCUUACCCCAGCCUAGACUUUCAGUGUGUAUUGAUCAUUCCGAGGCUUCUGACUAAGAACCCUCUGUGCUAGAGCCACGAGCGCAUGCACACUUUGGAAGUGAAAGAAAGCCUCGUUGGCUGUGUGAUUGACAGCAAGGGAGGUGUUUCUGCCCAAAAUUAUAAUAGUGACGAUUUCUGUUGAAAUCAGAACUUUUGUAAAGUGUUCCUCUAAAUACACCUGCCCCCAAAAGGCAAGAACAAGCCAGGAAACAUAUUGAAAAGAAGUAUUAACUUAUAGGCACACUUUUAUUUUCCAUAAAAAAUAAUGGUGGUUUUCUAUCGAGUUCUUCCGAAAUUUAGCUAAAGACCUAUGCGCAUUGUGACGAAAGCAACUUCGCCACUGGUUCUUGGAGGGGCAUACUUGCCAGCCUCUUACCCUGUGACUAUGGCCCCUGUAGCACUUCAAACUCCCGAACAGUCGAAGUGACCGCCAUUCAACAUUCGAACACGUGGUGGUGGCCAUCCUGGUCGCAUGGACCACAACCGCGAAUAGACUUCAAGGGGACUUAGCCGCGAAUGCCCUGGAACUAUUUUCGGCAUGAAAACCUUGUAGUUCCCGGUCGGUCCUCCAGCGGCACUUAGCCGCGAUUCUAUGGAACUGUUUUGGGCAUGGGACCAUGCCUGCGCCUGGGCAAAACUAUGACUUCCAUAAAAUUUUUGAACCCCUCAUCUGAUCUGGGUGAUUUUUGGAUAUGUUGUUCACCCAGAUCAGGACUAUCAUAAAAGUAACAUUUAUGGGGAUAUGUUGUGUUUUGGGGUACUUAUGAGACUUUGUAAAAAUGUGUGUUUUUCUGCCUGGAGAUAAUUGGGUUAAUACAGUAUCUGACUCAAGUAUCUCACAGGCAGAGGGGAGGGAUUGUAUGCUUGUUAUGGGAGUGUCGUACAUUUAAUUACUGUUUUUAUUGGUUUGUUAACUUGUGUCCCUGUGCCCACGUGGGUGUCACCCUUGUUGGGAAACUUGUAUAAAAGGCCAGUGUGGCUCCAUUAAAAUUGAGUUCCUGCUUAACCCUCAGCACGUAGCUUGGUCUCGUGAUUAAAGGGGAACUGCUAUAUUCACACUGGGGAUUCCUAUUGCCUUAUACUCCCCUGGGUUCUAGUCACUAGCUCUUCUAAGAGCUCUUCCUGCUACGCUCUCUGAAGUAGGAGAGGUCUUUCCCACAUGGUCCUGGAUAUCCAAGGUUGGUCCAGGGUGGGAGAAAGAAGGCAAGAUCCCAGCUAGGCUAUGGCGGUUGUGGAGUCUGUGGUGCUUGUGGUGUUCGGUGUGGUGCUUACGGUCCUCAGCGUCAUCUAGGAAGCAUCUGUUGGCAGAGGUGCCCAGUCGGGGUGUCAGGUGAUCCGUCACACACAUGUUUGCAUGUAAGUCAGCGCAAACUCAUUACACAAUUAGCAUUAGACUUGCAAACAAAUUCUUUUGAUUUGGCACGAACAAAUCAAAUUUCUUUUAAUCUUUGCCCAAACAAAUCGAUCUGUGAAUAAGACUCCACCGAUAAAUCAGGAUGUAAAAUGUAAAUAAAGGCCGGCACCACGGACCUAUUGGCACAAUAACAACUUUGUUUAAAUUAAGUUGUUAUGAUGGCCAGAAUGCUCAUGUAAUACAUUGAAGGGGAAUAAAAUUAAAAAAAUACAUGAAAAAAAAAAUCCCCUUUGAUAUUAAAUAUAAAAGAACUUGAGAAAUUUCGAACCAUUUGACAAAGUGUGCAUGCGCAAAAGUUCUGUAUGAAGUCUUAGGAUGGGGCGGUCCAUUUUUUAAAUUUUUUUUAUUUAACUAUAUAAUUCAUUUUAUUAACCCAACAAAGGAAAUACUUUUUUAAAAAAGAUAUUUCAGCAAACUCCAUAAACUACUGGAAAUACAGAGUGUAUGAAAUUGAAAUGGUAAAACAGAUUGAAAGGUAAUGAUAGUUUUUACCUAAAAUAGUCUCCUUUCUUCAAGCAGGCCUUCAUAUAUUUCAUAUGAUAUUCUGCAGAACAGGCUUAUUUAGGAAGGUCUCUGUUAUUUUGUAUUACGUUCUCUACAGAAUUACCCGCUCUCACUUUAUGAAGGCUCAUAUCUAGUCUGGCCAAUUUCCUUCCGACUUUAAUUUAAUGUCACUCACAGAAAUAUUCAGCUGGGGGCUGGUGGGAUUCCAGCCGCCAGAGUCUCUGUCAGUACUUGGCUUCAAGGCAUCAAAGCUAAAUGUUGUGGAAUGUGCUGGAUGAUGUAAAUAGACCGUAUUUCAAUGAACCAAUGUGCAAGUAUAUCCGAUGUCAUCUGGUUAGACUGCUUUACCCGGGUAAGCUAUGGGUAAGAUACGAAAACCUACUUACAGGUGAGAAAACGGCUCCCUCUUGGAAUAAUAGGGGGAGAGAUUUUCUGGGGAUUCAGUAAUGGGAAUCAUCACACAAAUUAGUUAACUAAAUUUUCAUCAACACGUAUGCUCUGUUUAACAAAAGUCUCUACAUACAUUCUGCCUAGACCUCUCGCUGUUCUUAAAGAUGCUUUGUUAUCGAUAAAUAACAGCUAGACAGAAGGUGCAUUCUAUCACUGCAUCUCUGCACUGUAGCUCCCAAAUGUCCCACUUUAGGAGUGACAGUCCCUUUUUUGUGCCAAAUCUAUCUUCUCUAUUCAUGAGCCCAUUCUAAGGAGACCUGGAUUUGUGGUUAGCUGUUAAAGUACAACAGUUCCAAUAAAAAUGUAUCUAAUCUACUGUAAACAUUUUUGUCAAUUAGUCUGUUGAGACUGAUAGUCUCAGUUUGUUCUAAAUUGCAAUAGUUUAGGGAAAAAAAACUUAAAAUGGUCCAGAACAGCCCCAAAACCUGGCCACACACACCCUUAAAUGAAAGUGUCCUGCUUUGUUCAUAUUGAAUGUUGGUAAACUGCACAGUAAGUGAAUAAAUGGCGCCUAACAGAUUUUUUAAAAUUUUUAAAUAUCUUUUAAAAAAUUGCAGCAGCCACACACUCACAAUACAAAGCUACUCGCAUAAGGUGCGCUGUGCCUUUAAAUGACACACUCCCAAAAGUGUUAGUUUAUAAGCAUUAUGUGAACGUGUAUAAACACAAAAUGAUGGGAAUUGCACUUACAAUAACUUGGAAUAAACUCCACACUGGCACAUAUAAAGAACGGGCAAUAUAACAGAUAUAAUAUUAACCACUAGCAAUACUAUAUCUAUCUUAUUACCCUUUUUUUUUAUUCCAAGUUGGAGAGCAAUCUCCAUCCUUUUGUGUGUAUACACUUUCACAUAAUACUUAUACAUUAACUCUGCGCACUUCGGGAAGUGUGUCAUUUAAAGGCACAGUGCACCCAAUGCAUGUAGUUUCAUAUAAAAUGUUGGGGGGGGCACGUUGCCACCCCAGUGAUGUAAUUAUUAGAAAAGGUCAAGAAGUCAGAAUUGCGAACAGGUGCUCCUUUCCUCUCUCCCAUGCCCAUGUACCCAAGAACGAAGGCUGAAUACCAAAACAUAUCAUCCAGAGCUUCUUACUGCCAUGGGUAUUAAAGGUACAGGAAAGCCCAGACUGUACUAAAAUGUGUGGCUUCCGCAGAUGUGGACCAGUUUCUAGCAGAUAUUUCAGCAUAUUCUGAUUGUAAUAUCCAAUGUAACCUCUGUAAAUGUUUGCCAGGUACAUGUUAACUGGGCGGAAGUAACAGGUUAUUUUUUAGUAAGCUAUUCAUUUUAACACAGGAUGUAUUUUAUUAGGGAAUGCACAGAAAUGCAAAGGGCAGCUUUAUCACCGGUGGCAAUCGGUAAAUUAUUAUAUAAUCGUACAGAAAAACAGUUAAAGGGGCACUAUAGUCACCAGAACAACCACAGCUUAUUGAAUUUGUUCUGGUGACUAGAAUCAUCACCUUCAGGCUUAAUGCGGUAAACACUGUCUUUUCAGAGAAAAAGCAGAGUUUACAUUACAGCCUAGUGAUAACUGCACUGGCCACUCCUCAGAUGGCUGUUAGAGAUCCUUCCUGGGUCAUGGCUGCCUAAAAUGCAUCCAAACAUUCAGUGUCUCCUCCCUCUGCAUGCAGACACUGAACUUUCCGCACUGAGAUUCAUUGAUUCAAUUCAUCUCUAUGAGGAGAUGCUGAUUGGCCAGGGCUGUGUUUGAAUCAUGCUGUCUCUGCCCCUGAUCUGCCUCUGUCAGUCUCAGCCAAGCCUAUGGAAAAGCAUUGUGAUUGGAUCAGGCUACCACUUCUGAUGAUGUCAGCAGACUGCUUGCUAUUCUGAGACAAACAGCAUGCAGAGCUACAGCUUCAGGCUUGAAUUCAAGUAAUAUUUUGCUAUAUUUAGGGAGGCAUGAGGGGCCAGGGGGGCUAGAUGGUGGUUUUAACACUAUAGGGUCAGGAAUACAUGUUUUUGUUGCUGACCCUAUAGUGAUCCUUUAGCAUGAAAUAUGUCUGGAAAAAAUUAGUAUGUUUUUAGUUUUAUUCUAAAUUAUAUAUUCCGCUACAUUAAUAGGGAUCGGUAGAUCAUUGAAAGCUCAUUUCAUAGGUUAUGGUGGAGAAAAGUCCUAUUGUCACCAGCAAUUUGAAAAAAAUCACUGCAGAAAUGAGGAGUAAGUUUCAUAUCCUCUUUGGCUGUCAAAAAUCUGACCAAGUUAUAAAUACAGCAUGUGUAUACUAUGUAAGCCCAUGGAAAGGAAGUCCUCCCCACAGUCGAGGCUGCAAGGGACCUUCUGCAUUUCAGUUUUGUGAACAGGACGGUACACAAACUGAUAGACAACUGGAUUCAGGAUUUGAACAGUUCCAUCAGAUAGAAUGUAGUGAAUUCCUGGCGGGGGGAGAGGAAAUAAGUGAAAUACCCUAUAAACUGCUUCUAAAUAGAAGUUUAUGGGAUAAGAUUAUCCCCCACAGACCAGAAUAAGAAUGACUGGUGUCGUGUCUUUCUGGUCUGGAAGGGGGUUGUCUUUUGCUGCAAUUUCCUGGGCAAGUGCAGCAGCUGCAGGAAUUUUAAAAAGUAUCUUGUUUUCUAUUUAUGAAAGGUCACUUCAAGCAAUAUGACCAAGUCAGUGAUUUGAAGUGGUCAUAGUGUUUGAAUUCUGUAUGUGCAGCGUUUCGCUAUGAGUUUAAACGCACUGCUAAUGGAGGUGUAACUUCAACUGAGGUAACGUCAUUGGGGUGUCAUCGGCCUGACUAAUGUCAAUUCUGUGCAAUUUGUCAGCCAUUGGCAGACAGGGGUUAGGUGACACUCUAAGCCAAUGAAUUGCGAUGGUGCAUCACCAGACCAACAGGGAGCCUUGCAAGUUGCAAGUACAGCAGGCUUCAGUCGUUAUGAUGGUUAGAGUAACCCUUUAAAUUUUAAGUUAAUAUAUAUAUUUUUAUAAAUUCUCUGUAUAUUUCCUUUGUCAGGGAAUAAGCCCCAACCCCUGGUAAUAUGUUGAUGUGAUAAUGCCCACAGAGGUACACUGGCCAGGGCUUCUUUUGGUCCCAUUUUAAUCACAUUCAAUGAUACAAUGAGAAUAAAUUAUGUAUAAAAAUCCAGCUGGUUUGGCAACUAGUGCUGAACCAAUGACAGAAUUACGCGCCAUUAUUUCUUUAUUACAACAUACACAAAAAAUUAUAAUAUGCAAGAUUUCAGAUCCCUGCCAUUUAAAAAAAUGUAAAUAAUAAAAUAACGAUGGGAAACUCUUUGCACCGUCACCCUAGCAAAGCACCCUAUUCCAUAAUGCAUCUUGGAGAUUGCAAUGUUCAUUUCCAUAGCUUGAUAUUUACAGCAGAUCAAUUUGGAGCUAAAAGCAAAAGCAUUGACUAGAAUGAAUUUUAAAUCCCAUCUUGCAUUCCUCUACCCUGCAUAAAAUUGCUUAAGAAAGCAACAUGUGGAUAAUUAUGUCACUAUUAAUACAAUUAGGUAUUUUCCCUUUGGAGGGGGAGCAGCUGUUAAACACAUUAUCAUGUCCGCAGACUGCUUAUCCAUACUUAUGAAUAAAAAUAGAUUGAAUGGCCAGGAAUUCCCCUUUUGUGGCUUAACAGGGGCUGAUCUCAAUGGAUAACUUACAGUGUUUCACUGCUGAUGAUUCUUGCAUUCCGUGGGAUAGGUUUGAAGAAUCAAUCUUGCGAAAAAGUUACGCAAAACUGAUAUUCAUGAAUUAGUACUUGUGCUUUAGCGAUAUCGAGAAGAUUGGGGAAACCAGGUCACCAUGGCACACAAGUAAGUAUCAAACCAUCUGCAUUGGGAAAAGAGCAAGGGGGCUCCUGGCACCAUAACUGCAACAGUGGGCUGUAGUGGUUAUAGUGAUUACAGCAAGGCUGGGAAAAAUGUAGAUCUCCACGUGGUGUAGAACCACAGCUGCCAUGAUGCUUUGCAAGUCUUUAGAAUGUUGCAAUACUAAAACGUCUGGAAAUCUACCAUUUGUCAACCCCUGGUAUAGAGUGUCCCUUUAAACACAAUUAAUGGCUAGCUAUGGUUGUGCUAUUGAUAGUCUUUAAUUCCCCAUAAGCUUUUAGUUUUUCCAGAGAAGUGACAGUCACAUCUUAAAAAAUAUGGCUUCCUAAUCUGCUGGCGUCCCCAAUGGAACUCAGAAAGCAAGACCCAUGCAAGCAAUUUUUAUUUUCCGUGCAACCCACCCCUGCCGCCAUCUUUUUGUAACAACAUAGAGGUGGAGACGGAUGUGGACAAUGUCCCAUAACCAAAAUGCCAAACAUCAUGUUCAUGUAUGAAACGAAUGCAGAAGUGAGCUGUGCCACAUGACAUGACAAUUAUUCUGUUCACUAGUUGUUUCCCACGGUCUGUUUGCUUCCUUCCUCCAUUCUCUGUAUGUUUGCACUGUGUUCUCUGCUUCUUGUAUUUCUAAAAUUCUAAUAAUAAUUUCAGUCAAUAAAUAAUUCAAAUAUAACUGUGAUUGUCAAGAUGUCAUCAGCACCCAAACCUUGCAACAGUGCUCUGUUCCUGAGAGGUCAGCAAUCCCAGAUUGCCUGGUACCCCAUUGUGCCCCUUUGGAUCCCCCAUUGGAGCAGAUCAUGAGUCUUAUCUGCUUGGGCCUCCAGGGCGCAAGCACAGAUGGUGCAAUACUAUUCUAGAGAUACAGAGUGAUCAGAUGUGACACUGUAUCCCUUCAUUCAUAGGGUGACGUUAAGAGUGUUGUGAGGUGCAGGGAGCUCAUUCAAACCACUAACACACUAUCAAGUACAAGCAGAGGUUAACGAAAAGUUCUAGUCUUUGGGACUCGGGACUAGACUGUGUCCUCCGCAACCCCUAUUGUUAAGAGAGUGACCUUCAAUUAUUCUUUAACCCACCACUUUGCCAAGUUGGAACUGCAGGGAUUGCUACAGGUUGUAUGGAGGAAAGUCAUGUUGGUUACAAGAUCUGGGCUAAAGUCCAACAUUCUACCAGCAGGAGACAAAGCAAAGGAUAUGAUUCAAUGUUUAUUUUUGAAGAAGAUAAAAAGAGAAAUAGCAGCGUUCAUAAGUAAUAAUUAAAUUGUACCUGCCAAGCACUGUCUCAUUAUCCCACGUAAAACUCCACGUGUUGAAUCAAAUUUAUUACUGAUCUAGAGAUGGCUUGGCUUGACACGUUAGAGGCUUCUGAACUGCACCUACCAUGAGGCUCAGCCCGCUGAGACCUCUGCAAUGUCAAGGUUGCACAUUACUGUACGAGUUAGUGCAACAUAAAGACAUUCCAUAUGUAUCAAGGUAUUACGAAUGAUACAUGUGUCGCUCGGUAUCCCAUACCUUGUACCGAGAAGACGUUUCCCAGCAUGCAUGUUGCUCAUCAUGACUGCUUGUUCAUAGCGUAUUGUUAGAUUCUUAAUCUCACGCAAUCAGCUUCAUGUUUACAAAAUGUUUUAGAGGUGUUCCAAAUACUCAGAAACUGAGCAUACACAACUGCAGAACAAACUUUGAAAACCGUGGCCUUGAUUUAAUAUUUUUAAUAUGCUUUCCAAUUGAUUUAAUAUAUGCUUGGAUAAACUUUUUUUUAAAGAUUUUUACAAAUUAUGCAAAUAUAAAAUAUAUCACAUACAUAAAAAAAAAAUCAAUAUCUCCCCCCAAAAAAUUUUUUCAAAAGGUUUAUCCAAAAAUAUAGUAUUGAGGCCUAUGUUCUUCGUGUGAGGACAGCUUGUCUGGUGUGUCAUAUCACAGGCACUAUAAGCACUUGUGCCCACAUGCCAAUGAAAGACAGGGUGAUAGGAGAGAAGUGGACUGAGGGUACGAGAGAAAGUGAUGAUGAUGGCAGCAAAAGUUAUGAAGAAAAAGGAAGCCAAGGUUUCCGUGGUAUUUAAAAAAAAAAAAAAAUGUAUGCAUGCUGACCUUUGGACAAAACAGAAUACACACCUGGUUGGGGUGAGACUUGCCUAUUUCCAAAUAAAGGAGCUAUGUUGGGCAAAAGCAUAUAUUUGAGGAAUAAGAUGCUGGAUUAUGACUUAAUGAUAUUAACGUAUAAUUAAAGGGACACUCCACUGCCCAAACACAACAAAAUAAAGAAAAAUCACUAUUUUUUUUUUUGCCACUGAGGAUAUAACUAAAAACAUCCCCGCCCAGACUUUCUGUAGCCGUCCAAUCACAGACUUCCCAAUGCAACUCAAUGAGAAGUCUUUGCAAGGCAGGUGCUCUGGGCAAUUCUUGCCUCUUGAGUUUAUCUCCACUAAGCUAACCAAACCAGGAUCUGAUUGACAGCCAAAUGGUGUAACAAUGUCAAUUUAAAUUUACAUUUUUAUCAAAAUAUGCUCUUUUUGUUUACAAAGAUAAAAAAGACACACUCUUCACAUAUAAAGCAUUUCAGAGAGCUAAAGUGCUUUAGGGGUCCGGAGUGUCCCUUUAAAGAUUGUGUCAGAUGCCCAUACUCAUGCUGAGAAGACUGUAUUUAACAGAAACUGGACAUUUUUUUUCCCUUUUUGGUAAUCUUCAAUAACAUACAGUUCCAAGCACCUUUAUACAUAUACAGACAAACUGCUAUCACCUCUAAACUGUUGCUAUGUCAUAAAAUGCCAGACAGGUGUACCUUAACGGCUGCAAUGAUUUAACAAUGGGGGAAGACAGGAUUUCACCUUCUAUUGAUAUAUGAAAACGUUUUCCUUUACUCAGAUAACAAUGUUGCUUAAAAAGAAAGAAAGGUAUUGUUUGAAUUUUCACGUGCAGUAGCAGCUGAAAUUCCUGCAAAUAACAAACAGAAUUCAAUAAAGUUACCAGAAGGAUGAUAACCUCUCAAACUCAGUAAUAGAACUAUGCAGAAUUAAUAGUUUGUGGUUAAAAGGUAUUUACAGCAGAACUAGGCAACAGGACUACAAAAUUACUAGGCUGGGCUCAACGUAUUAAAAGAAAAUUGUCAUAACGUUUUAUAACUUAAAAUAAAUGAUGGCAUUUAUUAUAACCUCUGCGUGCUAUAUUGUAACGCACAAAUAUGAGGACUUCUAUUGAGUGCCUCUCUUGACUUAAAUUUUUUUAAGGGGCAUCUUAAAGUGGCUUUGUCACUCCUGAGUAUUUCGUACAGAUAUAAUCUUUGCUGUGUUGGAACUUCAUUGAAAUUCUAACACAAUCAAAAGAUACCAUAAGAAUAAGUAAUUCAUGGCUGUGGGAUUCAGGCAUUGACCAGUUCGUUGCAAGACAUGAUCUAUGGAUGGUCCACGGGAUCCCCCAUAAACCUCACACAAGAGUUAAAGCACUGACGCAGCUAUUGGCAGAUGAAGCGACAGUUUCCAAACAAUGAUGCAAAGACCCCCAAAAGUGACAGAUCCGCAUUCAGUCCAAAGUGCAGAUAUAUAUAUAAAAGCUAAUGAGAGGAAAAUACACACAUUGAGGCAGUUUCAUACCAUCACAUUAUGUGCAGAUUUUAUUAGUAACUAAGUGAUGUUUCUGAGCAAGAAGGGCUAACAAUGGCUGUUACCACAGAGUAAGAGUAAGCCAGGAGAAACACGAACAAAACAAAAAACAUUACCUGCACAAACCCCCACGCUACGACACAGCCUGCAUAGACUCGGCACCAACACUGCUACCACUCUCUGGAAACUACUUAAGAGAAAUACACACCGCCAACCUUAUUGCUACUCAUUGCUAUUCAUGUCACCUGUGAUCUUUAACUAGAACCCCUACUAAAUUCAGAAACAUAUCCAACCCUUUUGAGACAGAUCCUGCGAUUCCGACAGCUGUGACCGUACAACUGACCGUGUUCUAUGAACAAAUGGGUAACCACUGGCCUGACAAAAAGGCCAGUAACAUUACAAAAGUUAAUUGAGCCGUUGCUAAUGCCAUGGUGCAGACAAAAUUGUUCUUGUUGCACCCCCAAAAUACCAUCCUACAUAUGGAGCCCAGUUUCGACUUUGAUUGAGACCCUGAGGGGACGAACUCACAUGCUUUAUAUCAAUUAGAACUUAAAGAGACACUAUAGUCACAUGAACAACUUUAGCUUAAUGAAGCAGUUUUGGUGUAUAGAACAUGCCCCUGCAGCCUCACUGCUCAAUCCUCUGCCAUUUAGGAGUUAAAUCCCUUUGUUUAUAAACCCUAGUCACACCUCCCUGCAUGUGACUUGCACAGCCGUCCAUAAACACUUCCUGUAAAGAGAGCCCUAUUUAUGCUUUCUUUAUUGCAAGUUCUGUUUAAUUAAGAUUUUCAUAUCCCCUGCUAUGUUAAUAGCUUUCUAGUCCAUGCAAGAGCCUCCCGUAUGUGAUUAAAGUUCAAUUUAGAGAUUGAGAUACAAUUAUUUAAGGUAAAUUACAUCUGUUUGAAAGUGAAACCAGUUUUUUUUUUUCAUGCAGGCUCUGUCAAUCAUAGCCAGGGGAGGUGUGGCUAGGGCUGCAUAAACCGAAACAAAGUGAUUUAACUCUUAAAUGACAGUGAAUUGAGCAGUGAAAUUGCAGGGGAAUGAUCUAUACACUAAAACUGCUUUAUUUAGCUAAAGUAAUUUAGGUGACUAUAGUGUUCCUUUAAAACUAUCCUAGACUUCAGAUUAACACUCCAUGAAGAAUUUAUGAUGGAAAAAGAAUCUCAUGUUUGUACAAUGAUGACAAUGAUGAUAAUCUGAUGCAAAGUAGGACUACCCUGUACAACCACCCCGCUCUCUCUACCUCUCUCUCCACCUUCUUUCACCCUCUCCUCCCCCCAAGUUGACGUUACUCAUCUUAACUAACAUGUACGCACAAAACACAGUGUAAUCUGUACAAAGUAUAAGUGUUAGAGAUCUAAAUAUUAUGUCAACAUAUGUAUGCUUUGUUGAACACCGCUACUCAAAUCUAUAUACCAUUCCUGUAUUCCUGUACUUUUGCACUGAAAAUAAAUUUAAAAAAAUUACCUGUGCACUAUCCCAAAUCCCUACGCACAUUUAAAUAACUGGAGUUUUUUUUUUUUGUAUCACUCCAAUGGCCAUCAUCUAAGUGUAACCUCACCUGCCACGUCAAGGCAAAACCUCUUAGGUGAGUCCUACGCUAACACUUCACAUUGCUGUCUUCAGCUAUAAGGUAAAAUCUCUAAUGAGACCGAGAGGGGUAUUUUUCUAAACCCAAUAAUCGCGAACAUAUGGGGUGGGUAGCAACACUGGCACUGACAGUGCAAUACAAAAGUAAAUCCAAAAAGUCCUGCGCUCAAACCACUACUCCUGGGCAGCAGUAAUGGCUAUAGUACAUUGGGGUCAAUGCGUACUAUAGUCACCAUUAGACGGGGAUUACCCCUUCAAAAUACGCAACAGCAUGAGGUUUUACUGACAUUACAUUCAGUUCCUGACGAAGGCGUUGGAGUUCACCAAAACGCGCAACGAACUGGGUUUUUGACACUAUUCUCACUCUGAUGAGCUUCACUGGCGAAACGUGCACGUCAGGGGCUCUGGACACUUACUGACACAUUAUUGGUGUCGGCACCUAACUCUCUGCUUAUCUAUUGCUAAAUUACCGACAUCAAGUUCAUUCAUGUCCAGCAUCUCAGGAGUGCAUAUUGGAGACUCUUAACACUAAUUUUGUGUACUCUGUACAUACUUUAUUUCUCUUUCUUUUUCCUUUAUUAUGUUUAUGGGGGGAGAUUGAUAAGACCAGGCAUUUUAUUAAGGGGUGCCCUCGAAGGCACAAGACUCAGGAAUCUUUAUUCUAUAUGCCUUCCUCUGUCACCGUCUGUAUAUUUUCUACUACCUAGGCAACCUGUUCAAAACUGUUUGUAAACCCUCUCUUUAUACUUUGACCUAUUAUUUAGAUGCAGCUAGCAUUUAGGCAACUUGUGUGAUUUUUAACCGGUUAACUGCUGCCUGUCAGCAGUCCUUCACAGGUGAGCUACUACUUUGUGCUCCACUGUGGUCAAGCAUAAGUCAACAUCAUUCAGUGCAGGCAGCUGUUGUUACACUAGAAUAUACUGCUAGGUAUCUUGCAGAAAAAACGGAGCCUGGUCAGCAACCCCUUAUUUUACACUUUACUGCUUGACAGCAACCUGUAAUUUAUUAUCCAUACGCUGCUAUGAUCUAGGCAGCUUUUGUGAUAUUUAACUGGCUAAUCGCCGUCUGUCAGAAAUCUGUCUUAGCUGAACCAUUAUCUUUGAUCUUUCCGAGGUUAAGCACCAUAGAACAUUAUAAAUUAUUGUAUGUGGAGUUAACCCAUGUCGUUAGUUGUACUAUCAUGUAGGGAUUUACUUAUCCAUAUCUUUUAACUAUUGACAGCACUGGUUUAGCAGCUGUCUUAUCUCCCCCCUCUUGUUACAGUUAUUAGUGAUAUAUAAUAUAGUAUCACUUCUAUUACUUGGGAAUACACUGAUGUUAUAUUGUAGCUAAACAGUAUUGCUUCAGCAUUAGUGUUAUUAUGUAUACACUUUUACAGCUUGUAUAAGAAGUCACAGAGUUUCACUCGCUGUAUAGUCUCCAUUUACUCCUGCUGUUCAUAUUAUUUUUCUUUUUUAUAUUUUUAUUUUAGAUUUAUUUAUUAAAAGUUACUUUUUAAUCUACAAUCUUCUCAGUAAAUCAUACACAGGUAGAAUGGCAGUUGUUUCUUUUUUUGUUUAUUCUCUAUGACACUCGUGUGAGGGGUUUGAUUUUAGUACUAGGGGAGCUCUUUGUAUGGAGCAAUCAAGAUGUGGGGACUGCCAUGAAGCAGUGUGGGAUGCUAAGAAUAUUUAUAGGAGAGUUGAAUUUUCUUCCCUUACCCCCUCCCCUGUUUUCCUGUACCCAUCAUUUCACCAUGCCUCACUUACUUGUGGUUGAUAGGGAUUCAGAGCAUUUUCUGAGUAUAAGUAGCUUCUGCUGCUGAAAUUUCAUCUCUAGCUAGAUAUUUAAAGGGACACUAUACGCACCCAGAUCACUUCAGCUCAUUGAAGUGGUCUGGGUGCUGUGUCCAUUUUGUACCUAGUGCUGCAAUGCUAAACGUUGCUGUUCCAGAGAAACGGUAUCUGAUGCCGGGCAUCCUCACGCUCUGCAUGAGGACAUUCAGCGUCAGAUUAUUCCCAAUAGGAAAGCAUUGAUUCAAUGCUUUCUUCCUACAGGGAGGUCUAAUGUGCGCGGGACAUUUGCAGCGCAUGCGCAUUAGCGCCCACUCGUCACAGGACGUCGCAGGAAGCGGAGCAUCUCACUGAUCUUAUACUAAGUAGAGGGUUUAUUAUCUAUCAGUUUAUUAUAUUUUAGUGCAUUUUAUCUAUGCAAUGCAUUAGGAAAUGACAGGAGGAAAAGGAUGAGGGUCAGAGUUUACGUAAUGCAUUCGAAAAUAAGCUAUGUUAUGUUAUCAGCAACUGUAAAUGUUAUCAGCAACUGUUAAAAAGAAACCAAAGCUUCGCAUAUAUAAUAUCGCAAAAUAAUAAAGCUUCACAUAAUGGUCGCACACCGCAUAAUGGCCACACCUUCAUUUUUAAGGAAAGGAAUUAGGCAUAAAAUCUGCCACCAUUAUGCGGUGAAAUACGGUACUUCCAUAGAUACCUGUGGGAGUAUACCAGUCUGUAUUAUGGUUUAUUUCUAAUAGCUUACUUAUAACUAUACUUGGCUUUAAAGGACCACUAUAUGCACCCAGACCACUUCAGCUCAAUGAAGUGGUCUGGGUGCCAGGUCCCUCUAGUUUUAACCCUGCAACUAAAAACAUAGCAGUUUCGGAGAAACUGCUAUGUUUACACUGAGGGUUAAUACAGCCUCUAGUGGCUGUCUCAGUGACGGCCACUAGAGGCGCUUCCACGAUUCUCACUGUGAAAAUCACAGUAAGAAGACGCUGGACGUCCAUAGGAACGAAUUGAGUAAUGCUUUCCUAUGGGCGGUUUGAAUGCGUGCGCGGCUCUUGCCGCACAUGCGCAUUCGGCACUGAAGUCAGCAGGAGGAGGAGAGGUCACCAGCUCCGGCGGAGCCCGCCGCUGGAUUAAGGUAAGUGGCUGAAAGGGUUUUAACACCUUCAGCCCAGCGGGAGGGGGACCCUGAGGGUGGGGGGCUGGACCUAAUAACCCUAUAGUGCCAGUAAAACAAGUUUAUUUUCCUAGCACUAUAGUGCUCCUUUAAUAUACUCUGCAGUGAGGGAUACUAGACCGCAGUAACUGGAUACUGUGUGUCUCGUAGAGUGACACAAAUUUAAGCUCUCUUAGAUUACAUUGUCUCAGCUCACAUUUUCUCUAAUGGUUGAAUUUUGAUGACUCGAGAGAAAUCAGAUUCAAUCAGACUUAAUCGCUUAACUUUUUAUAGUGAGAGUUGAUUACUCACCUCCUUGUGUCUUUCAUGAUUCGGGGCAUUGGUCUCUGAUCAAUAUAGCAUUUUUUCUCUUUUUUUUUCUUUUCUUUUUACUGUUUGAGAGGUCUUUUAAGAAUUAAAAUUAAAGUGACGUUUUUACUUUCAGGCCAUUAGUGGAGUUAAGCCCUGUCCAUGUUGAAGCUUGACUUUAUUGGUAGUCAUUUUUAAUCGCUGGUAACCCGCAAGAACAAACUGUACAUCCGAUAUUUAUUUAUUUAUUUUUUUCCCAAGGUUAUGGGGAACUUUUUAAUAUAUUAUACAAUAAGUUCUCCAUGUAUCUGUUCGCUGAGAACAUGUUGUACUCUAUUAACAAUGAGUUGAAAAUUCACUCCGCUGCUUAAAUUUCACUUUGUAUACAGAAAUCACAGAGGCUUCUUUGCUUCACGUAAAUCAGUCAUUUAUACGUGCGAUUUAAAAGCAUAUUAUAUUCAUUUUAUUUUAGUACUGUAUAUACGUGUGUGCAUACAUAUACAACAAUAAAUAAAUAAAUAGAAUAUAUAUAUAUUGUGACUAGUAAUGUAUUAAUAACUGGUAGGUAAGCUGUAUAGCUGUUGUACAUCUCCAAACAGUUAUUAGUUUGUUUAAACAGCUGCUCAUCCCCAUUGCAGAUCCUGCGCAAUAUAUUUUGUCCUUGUAGCUGUUGAUCUUUUUAGUGUUGACAGAUGUCUCAUCAAUAAAUUACUUCCCAACCGCGAUCCCCAGGUGACUCUUUGAGGCGUAUUCACUAAGCAGUGAGAUAGGGAGAAACAGAGCGGACAGAUUAAGGAUAGGCCUGUCUCGUGUUGUAAAGGCACCUGUCGCUAAGCAGGAGAAGAGACCUGCAAAGUCAGAGAGUGCCAAGAGACUGGCUGAGCCCUAUGAGAGUUGCACUAAGCAACUGAUGAAGGAUCUUUAUAAACUAAAUGAGUUUCACUGGGAUGCAUUUUCAUUGCGUCACUAAAAUAGCUGCCAUUAGACUCAUUCUAAGUGAUGAUAGUCUUAAUACAUUGUUUCAAACUAUGAAUAGCUUGGAGAGUGGGGGGAUUCACUGAAACUGGGGUGCCCAAAAGGUUUAUGGGUAGGUGAUGGUAUGCCUAAUUCAUCCAGUUCCCACUACACACUUAAAUGAGCUACAGAAUAGUGCUGACACCGAUGACAUCAGCAAAGGGAAGAGCUGAGUAAUACUGCUGGUUGCAAUGCAAUCAUCACAGGACAUCAUUUGCAGGAUAUUGCAGACAGCAAUGACAUCAGCAAAAAAUAGAAGCAAGAAUACUGUGCAAUAGGUUAGGACAGGAGUAGGCAACCAUCAGCACUCCAAAUGUUGUGGACUACAUCUCCCUUGAUGCUUUGCGAGCAUUACUGCUGUAAGAGCGUUAUGGGAGAUGUAGUCCACAACUUCUGAAGUGCCAAAGGUUGCCGAUCCCUGGUUUAGGAGCUGCAGGGUGCGGCCAUCUGCAAUGAUAUCAUAACAGGUUAAGAGCUUUACAACAGUGCUGACAGCAGUGAUAUCACAAAAGAUGGGAUAUCACUAACGGGGGGAAGCUGUAAGUUGUAAUGCAGUACUGGCAGCAAUGACCUUACAAUAGGGAUGUGCAUGGGCAAAAUAUUCGGUUCGGAAAUUCGGGUAAUUUGGUAAAUUCGGCACUUCAGAAAUUCGGCACUUUAGAAAUUCGGAAAUUCGGCACUUUGGAAAUUCGGAAGCAUCCGAAUGUCCAAAUUGCCCGAAAUUCGUCCGAAUUGCCCAAAAUUCGUCCGAAUUGCCCAAAAUUCGUCUGAAUUUGCAUUCGUAACGAAACAAAUUGCAUGUCCACCUUACAAAAGAUGUGAAAUCACCAAAGAGGAGGAGCUGUAGGUUGUAAGACAGUACUGACAGCAAUGACAUCACAAAAGAUGAGGAGUUACCCAAGAUUCAGCUGGCCACAAUGACAUGAGCAAAAAAUCGGAAUUGCUGGACAAUAUCUGUUAGUGUUCUGGGCAAUGUAGCUGUAAUUAAGUAAUACAGUCUCAAACGAUGUUGUGAGGGACAUACCUUCUGUGGGUUUUACAGCAGGUACAGCUACCUCUGUUGUCCUGACCACGCCAAGGAUCUUUGGGCAUAGUGCCGCUCGUUAGUUAAUGUAGAUGGUAGUUUAGUGGGAAUGCUGAUAAAACACUGCCAUUUGGAUAACCCGAAUAGAUGAGGAUAGAACAAAUAUUAAGGAAGAGAGACAUGUCACUUUUACAAAAAUAUAUUAGAAAUCUGUUCUCUAUAUUUUAUUCUGACUUCUAUUUAUAAACAGUCAAUGUAUUCCGUAUCGCUGUAGCAUGGGUAUAUAUUUUUUAGAAACACUCCCUUGACCGUAAUUUUCACUGUUUACUGGAUAGAUAUAACAUUUGUAGAUAUUCUGCCUGGAGCUCUCCCCUUAUUCCCCAACGCAGAGUUUUAGUCUGCCCCCAACAAAAAAGUGUCAAUUUCUGUUGAAAUUAAUACUUUUAUAAACUGUUGAAAAACAACAGACUGCAGACACAUAAGGACCUCCUGCAAGCUGAAGUCUUUUUGUGUCUGGAGCGUUCCAUCAAUGGGUACCUGUGGUGGUAUUUACAACGCAUGCUCUUUUAAAAGAGCAUGCAAUUUCAUCGACACAUCGUGUUAGCAGAUUUGCUAGCAAAAAAAAAAACAGUUUAAAAAUAGUCCUGGCAUUGUAGGGAAUUCUACGCAAAUUGCAAAUUUUAGCCUAAAAAACGAAUUUCUGUAAUUUGGCUAUUUUGGCCUAACAUUUGAAACUCACUGUGAAUUUCCAAUUAUUAAUAUUCACAUUUUACGGAAAAAAAAAAAACCACAAUAAAAAAAACAACUAAUAAUGGCUGGGGUAUGAUGUUUUUUUACUUUAGUUUUCUGUGCAGCUCAUUAUAAAAGUAUCGUAAAGUUAAAAGUAAAGUAUUGUUUAUUUCAAUAAGUAGUGGGGAAAAAUUGUACUAUUUGACAAAUCUACUACAUUCCCAGUCCGAGAUAUAAAGAUCAAGGAGUUUUGAAAUAUCCACGAUAACGGAGUCAAUCAUCUUUACUCCUUAAUCUAGAGACUUUGUAAAACAUUCAAACAAACAAACAACUUCAUACAAUUGAGGUAAUAGGACAGGACAUGUCUUCUGUCAUUUCAAAUGGCCAAAGGGGACACUUAUAGGACUUUGGGAGGUGUGGUUGGGAGGGAGUGGUGGGGUAAAGUAGUCUUCCCAAAUACUUCAAAGACUUUAUGAUAAUUUAGGCAAAUUAAAAGGUAAUUGAGUACAGCCAGGGGUAAGGUAUUUUAUAAAUAUGUCUAGAUGGUUUCCAUACAUUGCCAUAGAUUUUAUCGUGUCAAGCUAUGUGAUACAGACACUCAUUACUGGGAGUUUAACUCAUGUGGAGCUCUGUAAUAGACCACACACUGCACAUUACUGUUAGUUUUAAUGCUGUGGAGCUCUGUAAUAGACCACACACACACUGCACAUUACUGUUAGUUUUAUUUUUGUGGAGCUCUGUAAUAGACCACACACACACUGCACAUUACUGUUAGUUUUACUGCUGUGGAGCUCUGUAAUAGACCACAUACUGCAAAUUACUGUCAGUUUUAUUUUUGUGGAGCUCUGUAAUAGACCACACACACACUGCACAUUACUGUCAGUUUUACUGCUGUGGAGCUCUGUAAUAGACCACACACUGCACGUUAUUGUUAGUUUUAUUUUUGUGGAGCUCUGUAAUAGACCACACACACUGCACAUUACUGUUAGUUUUAUUUUUGUGGAGCUCUGUAAUAGACCACACACACUGCACAUUACUGUUAGUUUUAUUUUUGUGGAGCUCUGUAAUAGACCACACACUGCACAUUACUGUUAGUUUUCUUUUUGUGGAGCUCUGUAAUAGACCACACACUGCACACAUUGUUAGUUUUAUUUCUUGUGGAGCUCUGUACAGACCUCACACACUGCACAUUACUGUCAGUUUUACUGCUGUGGAGCUCUGUAAUAGACCACACACUGCACGCUAUUGUUAGUUUUAUUUUUUGUGGUUUUGCACAGACCACACAUACUGCAAAUUACUGUCAGUUUUAUUUUUGUGGAGCUCUGUAAUAGACCACACACACACUGCACAUUACUGUCAGUUUUACUGCUGUGGAGCUCUGUAAUAGACCACACACUGCACGUUAUUGUUAGUUUUAUUUUUGUGGAGCUCUGUAAUAGACCACACACACUGCACAUUACUGUUAGUUUUAUUUUUGUGGAGCUCUGUAAUAGACCACACACACUGCACAUUACUGUUAGUUUUAUUUUUGUGGAGCUCUGUAAUAGACCACACACUGCACAUUACUGUUAGUUUUCUUUUUGUGGAGCUCUGUAAUAGACCACACACACUGCACAUUACUGUUAGUUUUAUUUUUGUGGAGCUCUGUAAUAGACCACACACACUGCACAUUACUGUUAGUUUUAUUUUUGUGGAGCUCUUGUAAUAGACCACACACACUGCACACAUUGUUAGUUUUUAUUUUUGUGAGCUCUGUAAUAGACCACACACUGCACACAUUGGUCAGUUUUACUGCUGUGGAGCUCUGUAAUAGACCACACACUGCACGCUAUUGUUAGUUUUAUUUUGUGGAGCUCUGUAAUAGACCACACACACACUGCACACACAUAGUUUUAUUUUUUGUGGGAGCUCUGUGAUAUACCACGCACUGCACAUUACUGUUAGUUUUCUUUUUGUGGAGCUCUGUAAUAGACCACACACACUGCACAUUACUGUCAGUUUUAUUUUUGUGGAGCUCUGUAAUAGACCACACACUGCACAUUACUGUUAGUUUUAAUGCUGUGGAGCUCUGUAAUAGACCACACACACACUGCACAUUACUGUUAGUUUUAUUUUUGUGGAGCUCUGUAAUAGACCACACACACACUGCACAUUACUGUUAGUUUUACUGCUGUGGAGCUCUGUAAUAGACCACAUACUGCAAAUUACUGUCAGUUUUAUUUUUGUGGAGCUCUGUAAUAGACCACACACACACUGCACAUUACUGUCAGUUUUACUGCUGUGGAGCUCUGUAAUAGACCACACACUGCACGUUAUUGUUAGUUUUAUUUUUGUGGAGCUCUGUAAUAGACCACACACACUGCACAUUACUGUUAGUUUUAUUUUUGUGGAGCUCUGUAAUAGACCACACACACUGCACAUUACUGUUAGUUUUAUUUUUGUGGAGCUCUGUAAUAGACCACACACUGCACAUUACUGUUAGUUUUACUGCUGUGGAGCUCUGUAAUAGACCACACACUGCACAUUAUUGUUAGUUUUCUUUUUGUGGAGCUCUGUAAUAGACCACACACUGCACAUUACUGUUAGUUUUCUUUUUGUGGAGCUCUGUAAUAGACCACACACACACUGCACAUUACUGUUAGUUUUAUUUUUGUGGAGCUCUGUAAUAAACCACACACACACUGCACAUUACUGUUAGUUUUAUUUUUGUGGAGCUCUGUAAUAGACCACACACACUGCACAUUACUGUUAGUUUUAUUUUUGUGGAGCUCUGUAAUAGACCACACACACUGCACAUUACUGUUAGUUUUAUUUUUGUGGAGCUCUGUAAUACACCGUACACACUGCACAUUACUGUUAGUUUUCUUUUUGUGGAGCUCUGUAAUAGACCACACACACUGCACAUUACUGUUAGUUUUAUUUUUGUGGAGCUCUGUAAUAGACCACACACACACACACACACUGCACAUUACUGUUAGUUUUACUGUGAUACACUCGCGCACACUGCUGUUGCUGUGAGAGGUAUUGAUCACUGAUACACGCAAACAAUUCUUUCUUGUAACUCUUAUUUUAUUCCUAAAAAUAAAUAAAUGCAUAAAGUUCAUAAUAACGCAACACAACACUAUUUGAAAAAAAUUAAAAAUAAAAUCCAACCAAUCAGAGCACUGUAAUAAUAAUAACAGCAAUAAUUCAAAUCAUGGAAAGCCUUUAUGAAGCUUUAUCAUUUUGCAUGGGUCCUCUUGGGGCAAAGAUUGAUAUUUUUUGUUCUACAGGGUUUUGGUUAUUGUAAAUUGGGUGGGUUUAUUUCUUAUUUCAAUAGUUACGUUGCAUUGUUUAGGAAUUUAUUUUGGCGUUUAUUUUGUGACCGAAGAAAAGAUUUAAAAGAAAAAAGACCUCUGUAAAUAUAAUGUUAUUUUUUUUUUACAUAUAAGAGUUUAAUGGCAGGGGGUGGGGGUGGGGGGGUAAUUGUGCAAAAAUAUGGGGCCAAUGGAGGCAGGUGGGGGCUCUGUUGAGGUCACUAUACCCCCUUAGGGAUAUUUUAGCACAGCACCUAUGCAUAUGGGUGUCAUGUUAAACCCCCCAAUAGGCUUAUGGUCAUCUGAAAUCCAGACUUGUUUGGUGCCUUAAAUCCUGACAUUAUUAAAUAGCCCGAUCAACGUCCGGAUUUUGCAGUCCGAUUUUGCAGGCUCCAUAAGCAGCCGAAUGGUUUUGCCCCAUUCGGACUUUACUGAAUAACCCUCUAUAUAUCUUGUCGGUGUAAUUAUUUCUGAUCUCCACGUUUCGUUCUCGAACAGUAUUUGUGCAGUUACUAGAACACUCGUGGGGAUUCACGAUUCUUUCCGCAGCUCCGACCUUGCGUCAUGGUCAUGUGACCUUCGUAACCUUAAUAUCAGGACAUGGUGUGCCUGAAACCUCUUGGAUGGAUUCUAUUUUCGUACCAAGCAUGUUGUUUAUUUAUAACGGAGUGAUAAAGCAUCUGAUGAGACAAAAGUCAUUACUUGUGAUGACGCCACUGAAGGAUGAUCACGAUGUAGCAAAAAGACUCUCCAGCAACGAAGUACAAAUAUGUUUUAUAAACUUUUUCACUACGGAGCACAUCUAAUUAAAAGGAGUGUUCCUUUAAUGUAAUAUGCCUUCAGGAUAUCCUGUUCUUUGCAAGCUCAUAAGAAGAGAAAUAUAGAACAGACUACAAAAUCUAUUUAAAAAGAAACAGGAAAAUUUUCAUUUUACUGCCUACAACAUAAUUAAAGAACAGAUAUUAAGAAUAAUUGACUUUACGUUUCUCAUAACUUCCUAGAUUUUGUCGUUCGGUUCCCAAAACAUUGCAACUUGCUGUUUAGUGAAUAAACCCUGUAGAAUCAAAAUCCAUCUUGCUAGCUUUAUAUAUAUAGAUAUAUGGUGUAAGGCAAGACACCAAUAUUUUUUUGUUUCUGGAACAACGAAGAGUAAUAGGUUAUUCACUUGUUUUCAAAUAUUUGCAAAUUAUUAUUCCAAAUGGAAAAAACAAGGUUAAAAAAACAAUUAAAAAAAUAAGUUAGGACUACGACUGAGUUGGACAAUUUUUCCAGAUCAACAAUUUUUGCUUUGAUUUAAUUAACAAAAACUGUUCACAGCUUUUUAAUAUAAUAAAAUAUAAAUGUUAAUACGAAAAGCCAAAAACCCUGUGACAGAGUAUAUAAAUAACCCCCACAUGCCCUUAUAUCACAUCACUAUUACAAUGGCCUAAUAAUCAACAACAUAAACAACAUCAUAAAACAUGAUGAGGUGCAAAAAUUUACCCUAAGGAUCUAAUGUUGCAGAAUGCUGAGAUACCCUACUUCCCCAGGCUCUGAGCCAAUGGUCAGCUUCAAACCUACCAUUCCAACUUUCAAUACACAAUUAAUUCAAUCCCUAAAAACAACCGAUUCCACCCCCCAAUAAAGAGUUAAUAAUCCUAUUAGCCUUGAUACACAUUAUCCCUUUAGAAUGGGUCAUCCUAAACAGCACUCUGAAUAAAAGUGAUUCAAAUGAUAGAGAUAUGCCCAUGAGAAGGGUUCUCUAAGGGUUGACAGAUGCAUCAUGUUUUAGUGGACACUUAAACAUCUUGAAGGGUUGGGCAUGAAAAGCGCUGUCCUGUAACAUGUAGACUUCAGGGGACGCAAAGAGUAAACCACGUUAGUGGGGUGCAUUAUCUAAAUUCCAUAUUGUAUCCAAACCAAAUUCAAAUGGCAAAAACAGUUGGUCAGCGACAUUCUCUAACUCUGCUCUAGUCCUAACUUGGCCUAAAGUAGGCAAUUCAUAUUUUAAUAUGCUACAAUUUGAAGGUCAGAAUUUAAACUCCAUUUAUAUUGGACGAAUCCUGCAGCAUAGUAUUCCUUCAUACAGCACAUUUAAUGCAAUGCCCAUCAUCGUGACGUAUUGUGUCUCCACAGGUGUAUCUGACAAGUCGAUUUCCAGCAGUUUUUGUACCAGCAUGUCAAACUAAGCUUCCCUCUGUCUCUAUAUAUUGGCUGUCACUUUUCGUAACUCACUCUAAAUUGCCGAACUGAACUGUUCAGUAAGUAAAUAAAUGAUGAUAGCUGUAGAAGAACUAACAAAUGAAUGAUUGGUUAUUAAAGGGUUAAUAAGAUGACGCUUCUCGGAUACAUUAUUUCACAAUAACCUCCUUGCCAAAUAUUUUUCUUCUACCAAGUCUAGUGUAAAUAUUCAGACGUUACAUAUGAGAAUAAAUUAUAAACUCUUUAAUAACAGUAAAGCAUACUAUGGGUAUCCGGUUGAUUGCCUGUGCUGUGCCUGUCUAUUUUGCUGUUAUUCACUCCCACGUUUUUUUAUUACAUCAGAAUUUAGUUUUAGUAGGGUUACCGGAUCCUGAGGACUGGGCUGAUUCAGGGACAACAGCAGGAAACUGGUUUCCUUCCAAUGCCACAAAGAAAAAAAUCUGUGCAUUGGUUUAUUGUCAUUUUAUCAGAAAACUUACAGCGAUUGUAACUGUUGACACGCAAAAUGCUGUGGACUUCAAUUCAUACAAUCCUCAGCCAGCCAGAGCACCAAAUUUCAGUUACAAUGGUACUAUAAGAUGAAUUCCUCAAUCACAGCUGAGAUUUGAGGCAUCCACAAUGCAUAUUCGUGUUGAUAUGUAGAUAAUAAGUGCUACCCUGUACCAUAUAGCAUUGAUAUUCCACAUGCCCUGCCCAACAGCAUGAAUCUACUGCCCAAAUUAAAAUAAUUAUAAUAAUAAUAAUAAUCACUGUUUAGUAGAUAUAAGUCCAAUUAAACUUGCAUGCAUUUAAUCACGCAUUUAUUCAUUAGGGAUAUAUCUAAAAAUGGCUUUCAAAAGCUGUAGAUCUCUUGACUACAGCCUUUGCAAGCCCUCCCUUUCUAAACCUGCCCAGACUUUUUGUGGCUGUCCAAUCACAGACUUCCCAAUGCAGCUCAAUGAGAAGUCUUUGCAAGGCAGGUGCUCUGAGCAAUUGCUGCCUCUUGAGUUUAGUUCCUCUGAGCUAACCAAACCAGGAAGUAACAGGACUGGUUGUUCGAUUGACAGCCGGAGGGUUGUGGGGUGUAACGAGCUUAAUUUAUAAAAGUUUUGAUUUAGAUUAAGAUCUGCACUUUUUGUAAAAUAAAAAAAGAGGACACACACUCUUCACACAUAAAGAACUUUAGUGAUCUGGAGUAUCCCUUUAAGUUUGUUCAUUACAGCAUAGUGAAGCUGGCAUGGAUUUGAACUAUUUCUUUAUAACCUGAGUCUAAAUGCAUUGGCAAACAUUUUUAGAUAUAUAUUUACACAAGAUUCUUAAAGGAAUAGUCCAGGCACCAUAACCACUACAGUGUGUUGCAGAGGAUUUUGUGCCAGUAGUGCCUUGUGUCCUCCCGUGUAAGUAGUCAAGCCAUUUGCAAACUAUUUGAUAACUUAGCAGGGGUCUGCCAGUCAUUGGUCACAGCUUUCAGAGGAACAAGAAUCUCCAUGCAUCGCCAGGAUAGCUCAGUGCAAGAGCAUCUGGCUCUUCUGGAGUACGUGAGUGACAGACCGUACAAUAAAAAAAGCAGAUUUACGCAGAUUUUAGACGUUGCUGCACCAGUCUCCAUGCGGCCAGCUCCCUGGCUGAGAUCAUCAACAUUGAUCAUCCCAGCGAAUCCAAUGUUUCCCUAUAAGUAAGCUUUGAGAAAGUAGUGCGUAUGUGUCCCAAGUCGCCAUUCUGCAGCAAACAGCAUCUCCUCAGUGAGUCAAUACAUCUUAACAGGGAGUAUUCAGUAUCUCCAUCAAGAGCUUAGAGGCACUGAAUGUUGGUCCUCCAAUCGUUGCAGGAUCUAAUCAAGGAAGUUUCUCUAGUGACUGCCGGUAUGACAGUUAUGAUAGACUGCAAUGUAAACACAGUGCUUACACUGCUCAACCAUGAUGCUUUGCCAGCCUUAAGAUUUGAUAUCUAUCAUUGGCCUUGGCUGGCAAAGCACCUUGUGAGCAGCAGUUCUAUAAAAACUAGGUAAGUAACCUGAGGGAAAGACAAGAGGACAAGUUAUUCAGUGUCAUCUCUAUUAAAUUAUGGAAGAAUAAAUAACACACGUGAGAAUUUGCAAGUUAUUACCGGCUCUCUUGGGAAAUAGCACUCAAUGCAGUUCUAGCAGCACCCAAUGUUUCUUAAAGCAGCAUGGUCUGAGGUUUUUUUUUUGCACCAUAACAUUGAUUAUUUUUCAAGCUUUAUGACCUCUAUCUCUGUGUUGGGUUUCCCUGUGUAGUAAUUUUAAAGUUGUGUAAAUGUAGGAAAGUAGUUCUUAAUGGGUCACUGGAAACACCAUAACAACCUAUGCUCUUUCAUAAGUAUUGCCAUUAAACGGAAUCUAGAAUGUUGGGAAUACAAAGUUAUAUUUCUAACACUAUAGUGCCAUCAGGUGCCUCCCCCCCCCCACUCACCCACCCAUCUCCCCCCCUCUGCACAUUGUAAAUAUUGCAUUUUAUCAAAAAUUUUAAUGAUUUACAUUGCAGGACUAAGGUGGACAGGGUCACUGCACCCAGACCACUUUAAUGAGCUGAAAUGGUCUGGGUGCCUAUGGUGUCCCUUUAAGUGGUCCUCUUACUGUACUGCUGCACAAAGUUCCCUAUAACUGCAGAGAGCUGGAGAAAUCACUGUGGUCUGCCCUUUUCCACUGAUGUAAAAGAAGCAAGCUCUACUUCCUCCUCUGUAGUCCAAACUAAGCGCUGAGUGUGUACGCGCCAUGCACACCUUCCUGACUCUCUGAGAACUCAAGUCGUGGUUGCACACACAUACAAUUGGCCGUUGGAACAAAACCGCUCCACUUGCAAAACUGCUGUUAGCUUUUUAGACAGUUCCACAGAUCCGAUUUGAUGAGCAGAAAUGCAGCUGAGGUUCUGGAAUAUAUAUAAAAAAACAUAUCUAUAGAUCCAAAGCAGUACCUCCUGAUUGGUGGUAUGACUUCCUGGCCUGUGAAGGGUCCGUUUACUGCUGACAUUUACCUGUGCGAGUGCAGCAGCUUUAGAAAAAUUAAAGGGUUACUCAGUGAUAUGAAGUGGUCAUGGUACCUGGAUUGUGUAUGUGCAGAAUUUCGCUAUAAAACAUUGCACGUACAGAGUUUAACCAUUUUGCUGUCGGAGGUUCUAACUCCACCUCCCGCAGUGUCAUUGCAGUGUCACUAGCCAGCCUCGAACAAGAGUUUUGGGCUGGCCAAUGUACAUUUUGUGCAUAUUGGACGUCUGCCAAUAGCGGAAAGCCCACUCCUCUGUGCCGCUCAUGUCCACUCACUUGGCCUCAGCACUGGAGUAUAUGGUACAUUUAUGCUUUAAUUUUUAAUUUUUUUGUUGUAAAUUAAUGGGGGACCAAGAUAGAAAGGGUUACUCUAACUAAAAUGUUGUUGUUUUUUAUUUUUAUUUUAAAACACUUUUUUUUUAAUUGGAGUAAGCCUUUUAAGGGUUUUUUAAAAUUUUUUUUACUGGCUUUAGUUAUUAUAUUACAAUUGUACAAAGGGUCUCCCUCCCUUCGUGCUGCCAUCUUUAACUUCGGUUUCAUCCUCAGCUCCUGACAUAUGAAGAUACAUGAAGCUGCGUCACUGGUGUACUCUCAAACUUAAGAGUUCAAAGUGAAGGUCUGCGGAGGAUCCCACAAGAACAUGGAAUCCUCCAUAAAUCUUCACACUUGGUCAAUAAGAUUGACAGGCUUUGUACUGGUGUCUUAAAUGCCCCUUUAAGAGAAACGCCAAAGCAAAAGAAUAAUCUGUCUAUUCUCCAAACUUUACACAAUGGCCAAUUGACAAUAAAAUUCCACUAGACUAAAACUGUAACAACGGAAAAAAAUAUCUCAAAUGGAGAGAUAUUUUUACCCAAAUGUUGCAUUUUUUUUUUUACUUACCGCAAUUCAGCAUUUAGUGAAUAAACUCUUGAAAUGUACUCCAGUGCAGAAUCCCGGUACACAUUCCUUCUUCAUGUGCCAGACUUGUUUACCCAAGAAAUAGCCAAUUUGUUCAGUUCCAGGGCCCGUUGAUUGUAGGUGACAGGUUUGCUUUAAGCUAUAUACUGACGAGGAACUAAUACUUUGAUAUCAGUCCAUGGAGCUUGCAUGUCAGGGCUCUCUUGCUAAGAGAUUAAUUUUCUGAUUAAGAUCCAUAUGUUCCCAAAUGAAUGAUAAAUAGUGUCUGCUUUGCAUUAGAAAACAAUCCUCGCAUUGAUGGGAUAUGUUCAUUGUAAUGCCAUUUGCCUUAAUGACUCCAGCACAUGUUAAAGGGAGAUUCUUAAAAUGAUGGAAAAGGCUAUUAACGAUGGAUCAGAUUAGCAUAAUAUGUAUGCAUGCUAAAAUAGUGGGUAUUACAUCCGUUUAGUGUUAAAAUUAAAAGUGAGUUUUUUUCAACAGGCCACUAUUUAACUGUUUCUUUACUGAGAUAAAGGGAAAAAAAUACGAUGAAAUUUAAAUGUGUUUUGGUGAUUUCCACUGCGUCAACGUUGAAACAGAAUUGGUGUUAGGGGAUGUCGGUAGGGGACGUUGGUAUUAACGUGCACGGGACCAACGAAAAAUGACUGGGGUUUCAAAACCAACAAAUUAGCCGCUCACCUACAACACUGCUUUUACUUUUUACUGGGAAGGCAUAAGAGGCGUGGUAUAGCGUUAGUCCCGCAAACGUUUGUAUAAAUUCAGGUCUGCUGCAGUCCAAACAAUGUUUGCAUUAAAAACAAAAACUCAUUGGAAUAAAACAAAAAUUAUUAACAUAUUUAAAAUUGCGCAAGGUACCAUAACAGUUCAGCUUAUUGGUGCUACAUUGUAAAGCGCUGUGGAAUACGUUGCGGCUACAUAAAUGCCAAAAAUAAUAAUAAAAUAGGUCUAUAUAUAUAUAGUGAGUAUGACAAAUUUCUCAAAAAAAGUGUGAUGGUUAACAGGAAGACAACGCCUAAGUCCCAUAACCCCUAAAAUGAGCUGUAAUGAUUGUGGCGCACAGCGUGCCCAGACAUACAUUCCAACAGUCCUAGAUCUGGUGGGACAAUCUUGAUUUGAGCAAUUCUAUUAUUCUCUGGUGUCCCACUUAAGAAUGCAGAAAAUAAAAUGCUUUGAGAGGUUAGAGCAUUUCAGCACCUUUCAGAAAUGUUUAUUUACGAAAGUGAGAAUAUAGUGAUUUUUAAAAUUUUUUUAUUCUUUAUUUAUUCCAGGACACGACAUCGCAAAACAAUGCAUAUACAUCAAGAUAGGGUUAUGCAUAAACAGGCAUGUAAACUGUGUACAAGGCGUUAUUACAAUCAUGUGAUAGGUAAACAGUCCCGUUCGCCCAUAUCCCGUAACUAGAUACCUCUAAUUGAGUUUACAUUUCAACAGUUCUCUUCUCUAUGUAUAGUUAGAUAUCCAGCCUGGUUUUAUAUAGUAUAUAAAACAAUUAACAGAUAACACAUAAUAUGUAAAGUAAUAUAUGCCGACCGCUCUCAUGUUUGCAUAUGCAGAUAUACUCAAAAGAGAGAAAAGGGGGGGGGAAGAGCGGCUAAGCGUAAUAUACGAGCGUGCGUUUGCUCACAAGUCGCUAUUGUCUGCCGCGUGUAUUCCCUCCUUGUACGGUCGGAUGAUAAGAUUCAGGAAAUAAGAUAUGAAAGAGAAGAUAAUAUGAGUACCUCGAAGGAUCGAGGUUGCAGAGAAGGAAGGGGAGGGUAGAGGGGAGGAGGAGGGGGGGCCCGAGGAUGGCCACUCAACAAGAAAAAGGCGUCCUAAGGGAUGUGCUUUUCUUCCUGCCCUGUCCCCGUCGGGAGUCUAACAAAGACCUUCCCUGCUAACCGAAUCUAAGUAAUUCGGUGUACCUCCUCUCUCAAAUGUCUCGUGCUGUAUUUUGGAUAGUUUAGUCUGCUUUUCUCUAAUCGCUUACAGCACUAUUUAUCCAUGGGCUCCAAAUCUUGUCGAAUUUCUUCAUUGUCCCCCUGACCUGUGCUUGUCCAUUAGGUAAGUAUCUUUUAUUUUUUGUUUUACCAUAGUCAGUGUUGGGGUCUCCCUCUGUAGCCACACCUGUGCUAGGGCUCUUCUAGCUGCAAGAUUUAUUUUUUGUCCAUUAGGUAAGUAUCUUUUAUUUUUUGUUUUACCAUAGUCAGUGUUGGGGUCUCCCUCUGUAGCCACACCUGUGCUAGGGCUCUUCUAGCUGCAAGAUUUAUUUUUUGUCCAUUAGGUAAGUAUCUUUUAUUUUUUGUUUUACCAUAGUCAGUGUUGGGGUCUCCCUCUGUAGCCACACCUGUGCUAGGGCUCGUCUAGCUGCAAGCCAUCCAUGGAUCUGGACAAGAGAAACACCCAUGGGUCAGGUUUCACCUCCCUAUUAAAGACAUCUCGCUGCAAAGCAGCAAUCCGCUUCCAAUAGGUUUGUACUUCCCGGCAUUCCCACCACAUGUGUAUAUACGAGCCCUUGCAGCCGCAGCCCCUCCAACACAGGUCUGUCGGGGUUUUUACGCAUUCGGUGCAGUGUCACCGAAAUAAGGUCUUAUAGGAUUGUUCCUGCAAGGAGACGCACACCGAAGAGGAUGCAGCAGCCUCCCAUAUUUCCUGCCAUUCUAUGCCCUCCAGAACCUCGUUGAGAUCUGCUUCCCACUGAUCAGUAUAUGUUAUGUCUCCCCCAUUCUAGCGUGUGAGUGCUCAGAUGGGAAUAUAAACAUGAAAUUAAGCCGCUCGGGAAUUGUUCCCUCUUGCACAUCCUUCGAAAAACGUUAGCUGCAUCAGCGCAGCCGUCUUGAUCUGGGGGUUUCAAGCGAAGUCUCUAAGCUGUAGAUACCGGAAGUAGUCGAAGGGUCUUAGUGGGGCCCUGCUUUUCAACUUUUCGAAUGUAAUAAAUGAGCCGUUUUCAAAGAUUUCGCAUAAUCUCUGCAAUCCCGCAUUCUCAAUGCCCUUGAAAUCUCGGGGACUCAAGCCCGGAACAAAUGCUUUGUUUCUUAAGAUUGGGGUCAUGGGCGAUGGGUCGGAGGUCAGGCCGUAUUUAAGGGCAGUGGCAUCCCAAAUUUUAAGGGAGUUGCGUAUAGCAGGGCACAUCACUUGUUCUAUUGGUCUGUGUUCUUUGGGGAUCCACAUGAGGAACUGGGGCAUGUCUGGUCCCAUUAGGGCAGACUCCAGAUCUACCCAUCUCCUAUAUUCUGGGGGGAGUGCCAAAGUGCAAUUUGGGCCAAUUGAGCCGCCACGUAAUAAAAGUAAAGGUAUAAAGGGAAUUUUAAAUUUAAGGCAAGAACUUAAAGCAUAGUUGGUUUAGAGAAUUUUUCUAGGUUGGCUAUUUUGAUCUUAAAAGUGAAAUUCACUAUGAAUUCUAACUUUUUAAGAAAUACUUUGCCAGUGAUGGUUUCAUGUUUGCCUGAGCCUUUGGAACAGCCAUUGUCUCCUUAAGAGCGGGACAGGCUGAGCACAAAAUUUCAUUUCAAGUGACAGGUCUUCCAAAGUCACUACAUGCGAACAGAUAUUACAACAAUUUCUAACAAUAAAUUCAAAUUAUGAAUAGAUUAAAUGGCAAAACUAGCUCUAUACUGUUACUGCUUAGAGGAUAACCUAAUAAUUAAAAAAUGGCUAAACAUAUUCUCUAUGAAUACAGUUUAAAGCACAGACAGAGUAUUAUUAAAAGUGGAUCAUUGUAGUUUAUCUCAUUUACAUAAUUAUUAAAUUCAGAAUUUUAUUAGAAAUUAUAAUUCCAUUUAUUUCAUUUUGGCGCCAUCUAGUGACCAUGUAAAAUCUGAAAUAUCCCUAAAUGCUACAUGUGCUAAUACUAAAGGCAAAACCUGUGUUGGGUUUAUUUUAUCGAUGGCGCAACAAAUUGUUUGGCUAUAAUUUCACGUAUCAUCUGCGUCCGGCUGCUUUUUAUUUUUUUCAUACCAUUGCUAUAAGCUUUUGUGUACUUUUUGACCAGAUGUAAUAUUCAAGCCACGUUUUUACUAUUUCUUUACACUGAGCCAAGGACUACUUUUAUUCAAACAACAAAGGUGCAGAUUUCGUAGUAAUACCAGUCAACACGUACGUGGGUUAUUUUAUGGGGGUUUAUCUGCUAAGAUGAGAUUCACAGGGAAUUGUGAAUGGAAUUGGACAUUUUAUUCCAAAAUAGUCCAGAUGAAAAAUAAUCAAACUGGUGAUUUUUUUUUUUCUCUGAUUUGUCUAGUCUGGCUUGAAUUUGACAUCCUCCAGUACUGAUAGGAUGCGUGGUGAGAUUUAUUCACUACAACGUUGCCAAACAAAGAACAAAGUAGUAAAAGAAAUGUUUCCGUUUCCCCAACUUGGCAUUAUUGGCUGAAUUUUGUGAGCUCUUGGUCAGUAAACGUAAGCUCAGACAUUUAGUGAAUUAUCGUCUUUGUUGUUAAGGAGAGGUGACGCAGAAUGAUAGGAAUAACUCCUUGAACUUGUUCUCAGAGUAAAAAAGAAAAUGAAAUGAAAGUCAAACGUCAACAGGAGAGAUGCUAAAAAAAAAAAAAAACAAUACAUGGUGUAUAUAUUGUGGUAAAUGAAUUACUAGUAUGUACUUGCUUAUAGCUACCCGGCAGAAUAAGAGGUGAAAUAAUUAAACGUAGAAUAUCAGUAUAAACCCCAGAGUCUUUUUAUAAUUAUUUGGUUACAAAAUGUGUAAAAGCAGAUGCUGACAACUAUGGCUGGUGGAGUACGACUGCUCUUUGCAUCAAUGGAUUACCCAAGCAGGCGUGACGGUGUAGAUGAAUUUUAGGUAUUUCCCUUUUGAUAGGAUUAUAAAAAUAUAGAGUAAAAGACAAACUGUGAUUCUUUAGAUUGGUGUGAGUCACAUUCCAGGACGGCAGUCGUGAUUCAUUGUGGUCAUUGAUUACAUUUUCCUCCUGUCACAACGUUCGCACUUUAGCUCCGAGCAAACCAAUAACAGAUGAGGGACAUAAUUAAAGAGGAAAUCCAACCACCAAAACCACUAUAGUUCACUGUUGUGUAAAUGUGCAAAGGGUCUUUUGGUGACAGCUCAUGUGAUUAAGCCAACACGGAUGGAAACCUGAACUUUAACUUGAGCUGACCCAGUAGUUGGGGCCUGUAGCCGUCCACGUUUAGAUAGCUGAUGUGAUAGCUCAGUUCCGCAUUAGCCAAGGCAUUAGGUGCCGGGAAACCUAAACGGGUGAUUGUGAUAAGCCACUCAAAGUUGCUAAGCACUGGUAUAAAAAGAAAAAAAAAGUAUUAAAUUAAAUUCAAAAAAAGAAGAACUCCAAUAAGGUAUGUCACCAAACACCUUGCUUUCGAGGGCCCCUAACCUUGGAAGCAAAGUAAUGCUGGAUUAACUUACUGUAACAAAGAUACCUGGUAAUAUCAAAGUGCUACCAUUACUAAAUUGGACAUCAAAUCCUAAACUAUCAUAGAAGCCAUGAUCCCUGCAUAAUCUUUACAUCAAAAUAGUAAAUGAAUCCGAGUCCCAACACGCGUUUCGCAAGUCGGGCAACUCUUCAAGUAAUUCAGCAUUACUUUGUUUCCAAACCCAGGUGCCCUAGUAUUGGAGUUCCUUUUUGUUUAUUUUUAUUUUUUAUAAUUUAAUUAUUUUUUUCCUAGAAUUUUCUAGAGUUUAGUUUAGUAACAAUCACCCUUCAGUCAAGUCUAUUAAUAUGAUUCGUACAUAACGUGUGUCUUUACGUGUCCACCUUAAUUGUUUGUUUGUUUUUAAUUUAAAUAGUAAGAGUUAUAUUUUAACUACAUUUGGGUAACAGUUCUGUUCCACAACUGUCUUUGUAUCUUUGUUGUUUGUUUGAAGUUUCCAUUUAGGGGUUACCCAUGUUGUCCUGUAACUCUUAUCAUAAACUCUAGUAAAGUUUGUUUGUCAUUGUUAACCUUAUUGUGUGUCUGUGUAUGUGCGUAUAUAUAUAUAUACAUAUAACUCAUAGUUCAAUUUCUUUCUUCAGGAUGCCAACCUCUCACUGUAUACGGAUAAUCCAGAUUUGACACCAUGCUUUCAGAAUACUGUAGUCGCUUGGAUCCCUUGCAUCUACCUCUGGACUGCUUUGCCAUUCUAUCUAAUUUAUUUAAAAUAUAAUAAGAGAGGUUACAUUGUGCUGUCAUUGUUAAGCAAGUUCAAGUCGGUAAGUUUUAAGGCGUUGAUGGUGUACUAAAUGUCUACAUUCAUAUAAAUUUGUUUAUUUAACAAGGUGGAUGUGAAUUAGGCUACCACUGUGGCCCUCUUGUUCCUGCCCAUCUCCUGGUUGUGAGAAGGGGAAUUUUAUCCGACAGCCAGAUGGUGAGGAAUGAGUAAGGGGCCAUGCAGGCCUCUCUGUUCUAAUGUUGAGGAGGGGAAAUUUCACCAGGUCCAUCCACCUCCCAAAUUUAAGCAAACUUUUAUUCUACAGCCUACAUGGUGAGAAAUAUGAAAUGUGUUUUAUUAACAAAAUGUGUUGUGUCCAAAACUGUUUUUAUACACACAGUCUAGUUAAUAGCUUGUUUCUUUCAGAUGGUAUAAUUCUUCCAUUGCUAGUUGGUAAUUAAAAAAUAAUUAAUAAUUUGCUUACUAACACAAUGGUUACCUGUCUUCUUUCUUCUGUUUGUUUGUACCAGACUUUAUGGUUUAGUGUAUUUUUAUGGCUUUAUUUUUUCUUCCAGUUUAUUGGCUUUCUCCUCUGGAUAAUAUGUUGGGCGGACAUGUUUUACUCGUUUCAUGAACUUGUUCAAAAUGAUAGUCCACCGCCAGUCUACUUUGUAACACCUCUUUUAGUUGGUAUCACUAUGGUGAGUGUCUAUCUUCUGUUCUUACUGUACAAGAGUCCGUUUGUAACUAAUGGUCCUCUGCAGUUUCAGUCUGGCUCAGGGAUCUACAGGACAAAUAAAAAGUGAGCCCCACUUAUCUAGCUCAAUGGUCCAUAUUUUAAGAACUUGAGACCUUCUCACAGGUCAAAUCAUACAUGUCCCUUCCCGACUAGAGCCAAAUAUUGACCUUUUACAUUCACAGCUGCUGACUAUUUCUCCUGAGUCGUCUUCUCCAGGGACGUGAUAUCACAACUAGAGAGUUGUUUGAAAGGGUAUCAGGCUGCUAAUGACCCACUGUUGUUUGUUCCUCCAGCUCAGGAACUUUGCCAAGGUUUACAGAACCCCAAAUCUAUUUUGGUUCCAAAGAUGGAUCCCAAUGUGUCAGAUCCCCUUCCACAUGCUGUAUAUGAAAUCUCACAUAAACAAACCUUUGUGCCCUUUUUCAGCUUUUUGACAGAGCUCAGCACUCAGCUCGAGUGUCUCCACCAAGGGUCCCUCUUUUUCAGCACUGGAUACCUGGAGUUAUUAUAGCUGUUAUAUCUGUCUCACCCAAACACUAGCCAAGACUUAGUGAAGGGUGAAUAAGAACUUGUUUAUUAAAAAUAAGGCACACUUUUAUACACAUAAACCCAACAGUAGGUCAAUAGCUUGAACAAUGUAAAUCCUACCCCAGCGCCUGAGUCUUGACGAUAACUAGAUCAGUAACCGCUAAAUUCAUUAUCGCCAGUCAUCAGGGCACCAUUACAAUAUACCCCAAAACAGACUAAAUGACACAAUUAACCUCCACAUGUCUUAUAUCUCUGGAUAGCUCUCAACCUCUGCCACCUACGUUCAAAAGAGCGCUAUUGUCAAACUCAUGAUGUUGAACCACUACCUGGUAAAAGUCUUUGCCAAUCGGAGACUUGUGGCUUUUCCUUUGAGGCUUGGAACUGGGUGGGUUCGAGUGAGGGCCCUCUUUGGGGAUGUGCCAGGUGAAGGACAGCGGGAAAACCAGGAAGUGUGACUUCAGCUCUUAACUAAGAAAUUGGUGUGAAUGCAUCUGCACAGUCCUGCCUGGCAUUAUCUGCACAGUGGCAGGACUGUGGUUUUGUCACAACCUCCUUUUUUUAGAAUGUGUUGCACGUUUGUGAAUAACAUGUACUAAGUUACCUUCUAAUAGGUAUCCAUGUUUUAAAUCUAUUCCAGAAUGACAUAUUAAAAUGUAUUGUCUUUGUAGAUCAUGGCAGCAAUUCUUAUGCAAUACGAAAGGCUUCGAGGCGUUCAAUCCUCAGGUGUUCUGAUCAUCUUCUGGUUUUUAUCAAUAAUAUGUGCAAUAAUCCCUUUCCGCUCCAAGAUAAUAGUUACUGUAAAAGAGGUAAAUAUAAUGUAUUUUUUUAUUACAUUGCUGUUACAUUUGGUCACAAGCAAUAAAAUAAAAAUCAUGAUCAGACAGGUCAUCAUUUCACUUCAAUUUACUUGAGUUCCAUUAUUAUUAUUAUCACUAUUACUAUUAUUAUAGAUAUUUAAUCGUAUACAAUUUACUAAGCUUUAAUGCUGAUCUAUCCAUUAUAGGGCAAGAUUACCUGUGAUGUAUAAUCGUAUCUCAUGUAACUGAAUGGCAUGUUCCAUAGAAGUCUGAUCAGGUUUAUGAAGAUUUGUAGACCAAUAAAUCAUAGUAAUUGAUAUACCAUAUGACCAAAAACGUCUGUUUCUCCCCAGGGACGUAUCAGUGAUAAAUUCAGAUUUACUACGUUUUAUAUUUAUUUUUCACUUCUUGUUGUGGAAUUUUUUCUGUCGUGUUUCAAAGAGGCUCGACCGUUCUUCUCCCCUGUUAGCAGUGAAUCAGUAAGUACUUCAGUUUUUAAACUGAACUGUUUGUUGUUGUUUUUUGUGAGGGGGUGGUUUAUGUAGCUACACAUUGUUUGCAAAGCUGUAAAGGCACAACCUGGCAUAUGAUGUAAAUCACCAGAAUCCCAAGGUGAUCUUUAGACCUAUGACAUGCAUGCAUCACCGCAUCACUAGAGGGGCAACAUUCAGCAUGUAAAUGCUUGGUGGGGGUUUGUGGGAGAGAAAAAGAAUGAAGAUACCAACAACACUUUUCUUAAUUAGUAUGAGAGGACGGUCAUUGAUGGCUAACAGCUGAUUGACCAGUUAUCACAGUGGACAUCAUACAAUUCAUGGCCCAUGCAGUCGAUUGAUUGGAUAGUUAUAAUAAUGGAUACAGUAUAACUGUGCAACAGAUUGAUUGGAUAAUUUUUACACACAGUACAGCUGACAAUUUCUCCAAAAUAAAUAUAUAAGGAAUUGUAUAUACUGAAAGCAUACAGUAACAAAGGUGCGAAUUGUGUGAUGGUUCUUUGAUAGGUCAUUAAAUUACCCUUCUGUCUGGUAAACCAGAUUUACAGUUGGCCAGCUAGUACUUUCUAAAAACUAUGGUGCAAAAGGAUAUAGGGUAUUCACAGGAAAAGAAUAAGUAUAAGUGUGCAACGUUUAAUAUUUUACCAAUAUUGUGCAUUUGGUUCUUCCAGAAUCCAUGUCCGGAAUCCGAAGCUAGUUUUCUGUCAAGACUAACUUUCUGGUGGUUUACCAAGUAAGUAAGAGUUCUAGUUAUCCCAGGACUACUGAAUAAUGGUCACUACUUAUAUAGAAUUUUCACUGGGAAUGAUACAUACGAAGGACAACAAGAUGUAUGAGGUUGCAAGUUUGAACAUGUUGACUGGCCACAGAUCUUCAGUUUUCACUUUGUGUUUUCCCCCAAAUUCCCAGUUUUUUGUCUACUUGUAUGGUGACACUUGGGGGAGAGUCCUUUCUUAACGUUGCCAUAUUAUCAGCACAGUAUUUCUUGGCUCCUGGACUUUACACAUAUCAAGAGCUGUGCCAGCCAUACACACUUGCUCAUUCAGGAUAACACAAAACUGGGUUCUACAGAAGUUCCAACAAUAGCACGAGACCUUCCAUAGCUAUUCUUGCACAAGCGUUGUAAGAUUUUAUACGCAUCUUGCACAUUGUGCAUGAAGAUACAUGUAGCCAUCACAGGCCGGCUGAUGGUAAAUGUGAGGAUGUGUCAUGGAAGUUCACCUAACAAAAUCAGGUCCUACAUGAGAAGAAGUAGUCUUUAUUAUGUUGAGAUUGGCUGCUGGCAAUAUAAGCUGAGGACAGUCCUUAUCAUAGAUUGCAUCUGUGGUCACAAGUGAGGAAAAGGGGAAAAAAAGACAAAAACCGCAGGGUAACCACCUUAUUGAUUACAGCCUUGACAGAUGCACUUCCAUGGCUUUACCAAUGCAACCCCUAACUCUAUGGUUACUGUCUUAGGUCUUAAAAUAACACUUUUAAUUUUGUUUCCUUUCAGAAUGGCUUCUCUAGGCUACAAAAGACCUCUUGAAGAUAAAGAUCUCUGGGCUUUAAAUGAACAAGACACAUCUGCCGUGGUUGUGAAUAAACUAAUUAAAGAAUGGGAAAUCGAGAAAACCAAGUUACGGUAUGUUAUGGCUCACGUUACACCUGCGCUGACCCUCUCAGAGUUUGGGGGACUGCAAGUCCCAUCAUUUCCUGACAGAGGAUCAACACCUGUGAUUUUAGACCAAAUUUACAGUUUCCAUUUUUCCAAAGGUGUAUUUUUUAUUUAAUUUUUUUUUAAUGAUUUUGUAAAUCAAUAAGUCAGAGAGAAUGGAGAACAAAGGGAAGCAAUGAAUAAUGAAAGGAGGUCUAAACUGAUCAAACCUUCAUUCAAUCUAAAAUCUUUUAAGAGAUCUAUGCAAUAUACCUCAUUACAGAAUGCACCUGUCAUGGUUGAAUAUAUUAAUUACAUGUUAUAUAGUACAUUUAUAUAUGUGUGUAUAUAUAUAUAUAUAUAUAUAUAUAUAUAUAGUUUGUAUAUUGUAUUUUUGUAAUAUUAUAUCCUAUUGUUACACUGCAAUGUUUUGUGGACCCAGGACAUAAUUGAAAAUGAGAGAAAUCUCAAUGUAUCCUUCCUGGUAAAAUAUUUUAUAAAUAAAUAAAUUAUCUUUGGACACUACCCCAAUAGCUAUGAAGGUGUGGGGGGCGGGAGGGAUAAUAUAACAUUGUGGAUACCCCACAAAUGUAAGAUAUUUUAUAGGGGGUACCAUGACUGUGCGCUGACACCCACCAGGAUUUUCCAAAUUAGCCAUGGCCAAUUUAAGGUUUGGCAGCUCAUCUAAUGGGAUGAAAUCCUAGCAUAAAAAGGGUGUGGGGGGGAGGGUGGAUUCAAGAAGGACAUCGUUGACAGAUGUUCAAGUGGACAAUAGGUGGCCAUUUCCACCAUGUGUUCUGUCCGAAUGCAACAAGGAAGGAAAGAGAUAAGAGGAGUAGGUUUGGGGCAGGUUUGAUAUGUGCUGGUGAAGGAUUCUUGCAGGACAGGAAUCAACAAUGUGUUUUGUAUUAACACAUAUUUACACAAGAAAGUAAAACGUGAGUCCAUCAGGCUGCACUUUAUCCUACAUCCCCAUGUGGUCACAACUGGAAAUGCAGUAAAAAUAGUAAAUACUCUACCAGUCCAGACCAAGGAGGUCUCCCUCACCUUUAUAUUGAAUUAUACAAUUUUCAUAGUAGGAUAUGUAAUAUAGUGCUUUUUUUUGUGUUUUUUUUUUACUUUCAGCGAAAUGCCGGUGACGUACAGCAAAAAUCAGGAAGCCGAACUUAAUCACACAGAUGACAAGGCACAUGAAUCUGAAGUUUUAAUAGUCAACAACAAGAAGUCGAAAGGGCCAUCAUUUAUAAAAGUACUGCUCAAGUCAUUUGGACCUUACUUUUUAAUUGGCUCAGUUUUUAAGCUUUUCCAGGAUCUUCUGUCUUUUGUUAACCCCCAGUUACUAAGGUAAAUCGCACUAUUUUACUAUUUUAUUGCUUCUGCUACAGCCUGUCUUGGGUACACUUGCAAAUAGUCAGCUGUUUAUAUAUCGAUCGGUUGCUUAGUUGAAGUUUAAAUCGUAUCCUUUCUCUGGCAUACCAGUUCCAGAAAUAUAACAAAAUAAUUAAAGAAACACUAUAGGGUCAGGAAUACAAACAUGUUAAAUAUAGUGUUAAAACACCAUCUAGCCCCCCCGGCUCCUACUAAAUAUGGUAAAAUCUUACUUUUGAUCAAGUCUGCUACUUCUGGCUCUGCCCUGAUCUGCCUGCUUAUCUGACAUCAUCAGAAGUGUAAUUCAAAGCCAAUCACAAUACUUUCCCAUAAGAUUGACUGUCAAGGAGAGAGAUCAGGAGCAGAGCCAGCACAAGCCAAACACAGCUCUGGCCAAUCGGCGUCUCCUCAAAGAGAUUCACUGAAUCAAUGCAUGUCUAUGAGGAAAGUUCAGUGUCUGCAUGCUGAGGGUGGAGACACUAAAUGUCAGUCACACUGUGCAGCACUGCCCCAGGAAGCACCUCUAGUAACCAUCUGAGGAGUGACCAGUGGAGGUAUACCUAGGAUGUAAUGUAAGCACUGCAUUUUCUCUGAAAAAAAACUGUUUUUACUGCCAAAAUCCUGAAGGGAAUGAUUAUGCUUCCCAGAACAAAUACAAUAAGCUGUAGUUGUUUGGGUGACCCUUUAAAUCUGUUUACACGUGCCUUGCGUGUUCUAACCAUUGACAUACAAUAUAAACCACUUUGAAUUUUGUUAUUUCAUGUAUAUUGUGACAUCUUCGUCUGUUUUUUUUUUCCAGCAUCCUGAUAACGUUUAUAAAGGACAGGAAUGCGCCCCCGUGGUGGGGUUUCUGUAUAGCUGUAUUGAUGUUCCUCUCGUCUUUGUCUCAAACUUUAAUUCUUCAUCAACAUUUCCAAUACUGCUUUGUAACUGGCAUGAGGCUGAGGAGUUCCAUCACUGGUAUAAUCUACAGAAAGGUAUCUUCUCCCACUACUUUCACUUUCCAAUCAAGUUAAAGGUGCACUAUAGUCACCAAAACUACUUUAGCUUAAUGAAGCAGUAUUGAUGUAUAGAUCAUGCAUCUGAAUUGUCACUGUUCAAUUCACUGUCCUUCUGUUUCUGUUUAUGCAGCCCUAGUCCUAUCACCUCACCUCACCUCACCCAUGACUCACAUAGCCUGCAUUAAAACACAAUAGUUUCAUUUUCAAUCAGAUGUAACUUACUUUAGAAGUUUUGAUCUCCUGCAUUAUAAAUUGAACUUUAAUCACUUACAGAAGGCCCCUGCAAGGUCUAGCAAGAUAUUAACAGUGCAGGAGACAAAAAAAAUCUAAAUUAAGCAGACUUUGUAAUAACAGAAGUGUAAACAUUAGAGCUCUCUUUACAGGAAGUGUUUAGGAAGGCUGUGUAAGUCACAUGCAGGGAGGUGUGACUAGAGAUGUAUAAACAAAGUGAAUUAACUUCUAAAUGGCAGAGAAUUGAGCAGUGAGACUGCAGGGGCAGGAUCUAUAAACCAAAGCUUGCUAAAGUUGUUUUGGUGACUAUAAUAUCCCUUUAACGUCAGGACGAAGGAUGUCUAUUGAGUGUAAUCAAAACAAACUCAAUGAUUUCUGUUUGAUGUUUUUGUUUUAAAGGAAUAUAUACUUAAUUGUCAGAAAAAAAAAUAGUUUUUAAUCAAAAUUAAGUUGUUAUGGUGCUAGGAAGUUUCUGGAAAUGGCUUAUCUUACUGGCUUUACAGGCUUACUUUUAAGGGUUAAACCAUUCACAAACAGUUUAUCCCCAAAAUCUCCUCUCCAGUGCCAGAUCUCUUCCCCAUCCAACAUCCGUUUGCGAAAUAGGAGUGCCGCGGGCAAGGGCACCACCGAUUGGCUUAAAGUGGUCAGUUGAGGCUCUCCACUGAUUGACUGAGAGCAUCAGCAGAGCCCCUGCCCGUGGCAGUCCUAGGCUGUUGGAGGGGACAGAAUGAUCCGGGGCUGGAGAUGAGACUUUAGGGUUGAACCGUUCAUGUAUGGUUUCACCCCUAAAGUAAAGCCAGGGACUUCCUGGCACCAUAACAACUUAAUUUCCUUGUAAGUGCUCCAACUGGAUAAAUAUCUAAAAAGUGCCUUUCACACUAAGCUAAUUUGAUUACUUUUUAAUUAUUGUUUUUUCAGUCUUUGGUAAUCACAAAUGCAGCGAAAAAAACUUCUACUGUCGGAGAAGUAGUCAAUUUGAUGUCUGUAGAUGCCCAGCGGUUCCAAGAUUUGACCACUUUCUUGAAUAUGCUGUGGUCUGCUCCUCUGCAAAUCUUCUUGGCGUUAUUCUUCUUGUGGAAGGUAACAUUCAGGUGUUAGUAAUGCUUUGAUAUAAAUUGUCUUUUUUUGUUAACCCUUAUAAGGUCCCAGCACAUUCAGUUUCUUUGGCAUUUAGUCAUGGUACAGAAUUCUAGUGAAAAUGACAGGCAGUAAAAUUGAAUCUAUACAUUGUGGUAAUAGGUUCGCAUAGAUUUUCUUUAAAAUUCGUAAUGUUUUGGUUCCUCUCAAAUCUUUCGAUUUACUUAUUUUUUUUUUUUUAAUUUGAAGAUUUUUAUUGUUUCUCCAAGUAAAGAAGGUCAUGGUACAGAAAGGAAGAGGGAGAAGUGGGGGAACAGGGGUAACCUCGACAACAUGUCAUCCGUAAUACUAACUAGACAGUAGUAAAGACUAUCCAUUCGAUUGUUCGAGGAUUGCCGUAAUUUAUUUGGCGUCCUACCGUGUUCCUCGUCACAUUGCAACAACUAUUCCCUGCCAUUUCACAAUAAUUUACAGUUGGUUUGGGUUACCCAAUCUCCAUGCGUCCCAGAUACUCCAUGUUUCCCUGGAUAGUUUAUUGGGGGGGAAUAUGGAUGUAAGUCGAGUUUCGUAAUUUUUCUGUACAUCGAUAUCAGCCUUUAGCUGAUGUAUGGAUGGUAUCGAGGUAGUUUUCCAUUUCCUCGCUAUAUGUUUUUGAGCUGUGAGAAUAAUAUGUGUGAUCAGCUUUUCCCUUUUCUUGGGGAUCGAAUUAGAGAGCUCCAGUAGGAGAUAUGUUAAGGCUGUGUGGUUUAAGGUGCAGCUCGUCGUCAGGGCCGGACUGGCCCACCGGGAUACCGGGAAAUUUCCCGGUGGGCCGUCGGCACCUGGGGCCGGUCCUUUAAAUACUGCAGCCGCCUGAGCGCUCUGCGAAGAGCGGUCAGGCGGCUGCAGCUUCUCCCCUCCCCUGUAGCGUGGCCGAGCUGCACUCCGGUCCGCGGUGGCCGGCCGGAGUGAUAGGAAGGUGCACACUGAGUGUACACCUUCAUAUCAGUCGGCGGUGACAGAAAACAAGAAACUCCUGUUCCGGUUUUGCAAACAUAUUGGCAGUUUGACGGUACUGAUCAUACUGUAUCAAAUCCGACAUUUUUGGGGCAGGCCUUUCAUCAUGGAGAAUAAGGAGGGAGGUUAGGAGAGGAGGGGAGAUGGUGGGGGGAGGGUAAAGAUGAGGGAGGGGAAUAAAGAGGGGAGGAGGGAAUAAGAAGAGGGGGGAUAAGAAGAGGGAGGGAGAGGGAUAAGAAAGAGGGGGAUAAGAAGAGGGAGGGAGGGAUACAAGAAGAGGGAGGGAGUGUAAAAGAGAAUAUAAGAUGAGGGAAUAAGAAGAGUGGAGGGAGGAAUAAGAUGAGAGGGCGAGGGAAUAAGAAAAGAGGAGGAGGGAAUAAGAAGAGGGAAUAAGAAGAGGGGAGGGAGGGGAAUAAGAAGAGGGGAGGGGAAUAAGAAGAAGGGGGAGGGGGGGAAUAAGAAGAAGGGGCAGCUCUAUAGGACAGGGGCCAAGACAGGGAGCUCUUUCACACUACGCGCGCACACACACAAUGCAUCCCUAUACAUACACAGAAACACAACAUGCUUCCCUUACACACAGAGAAACACACAAUGCAUCCAUUACACACACACACACAAUGCAACCCUUACACACAAAGACAAUGCAUCCUUUGCACACAUACACAGAAACAGACAAUGCAAACCCGUACACACGCAUGCAAACACACACACUUCUUUUCUUACAUACACACAGAAACACAAUGCAUCUCAUCAUGCACACACAUACAGACACACACCUUGCAUCCCUUAUGCAUACAAACACAGAUUCACACAAUGCAUCCCUUACACACAACCAGAAACACAUAAUACAUCCCUUAUACACAAAUACACACUGCUUCCACUACACACAAACACACUGCAUCACCUGCACAAACUGGUAACCCUAAACACUACAUACCAUAAGCACACAUAUUAGAUCCUCUACAAUAACACAUAACACAUCCCCUACACACUCCACUCCCUGUGAGCGAACUCAUGGGUGGGUGGAACUUAUGAGUGGGCCUUAUGGGCAUACUCACCGUCAGGCCCUGGGGCCCAGACCUUGAGCUGUGUAAGGGGCCCCCAAAAAAUGGAGCUGCUUCCAAUUCUCCCAGAACAUUGAAUUUUGUGACCACAGUUGCAAACAGCCUCCAGAGAUCCUGUUCUACACCAGACCAGUGGAGCCAAACUGCAGCCCAUCAUCAUCCUCAUCUGCUUGUAAGUAGGCAAUCUAGUAUAUUAUUAGUGACACUAAUCUAUAAUUUACCUCACAUUAAAGGGACACUAUAGCUUAAUGAAGUGGUUCUGGUGUCUAUAGCUGGUCCCUGCAGGCUUUUUAAUGUAAACACACACUGUGUGCAGCACUGGCGUUAGUUCAUAUGGCAUAUCAUAUGGGUGGGGCAUUGUGAUGUGACAUGUGGGGGCAGCAAAUUUUUAUUUUGUCUAGGGCGGCAAAAAUCCUUGCACCGGCUCUGAUCCUGGGCAGGUGCACCAGUCUACUUGACUGGUUUUGCCCCCCAGGCCUAAGGCUGCCAGCCCUCCCCUGGCCGCUGGGGAGGUCUUUUGGCGGCCGCUGGCGGACUUGUCCUGGCGGCCGCUGAGGGAGCUGCGCGAGCUGCGCUGGCUCUGCUCCCCAGCACGCAGCUGAAUGAGACCGGCGCCGGAAUAUGACGUCAUAUUCCGGCGCCAGUCUCAUUCAGCAGCGCGCGAGGGCGGGAGGGCACUAACACAGGAAGCACCUCUAGUGACCGUCUGAGUGACUGUCACUAGCAGUGUCACUUUGAAGCAAUGUAAACACUGCCUUUUGUCUGAAAAGUCAGUGUUUACGUUGAAAAGCCUGUAGGGACAUGCUAUAGACACCAGUACCACCACAUUAAGCUGUGUGUGUGCGUCUGCUAGUGAGUGAGCUUGCUUGCAUGCGUGUGCCUGCUAGUGAGUGAGCUUGUGUUUUUAUGUCAAUGAGCUGAUAUAUAUCAGUAAGAUUGUUUGUCUUUGAGGCUGUGUAUCAAUGAGCUUGUGUGUGUCACUGAAAUGUCAGUGAAAUUGCCUGUGUCUGCAUGUGCGUAUGCUUACUGUAUAAUUAAACGUUUUACCCUGAAAGGACCAAUAUUUUAUAUUAGAAAAGCAAUAUAUAUAUAUAUAUUACUCAAUCAUCUGUCCUGGCAAGACAUAGCCUUACAUAUUACACGCGACAAUAUAUGGCGCAGUGACUUAUGGGGCUGGCACAAAUUUUUUUUCCAGGGCUGCUUUGUAUCCCCAGUCCGGCCCUGCUCGUCGUGGUAUCUUUUAUUAAUUUGAACUGCUUCCCAAAAGGGUGCUAAUGAGGGGCAGAGCCAGCAGAUAUGUAGCAUGGUUCCUUCUGCAUUUUGGUAUCUCCAUAAAGAAGCAGGCGUGUUUGGGAAGAGUGUAGCCUGGUCGGCUCUAGGUACCACCUGUACAGCACCUUUCUUUGCUGUUCUAAUAGCGUGAAGGAUUUGAUUAAUCUAGUUGAGGCAAUAAUUAUGGAAUCCUACCGUUUGGGAGUAAUAGGGCACCCCAGGUCGCUCUCCCAGUGUUUGGCCGGUUUAUAUUCCGAAAAAGACAUAUAGUCCGAUAAUAAUCUAUAACACAUGGAGAUUGGUUUACAAUGUUUAGGUGGUUACCCUUUGAUACACAUUUGUUCUCACUUUGUGUUUUCUGAGUGUUUGUGUGAGUCAGGCAAGUUUAUUAAGUGAUUCUUUCGAAGGAGUGAUCUAAGUUGCAUGUAGGAGUACGCUGAGGUGGGAGGUAGUGCAUAUUUGUGCAUCAAUGCACCUAGGUCGAGAAGGGAGCCCUGUUGGUAUAGAUGGCAUAAGUGGGUUGUACCGCAUUCAUGCCAUGGUGUCGCAUGGAAGGUGGAAAUGCAGUAGGUAAGUGCCCUUACUGGGGUCGCCAUUAACAAGGGGCUAAGUUUGUGUCUAUAUUUUUCCCAGGUCCGUAUGAGAAGGGUUAUGUGCGGAGAGGGGGAAAGCAGUUUGGGGCGGUGCUGUUUGGGUAGCCACAGUAGGUGGGCAAUCUUGUAGGGUUUUACGGCUGCCUUUUCCACGGAGACCCAUUGUGGUUGCAGUAUUUGUAGAUAUCUGGGAAAAGCAGUAUCAAUUGACUUUUUUUAUUUUUUUAAUUCUUUAUUCCAAGACAGAGUAACAAAAAUAACGCGUACAAAACAAGAUAACAUUGCAUAUAAUCAAAACUUUGUACAAUCAUGCUUUCCAUGUUCAUUUACAUAUUUCCAGCAAAAUUACAGCCAGCGACGUUGUAACAAUAGAGAUCUUGAAAAGCGUCAGCGACCGUGUAUCGUGAAGUAGAGCACGGAUUCGUAUAGUACAUUUAUCCCGUCUCGGGUUUUUAUUUAAAUAGAAAGGAAAGAGAUCCCUAUACCACCAUACACACAGUUGUUAGAGAACAUCGAAAUGUCAUAUGGUCGAUUGACUUUUAACAUAGAGUCAGCGAAGAGCUAUGCCGACAAUUGAGUGUCAUGGGGAAGCAGAACAGUCCUGCAGUCAGUUCUGGUGCUCUCUCGUACAGCAACUACAGCAUGUGCACUGUUGUUGCUGUGAUUGCUCCUCUAGUAAGCACAUUUCAUAGUUGGUAGAAGAGAAUAAGAACUGGGUAACAUUUUCCACUCCUUUAUGCGCUGGGAUUGAAACCAGCAUGCUGAUGUCUUGAGGAAGGAUUGUAGAGACUUAUUCCGUAGCAGGGCCAAUUGUACCGGAGGUGGGGCAGGAAGUAGAAAGACCGGUUAGCAUUCCACCAAAGUGUCCCUAUUUUGGGAUCCCACUGUCCCUCUUUUCUAGGAGUUCCAUAUUGUUGGUGGUGCAGAGUAUAUCACAGAACUCCACAGCAAUAAUACUCCCAGUAUGUGUCUAUAAACUCCAAUAAAAGUAUUUAGAAAUCAAUCUGUGUAAACAAGAUACGUUGUUCUUAUUCUUAAUUACAUGUUAGUGCCAUAAAUUGUUAUUAGUAAGUCACCUAAAAUUUCUCAGAACCGCCCCUGGUCACACCCCUAAAAUUACAGUGUUCAUCGUUGGCCAUUUGCAAUGUUGAAAAGAAGAUCGAAAAAUGGCAGACAGCUCAAGACAGAAAUUGAGAAAUACCGUAACGUCUCCUAAAUCAACUAAUAUUAUAUAUUAAUGUUCACUGCUUCCUUUACCCACAGUAUUCACCAUUGCAGAAUGUAUGAGUGCUCUAUAUAUAAUAAAUUAUUUUGUAUUAUUUCUUUAAGACUUAGGCAUUGAAUAAAUAUGACUAGUUAAUAUGACAUUAUUCCACUGUGUUUAUUUUACACAGGCACUUGGUCCUUCUGUAUUAGCCGGAGUAGCUGUAAUGGUUCUGCUCAUCCCGAUCAAUGCAUUCAUAGCUAUGAAAACAAGAGCGUUUCAAGUAAGUAUUUGCAACUCUUCAACACGAUAAAAUAGUGGUUCUUAACCUUUUUCCGUAGGGACCCAUUAUAUGUAUACGCCAUUCGGUCAGUGACCCAUUCUUCGUUUGGGAAAUUAGUUUGGAGAACUAUUCUUCCAUUUUAUUAUGAUGCGUUCUAAAAUGAAUUUGACUCUUCCAAUUGUUAAAUUGGUUUUCUUCACACUAAGGAAAGAACUGAUGCUCCAAUAACUCACUGUAGUUAGUCGCCUGGGUUCACAUCAGUAUAACGUGCCGGUCCUAUCCAAAAGAGGUCCACUAAAAUAGCACGAAGAUUACAUUUUUUGUCCAGACACAGAAAUCAAGAACCACUUCUAUAAAAUAUAUAUUACCCACUUCCCCAUCGAUUGUUUACAAUCAAUUUGAUAUAAAACCAGAAAAACAUACAUCGGAGCAAAAACUCGUUAUGGAUUCUUAAAUUACAUUGCAAUUUCUCUUCUGAUGAACAGUUUGUAGCAUAUGUAAAUUAUUAAAAGUCUAUGUAUUCUGCUUUGCCAAAAAGACAUUGGGUCCUUCCUAGAAUGUAUCUAUUGCAUUUGCAAACCAAGUUCUCUAGGCAGUGAAAUUCUUAUCUUUGCUGCCCUUGCAGUUAAGGUUACUUACUGCAGCUAAAUAAUUAUAUAGCAAUAAUCUCUAUUUCAUAGAAACAUAGAAACAAAGAAACAUAGAAUGUGACGGCAGAUAAGAACCAUUCGGCCCAUCUAGUCUGCCCAAUUUUCUAAAUACUUUUGAGACUCAUAAGACUCAAACAGAGGGUUGUAGUUGUGAGAUGAUUGCAGCCAUUAGCUAAUUGGCUGAUUAUGGAAUAAUUACUUGUUGUGUAGAAGAUACUAGGCUGGCAGACAGGAAACGUUAAACAGUAACUCAACCAGUCUCUUUCCAGCCAUCACUAAAGUUUAUAUCCAUGUUGCAGUGGGGUAAAACAUAAUUUACGUAGAUUUUCCGUGAUCACUUUGCUGUGUGAUCGGCGGUAAAAAUAUGUAAGUUUAAAAAUUUACAAGUGAUUACUAUUUCUUGGGUUGUUUGUUUUUAUGAUUAUUGUAGGUAGAGCAAAUGCAAUACAAGGAUUCCAGAAUUAAACUGAUGAAUGAAAUCUUAAAUGGAAUUAAAGUCCUAAAACUGUACGCCUGGGAGCCGUCUUUUGCACAAAAAGUUCUGGAUAUCCGAAGUAAAGAACUCAGCGUACUAAAAAAGUCUGCCUACCUUAACGCCUUAUCCACCUUUGCCUGGACCAGCGCACCCUUUUUGGUAAUGUAUGCUUCUUACACGCAGGAAAUAUUGAAAUAUAAGACGGAACGUUACUGUCAUGAUCUUGUGCAGGUCAGAUAGGAGACUUAUGCCAGGGUUGACUUCAGGUACUUUAUUAGUGAUUUUAGACAUAUUAUGAAACUAAAGGGUAAACAGAAUUUAGGCAAUAUGCCACAGAACAGGUUACUUAGUCUGUAAUUUCCAGGUAGGGUUGUAAUAAAGGCAGGCUGGUAACAGUGGCAGGCUGAUAACAGAGGCAGGCUGGUAACAGUGGCAGGCUGGUAACAGUGGCAGGCUGGUAACAGUGGAAGGCUGGUUUGAAGUAUAGGUAAGGGUGGGGAAGGUUAUUGUUAGGAGAAGAUUUGAAGGUAAGUCUAAAGCAGGUUCACAGGAGCCAGGAUAUGAAGUGAUUCCAGGUAAAUCACCAACUUUAAAGGACCACUAUAGGCACCCAGACCACUUCAGCUUAAUGAAGUGGUCUGGGUGCCAGGUCCAGCUAGGGUAAACCCUUUUUUCUAUAAACAUAGCAGUUUCAUAAAAACUGCUAUGUUUAUGUUAGGGUUAAUCCAGCCUCUAGUGGCUGUCUCAUUGACAGCCGCUAGAGGGCUUCCGCGUUUCUCACUGUGAAAAUCACAGUGAGAAGACCCCGGUGUCCAUAGGAAAGCAUUGAGAAUGCUUUCCUAUGGACUGGCUGAAUGCGCGCCCGGCUCCUGCCGCGCAUGCGCAUUCAGCCAAAGAGGAGGAGAAGAGGGAGGAGAGGAGGAGAGCUCCCCGCCCGGCGCUGGAGAAAGAGGUAAGUUUAACCCCUUCCUCUCCCCAGAGCCCGGCGGGAGUGGGACCCUGAGGGUGGGGGCACCCUCAGGGCACUAUAGUGCCAGGAAAACGAGUAUGUUUUCCUGGCACAAUAGUGGUCCUUUAAUGUAAAGGCCAUGAGAUUAGUUGGGUGUAGCCUUUUGUAGCUGAAGUAAUUUGUCCUAGGCAGGUAAGGACUGAGGUGACUAGGGAGGCCACUAGUGGUGGAGAGCUGUAACUUCUUUUAAAGGAACAUAAAUAAAUGAAGAUAAACAUAGUUGUCAGGAUACGAUCCUGACAGUUACCUACAAAGAAUAAAUAAAAAAACAACCUAUGAACCUAUAAUUUAUAUGGCCGCCACCUUUUCUAGGAAGUCUGAAUUUGUUUGUGUUAUAGCAUGCUCUGCAUUUAUAUUAAUCCUAGGAGAACAGUCUUAAAGAAGCACUAUAGUGCCAGGAAAACAAUCUUGUUUUCCUGGCACUAUAGGGUCAUUAGGUCCCCCCCACCCUCAUGGUCCCCCUCCCGCUGGGCUGCAGAGGUUAAAACCCCUUCAGCCACUUACCUUUCUCCAGCACCGGGCUCCCUCAGCGCUGGGGAACUCUCCUCCUCCUGCCGACGUCAGCGCCAAAUGCGCAUUCAAAUCGCCCAUAGGAAAGCAUUACUUAAUGCUUUCCUAUGGACGUCAGCAUCUUCGCGGAAGCUCCUCUAGCUGCUGUCAGUGAGAGAGCCACUAGAGGAUCAAUUAACCCUAAUGUAAACAUAGCAGUUUCUCUGAAACUGCUAUGUUUACAGCUGCAGGGUUAACACUAGAGGGACCUGGCACCCAUACCACUUCAUUGAGCUGUAGUGGUCUGGGUGCCUAUACUGGUCCUUUAAGGGCAAUUCUAAACAUGACUAAGUUAAAGCUAUAGCUCACAAUACAGUUUGUUAGUAAAUAGCAAAAGAAAAUAUUUAGUGAUACCAAUGUUUAAUUAUCUUUCAUUGAAUCUCCUAACACUGGAUGAUUGCCACAAUAAACAUCUUUGUAAAAUCCAUGCUACCUACAUGUUAUUUUUUAUAAAUUUUUGUUUAUUUCUGGAAGAGUUAACCUUAUGGUGUUCUUUCUGAAGGCCCAUUAACGCUCUUUCAGAAUAUCAACUAAUUUCGAGAGUCUCAGUUAUACACCUUCAUUUUAGAACUGCACAAUACGAACGUUCUGAUGUUCCAAACAGGAAGUAAAGUUCAUGAUGUUAAAUAGUCCCCACAGUUGCUUAAUAAUAACCAACUGAAAACGGGACACAUUUUGAAAAAUAGAAGAAAUAAAAUAAGGACUAACAUUUGAUAAAGAGAUUAAAAAAAAAAUAAAAAAACACAUUAUGUACCUGUUUAACCUUUAAUUAAAAACCAUAAAGUAAAGACUCUAUUGUACGAAAUAUCGGAUAUUUUGUAAUAAAGCACAACAUCUUUGUAAAUAAACCAUAUUCUCUAACAUUUCUGUAUUUAAAGUACCUUGUGAUUCAUUUCUCCUGUCUCAAACCAUUUUAGGUCGCUCUGACCACGUUUGCUGUGUUUGUGACUUCUGAUGACAAGAAUAUCCUCGACGCAGAGAAAGCGUUCGUGUCUCUCUCUCUAUUUAAUAUUUUACGAUUUCCUCUGAACAUGCUGCCGCAAGUUAUCAGUAACCUUGCACAGGUAAGAGGAAAGAACCAUUCUUCCGUUUCGUAUUGACGUGACACGGUGUGAUCAUAGAUACAGAAUUUUACAUACUUGGUUUUGUAAAUUUUGCAUUUAUAUAAUAGUGCAGGUGUUACAUUACAAUAGAGUAGAGGUCUCACAUUACUAGUAUACAGUGUAUGUAUAUUUUAUCUAUACAGGUGUACUUAGGUGUAACAGGUGUACUCAGCACUUUACAGGUUACAUUACAGUAGGGGGAGGUACAAUAAGUACAGUACGUAUACAUUGUAUGCAUAUUUUAUUUAUAUAGCGCUAACAGGUGUACUCGGCACUUUACAGGUUACAUUACAGUAGAGGGAGGUACAGUAAGUGCAGUAGGUAUACAGUGUAUGCAUAUUUUAUUUAUAUAGCGCUAACAGGUGUACUCGGCACUUUACAGGUUACAUUACAGUAGAGGGAGGUACAGUAAGUGCAGUAGGUAUACAGUGUAUGCAUAUUUUAUUUAUAUAGCGCUAACAGGUGUACUUAGCACUUUACAGGUUACAUUACAGUAUAGAGAGGUACAGUAGGUGCAGUAGGUAUACAGUGUAUGCAUAUUUUAUUUAUAUAGCGCUAACAGGUGUACUCGGCACUUUACAGGUUACAUAACAGUAGAGGGAGGUACAGUCAGGGCCAGACUGGGGAUACAAAGCAGCCCUGGAAAAAAAAAUUGUGCCAGCCCCAUAAGUCACUGCGCCAUAUAUUGUCGCGUGUAAUAUGUAAGGCUAUGUCUUGCCAGGACAGAUGAUUGAGUAAUAUAUAUAUAUAUAUAUAUAUAUAUAUAUUGCUUUUUCUAAUAUAAAAUAUUGGUCCUUUCAGGGUAAAACGUUUAAUUAUACAGUAAGCAUACUCACAUGCAGACACAGGCAAUUUCACUGACAUCUCAAUGACACACACAAGCUCAUUGAUACACAGCCUCAUAGACAAACAAUCUUACUGAUAUACAUCAGCUCAUUGACAUAAAAACACAAGCUCACUCACUAGCAGGCACACGCAUGCAAGCAAGCUCACUCACUAGCAGAUGCACACACACAGCUUAAUGUGGUGGUACUGGUGUCUAUAGCAUGUCCCUACAGGCUUUUCAACGUAAACACUGACUUUUCAGAGAAAAGGCAGUGUUUACAUUGCUUCAAAGUGACACUGCUAGUGACAGUCACUCAGACGGUCACUAGAGGUGCUUCCUGUGUUAGUGCACCUACAUUCAGGGCCUCCACACUCUGUAGGUGCUGAACGUUCCCCAUAGAGAUACAUUGAUUCAAUGCAUCUCUAUGAGGAGAUGCUGAUUGGAGUGGCGUUUUGCAGCCAAUCCUAUGGCAAAGCAUUGGAUUGGCUGAGAUCAUCAAGCUUGAUGAUCUCAGCUAUAGAGGCAGGGCCAGUCGAGGGGAGACCAGCACGCUGCAUGGGGAAAAAAAAAAGGUGAGCAAAAACACUAUUUUUAAACACACAUUUACACCAUGACAGACACAGAAAUACACAUAUACCAUGACAGAUACACACCCCAUGACAGACACACACACACACCAUGACUGACCAUGACACAGACAGACACACACACCAUGACGAACAGACAGACACACACACCCCAUGAUGGACAGACAGACACACACACCCCAUGACGGACAGACACACACACACACACCCCAUGACGGACAGACAGACACACACACAGUGUAUGUAUAUUAUAUUUAUAUAGCGGCAACAGGUGUACUCAGCACUUUACAGGUUACAUUACAGUAGAGGAAGGUACAGAAAGUGCAGUAGGUAUACAGUGUAUGUAUAGUUUAUUUAUAUAGCGCUAACAGGUGUACUCAGCCCUUUACAGGUUACAUUACAGUAGAGGGAGGUACAGUAAGUGCAGUAGGUAUACAGUGUAUGAAUAUUUUAUUUAUAUAGCACUGACAGGUGUACUCAGCACUUUACAGGUUACAUUACAGUAGAGGAAGGUACAGUAAGUGCAGUAGGUAUACAGUGUAUGAAUAUUUUAUUUAUAUAGCACUAACAGGUGUACUCAGCACUUUACAGGUUAGAUUACAGUAGAGGGAGGUAAAAGUAUAUCCACUAGGUAUACAGUGUAUAUUUAGAAAAGUUAAUCUCGACUGACAUUUUGCUACUUCCAUAAUUCUUUUUUUUUCUUUUUUUUUCUUUAGGCAAGUGUGUCAGUUAAAAGAAUCCAGAAUUUCUUGGCCAGUGAUGAACUGGACGAAAAUGCGGUGAAUAGAGAGAAAACUGUACCUGGUAUGAAAUAACAGAACUAUUAAUUUAAAUUAGGAAUUAACUCCUUAUUGAAUGCGUGUUUUUCCGAAAUUCUGAGGCCUUCCCUGCACCUUUGCUAUAUUUUUGUUUCACUGUACAUUCCAUUGCUGCUCUUUUUAUGACUAACCUUUGCUAAAUGUGCUGGUUAUAUUUCCUUUUUUGCAUUUUUCACACGUAUAUUUCAUUUUUAUGGGGAAUUUCACAGACCGUGUGUGUCACACUACUAUAAAGAUUCCAUAUUUGUUUUGAACAUAAUUAACAGGAAGCUUCCAUUUUGUAACAAAAGGUUCCAUUUAAUUUUCUGUUGGUUGGAGAAUAACAAUGCCUGAUUUUCCAAAAACAAAACAUUAUCUUAUUUUAACUACCUCAUAAUAGUUGUUGAUGGUUUUUAAAAAAAAGACUGUGAGGUAUAGACUGGCCUAACUCUACUCAUACGUAUGUCAGUAUUUUAAGCAACUUAUCAUUGACAGGUAUCUCUAUAACCAUACGGGACGGAACAUUCAGCUGGGCCAAGGACAGCGAACCAGUUCUACAAGAGUAAGGAUACAUUUUAAGUUGGAUUCUGAAACAACACAUGGCACUGUCAAUACAUUCACUGACAUAUAGGUUAUUUAAGUUGGCACUGCAUUUGCUUUUAUAACCGGUUGGCCGAUUUGACUUUCGUAUUAAUUAAGUAUUUUAUUAUGGGAUGUUUAGGACACUAUGAAUCCAUCGAAAAGCAUCUUAGAGAAAGGUUGCCCUAAUCGGGGAAGUGGGUCGAGAGCCUAGUGGGGAGCAGAGAAAGGAGAAACAUGGAAUUGGUUUUAUAUUGGUGUAACACCCAUGAAACUCCAAUCAUGGAGGCAGAACUUGAUAUGAGUUGAAUAUUGCCUUUACAUGAGCUUAAAAAAUAACCGCAACCACUGUUAUAACUAGCAUGUUAGAAUGUGUUAGAUCCCUAUUCCUGUUCUACCCUAUAACUUAAAUAUACCAUGCUUUUUGCAAUGCAUAUAAUACUGUAGUACAGGGGUAUGCAACCUAUGGCACGUGUGCCGUGCACGGCACUCGAGGUGUCUUUGCACGGCACUCAAGGCUGCUAGAGCCAAACAGGCUCUGGCUAUCAGGAGCCCCAGUGAAACUUCAGAUAUCUGCUAAUACGAAAAGGUGGUAAAGGACAAUCCUAAAUUCAUGUAUUGCAGCACGUAGAGGAAGUGAUCUCAGGUCACUUCCUCCCAGCACUUGUGAAUGGGAAUCUGGCCGGCCUGGUCCCCACUGGAACCCAGGGAAGCCACCCACAUUGCUAGAUAUACACAGAAAUGCAGAAUAACCCUCCCCUUAUACAAAUAAUAUGAACAGACUACACACAAACAUACACACAAUCCGAACAAACGUAACACCACUAACAAGCCACAUACAUGCACACAAUCCCACAUGCAGCAUCUCACAUGCAAUACCCCAAACAGCCCCAUACACACAGCACCAAAUACACAAUGUGACAUUUCCAUCCACACACACAAUUUCACAAGCAGCCCCCAUUCAUAUGUAUCAUACACAAUACCACAAACUACUCAUGAACAUAUACAAUAUAAUAGCUCAUAUCCGCACAAAUACAACGCUACAACUGCAGUAUAAAUAACAAGCAGAAAACAGCAACAUACACACCGCAAUUUAAAAAAAUAGGACAUCACAAUUCUAUUUCGGCACCGAGCUGCAAAAAGGUUUACCGAUGUAGUCUUUCCCAUGAGUGAGACACUUCUGUUUUUAGUCUAUUCUCAGACGGUAUUACUACUUAUUCAUGUGUUUCUAACAUAACAACAAAAGUGCAGCUUCUCUUGAUUUCAGAUUUUAUCAUAUACGUUAUCUGUCAUGUCAUAUGUCAUUACUGACUUGUGUAUUCGACACUGCACUGCAAAAAUAAAGAUUGACAAAAAAAAAGAACCACGACAACAAACGUAAUUGCAAAACAAUGGGUUUAGGCCCUUGACUUGAACCAAUGCUGUAAUGGCUUUUGCUAUCCCUCUAGCCCCUGAAUAGGUCGUAUUGCUUCAAUUUUCUAGCCAUUGUAUCUGAAAAUCCUGUGUUAUCCCAUAGAUUGUUUAUACGUUGUUACACUGAGAGAGAAAUAUACAGUGUGUAAUGUGUAUAAAUUUAGACUGAGAGCCUGUUUUUAAUGAGUCUGUUUUUUUUUCACUUUAGUAUUAAUUUAUUAGUCCCAUCCGGCUCUCUGGUUGCCAUCGUUGGCCAUGUAGGAUGUGGAAAAUCUUCUCUUGUGUCAGCACUUCUGGGUGAAAUGGAAAAAAUAGACGGGGACGUCUCCGUGAGGGUUGGUAUGAUGCCAUAAUACACUAUAUACAAAUACAGAUAAUUGUGAAUAUACAUUUGGGGCUACUUACAAUAACUCGGUCUUAUUUAAUGUGGCACAGUUAUUGGAAAAAAAAAAAAUUAUAAUAAAAAAACUGAUUUGUAUUUUUUAUUUUUCUUUGAACCAAGUAUUCAAAUUCCUUGAACCAAGUAUUAAAAUUAGCAGUAAAUAUCAGGGAACAUCUAACAGUUUUUCUAUGUGGAGGCAGCCGUCUUGGAAUUGUAAUAAUUUCAAACCCUUAGUAACAUUAACUGAUCAAAAAAUACAAGGCUUCGGAGAACAUAUGAUGCCAAUAGACAAUCUGAUUCUGAUUGCAGAGUAACUCACAGAUCUCCACUGUGUAGGAAACAGGAAUCUGUGUGCCAAACUUGCCAAAGAAAAAUAAAAAGCUAAAUAAAAAUCUUUUAUUGUGUUUAUAAAAAAUAAAUAAAUACCAGAUUAAAAACAUAAAGUAUAGGCAGUUUUUACAGUGUUUUAAGAUGAAGCAUAGACUUUGCCAUUUUAGUAUCAGGGUAUUGUUCACGGUUGUUAAAAGUUGCCUUAAGGUUGUCAAAAUAAAUGUCCAAAGAGGAACCUUCUCAGACUCGCAGCAAAUCUUUAUUUUCUAAUUUUUUUCCAUUUGUAAAAAUUUUUAUUUUGGAAGUGCAAUGAUUGAAGAACAUUGAGGUUGAGACAUGUCACCAUGAGACAAUUCAAAAUGAAUACGAUAUUUGAAUCUGCCUUUAAAUUAUUUUUUUACAAUUUUAUUCCAGGGAGGGCAAUCUCAUCGCUUACCAUUCACAUAGUUAACCCCAUUAAAUAAUUAUGUUAAUUCGACUAAAAGUGUACUUUUCCUGUAUUCUCGUGUGUUUAACUUGCAAAUGUUCUCCUACAUCUAAGGGCUCCGUUGGAUAUGUGUCUCAACAAGCAUGGAUACAGAAUUCAACAUUAAAGGAAAAUAUAUUAUUUGGGCGAACCAAUAACGAGAAGAACUAUAAAAAAGUAUUGGAAGCAUGUGCUUUGUUGACCGACCUUGAAGUCCUUCCUGGUGGCGAUCAAACCGAAAUUGGCGAAAAGGUAAUUUAUAUUUUUUCCACAUGGUUUUGUCAGAAUGCAAGCACAAAUAUAUAUUUAAAUUUUACUCUCAGCCAACUUAACUGCCUCGUAGGCAUCAACAUAUUGAAUAGUCAAUAUUUCAAUUUCCCCUCCCUUUAUUUUUAUAAAUCUGCUUGACUUCCCAUGAUCCUUCCUGUUCUAGAAAUAGAAUUUUGGCUAAUGUUGCCUGAUUGGGACUGAUUUGGGGUAAUAAUUAAUAUGAAGAGGCUUCCACUCUUUACCUAGCUGCUUAUGUUCUUACGGUCCAUGCUGUUCGUGAAACCUACGUUAACCUCAUACUUUAAAUUCGUAUAGAUUGACAGAGACCGAUGAGGGAUUUGUUCAGGAAAUUUGCAUGGGUUGUCCAAGGAAUAACUUUAUAUGUAUAUAUCUUGAGAUGGAAAAUUGUGACGUCAGAGGGAAAUUAUGUGUUUUGAGAAUGAUCAAAUGGGAGAGCAAAAUGUUGAGUUCUUCUGUUUUUUGUUGUUUUCAUUUGAUUCUCAACUGUGCAUUUUAGAGUCAGUGGCUUGCAUGUGAAUUUCAGCUGGAUUUUGAUCGUCUGAAAACCAAAACCGCUUAAUUAGAACACAGUGUUCGGGGGUCGAAGACUGGACACUGAUGAGCUUGGACACAUUCUAAAGUAGUUCCGUAGUUCGAGACACUAGAGGCAUAAUACUGAUAAACCAAUAUUAUUCUGUCUCUUCUUUAUCAUGUCUUGCUGUAGACAUAGAAGGGAAUGUCAAAAUCCCUUGCAGUUUUUACGACUGUUAACCAUACAGACACUCAUAUCAUAUGCUCUGUUCCAAGGCUCUCUCAUAACAUAUGAGACAGCCUGUACAUGUGGUGUCACAGUGUGUCAGUAUGUGCAAAUAAUAUUAAGAGGCCUUAAGACAGGGUCAGGGGACCUCCUUGUACCAUAACCUCUCCAAGGCUAUUGUGCUUAUGGAAGCUGGAGUGUACCUUUAAGACAUCAAACAGCCUGUACCUUUAUCUAUCUGGUAUUAAACGCACUUCACGUUGUUUUAUCUUCUGUUUUGCUUACAGGGUAUCAAUCUGUCCGGAGGUCAGAAGCAGAGAGUGAGUCUUGCCCGAGCUGUCUUUAGUAAUUCAGAUGUUUACCUUCUGGACGAUCCUCUUUCUGCGGUGGACGCACAUGUGGCGAAACACAUAUUUGACAACGUGAUUGGACCUGAUGGUUUACUUAGAGGAAAAGUGAGUCAUUAAUACAUUUUAUUACAACAUGUACUUAGUAAUGAGACUACAUUGAUUAAAACAUUCUUAUAGUUUAGUUUUUUUUCUAAUUAUAGUUUUUGUUAAGAUGAUAACUUAGUACAAACAGCAAGAAAGUACCAGAAUGCAAUUUCAACAGAGUUAGGAUCAUACAUAGGGAAAGCAAUCCUAGCAUCUAUAGCGUUCUCUCAUUUUAUACAUUAAACAAAUUGACAAUAGCAUUGGUAUGUAGAAAAUAUUUAUACUUAACUAUGACUAAUUAACAGCUGAACUUAAAGUAACUAAAACUUUGCUGGGAUAAAGCAUGUUGCUGUUAGGUUGAAUUCAAUUUUCUAUUAUCUAACUAAAAACAUUCAGAAUUUACUAGGGGAGGUAUGAGUCCCAUAGUCCCCAAAAGGUCACAUCACCGACCCCACCCUCUAUUACGAUCCACCACACUAUUCUCAUAGUUCCAGCUGCAUGGUGUCUUCUUCUGCUUCUGUCCUAACGAUGUCGUGUUAGGCUCAUUCAGCACAGGCUGUAGCGUCGCAGAGGAGGUGAAGGCUGGGUUAGUAUAAGCCACUGGUUGGAUUAGUGUGUCACAAAAUUGCGACCACAGUCGAUCAAAGGACUGUGUGAGCCACUCCUCGUGGGAGAUCAGUGACGUUGGGGCACAUAGUGAUGUAGGCCUAUGAGCGGCGGCAAUAUUAAUGAGUAGACCUCAGACACUCGGCCCCACAAGAUCAGAAACGUCUCUCAGCAGAGAUUAGGUCAGCAGGGACCGGGAUAUCCCUACCAGUCCAAAUGGCGGUGGAACAGGGCCCAAAGGCAGGCAAAAACAACUUGGGGCAGAGGAUUGGCCACUUCACCGCUGAGACAAUCGACCCUGGCAACGUUUAGCAUGGCUAAUCAAAGUGUAUCAAACUUCAGGCUUGUUAUUCCCCGAUAUGUAUAGCAGGAUUCCAGUGGAAAAUAAAUAAUUUUACUGGUUUAAAAUGUUCAAGUUCAAGCUUUCCAUGAGGACCACCAGCUACAUGCAUAUGCAUGGGUCGACAGUCAGGCCCAGAUCCCUCAGUUAAAACAUUCUUUCUUUGAUAUGUGUGAUAGUAUAAUUGACAUGUUUUAAGACAAAUUUGAUACUGCAAGCUGAAAUGUCACACACAUUUUUAUUAUAGAGCUCUUUCCAUAUUCCCACCAUUACCAAACGCCUUCUCUCCUGGAAGCUUGUAGCUUAUCUUUUGGUCUGAUUCACUCAAUGAUGGGUUUACAAUCAAGUUCCAGAAUUAAGAUCAAGCCUACAUUUUGCUACUUUUUUGAAUACCUACGUUUUGGUUUGGUCCUCAGUUUGGUUUGGUUUGGUCUGCAGUUUGUGGAUAAAAAAACAAACAAUAUUGUAAGGUCAGGACCUAUAAUAAAACCAGUCACUUUUGCAAUUCUAAGGUACGCAUCUACUGAUUAUAGCCUCGAUUUAAUAUUGUUGGAUAAACAUUUAUUUAUUUAUAUUUUUCAAAAUAUCAAAAACUAUAUCAUAUACAAAGAAAUAUAUAAAAAUAUUAAAAUACUUUUCAAAAUAUAACAUCAUUUUAAACGUUUAUCCAAAAAUAGAGAAAUCAUUUGAAACGCUUAUCGAGAAAUGUUAAAUCGGGGCUGAUUUUAGCGUGGUUAAUUGGCAAUAUCCAUGAUUCUGCUUUCAAGGACAUAAACCUGAAGUUGACCUAUAAAAUUGCAAGCCAGUUCCCCAGAGAAGAAAAACAGAUGCUCAAAUUAAUGCAAGAAAAUGUUACGUGCAAAUUGCAUUACAUCUCAAAUAUGUAUAGAUUUAUAUUUGCAAUAAACCACAAUUCACUGAAUAAUUCUGCCGGUAUUCAGCAUAGAACCCACUAUUACGGGGUUCUAAAAAGAAUAGAACAUGAAUAUGGUUGGUGUUUAAUAGAUGUAAAAUUUAGAUUACAAAAUGUGUGUGCAAAUCAUUAAUGAAAAUCAAAAAUCAUAUUACAUAAUAAUAAAAACACUUCCACGGGUGUUCCAUAUUUUGUUCACAUAGAGCCAGCCGUUGCUAUUCAGAAAAGUCUCCUAAACUAUCCCACUAGGAAGAAUUUAAGAGACUCAACAAGGGCUGCAUGUCGGGGGUGGGGGUAGGGAGAUAAUUCGCCCCGAAUGUCCCUUUUGCAGAUGUUUCCAUUAUUCUAAUUCUGUGCUAGAAUCCACAAAUUAAACCAGGUAAGAUAUUCCACUUAGGGUUUGACUAUACUUCUACGUUGUCCAAGUACCAGAGGUGUGAAUUUCCUAUAUACCCAAUACAUUAUAUUAGUUAUUACUAACUUAUCUCUCUUUUUUUAGACGAGACUGCUUGUUACUCAUGGAGUGAGCUUCCUCCCCCAAGUUGAUCAUAUUGUUGUUAUAGUGGACGGCAAAGUCUCAGAAACCGGAUCUUACCAAGACCUUUUGAAGCAAAACGGAGCAUUCGCAGAAUUCUUACGAAAUUACGCUUUUGAAGAUUCUGUGGAAGAAGACGACAUAACAAGUAAAUAAUUUUCCCUUAUUAGAAAUGUAGACACCUCGGUAAUAUAUAGUGAUUCCUGAUUGAAUGAAUUUCAUCGUGAUAUAAAAAAAUUUAUCCUCGUGUGUACCAAAUAUUAAAUGUUACCAUCAUUAAAAUCUGGUCCCUUAUUAAAGAUUUUCUUUCGUAUUUAGCCAUUACAAUACUAAAGUGCAUUUUUUCUUUUUACAUUAAAUUUUUUUUAAUUAGAAACAUAGAAUGUGACGGCAGAUAAGAACCAUUCGGCCCAUCUAGUCUGCAUAUUUUCUAAAUACUUUCAUUAGUCCCUGGUCUUAUCUUAUAGUUAGGAUAGCCUUAUGCCUAUCCCACGCAUGCUUAAACUCCUUUACUGUGUUCACCUCUACCACUUCAGCUGGAAGGCUAUUCCAUGCAUCCACUACCCUCUCAGUAAAGUAAUACUUCCUGAUAUUGUCUGUUCUUUUCCUUUAAUGUAUAUUAUGUUCUUUGUAUGUUCUUCAUACACCUUAUCACCUUGAGACGUGUUAUAUUAUAUUAUAUACUUGCUUGUGCAAAAAGUCUUUUAAAUAAAGAAUAUAAAAAAAGAUAACAUUUUCGAUGAUAUGACCGAAUAAAACUAAUGUAAAUUGCAAACGUCUAAUACCAUAAUAUUUAGUUAAAAGAUUUAUUCAUAUUUAAUAAGAGAUGUAUAGAUAUAAUUAUAUAUAUUUCUUGUCUUCCUGUAGUAGAUGAAGAACAAGUCUUGCUGGCAGAGGAGUCACUCAGUAACCACACUGAUUUACCAGAUAACGAGCCUGUCGCUAACGAAGCACGCAAGAAAUUCAUUAGGUGAGCAUUGACUGCUAACUGUUCCCUGCCUCGUUAGAGCUUUCGGUAUUCUUUAUUAACAGUUAAUGUUAAUGACGUAUAUGGUUUUAUUAAACAGCAAGCAGAAAUGUAUUUAAAAUCUACUCUCAGCCAUCUUACCUGCAUACUAGGCAUCAGCAUUAGUGAUGUCCCGAACGGUUCGCCGAACGGUUCGCCGAGGACGGCGAACAUAUGCGCUGUUCGGUCCGCCGCCUAUGUCAUCAUUGAGUAAACUUUGACCCUGUACCUCACAGUCAGCAGACACAUUCCAGCCAAUCAGCAGCAGACCCUCCCUCCCAGACCCUCCCACCUCCUGGACAGCUCACUAAGAAUGCAGCUUCAAAAUGGAUGCUGUCCAGGAGUUGGGAGGGUCUGGGAGGGAGGGUCUGCUGCUGAUUGGCUGGAAUGUGUCUGCUGACUGUGAGGUACAGGGUCAAAGUUUACUCAAUGAUGACGAAUAGGGGGUGGACCGAACAGCGCAUAUGUUCACCGUCCGCGGCGAACCGUUCGGCAAACCGUUCGGGACAUCACUAAUCAGCAUUUUGAAUAUUAAAGGGACAUGUAUCACUCUGCAGGCUGAAAAAGCAGGUAAAUAAGAUUUUGUUUUUUUCAUGUUUACCUGCUUCUUUUUUCUUUCCACACCUACUUCAGGGGAACCCUGAUCUAACCAAUCAGUGUCCUAUCCCUAGGAAUGCAGGAAAAGUGCAGUGAACAUGCCUGACAUAUUUACACAUGUGAGGAUGGAAAAUCUCUUAACCUUGUGCAUGAAUGACUAAAUAAUUGAUCGACAUAUAAAUAAAUAUAAAUGGAACAAUGUAAUUUUUAAAGUAGAAUACAGGAUAGAAGGAUUUUUCAUAGUAAACUCUAAAGCCAAAAGAGAAUAGUGUAACGUUAUAUUUCAUACCAAUAUGCCUUGCUAAACAUGGAGAAAACUACUGAUCCUAAACUGGGGAAAAACACUUUCUUUCAUUAUUAUACAAAGUACAAUGAGACCACUCUGAAUGUGAACUGUUUUAGAAUAAAUCUAAUUUUAUUCCCAGGCAAAUUAGUGUCCUAUCCUCAGAUGGGGAAUCUGGUCACAAGGCAUCAACAAGGAGGAAAAUCUGUGAAAGAAAAAUUUCAGACUCGGUUUCCGUCAUAAAACCUCCAGUAGACAAGCUAAUCCAGACAGAGACAGCGGAGACCGGAAGGGUAAGAUGCAUUUCUGAAUGGUUUAUUAUAGAUCUAAGAUCAUCUUGAUUAAAAAAAAUGAAUCAAAACAGGAUUGUUCACUAAAGUGAGAAAUCAAAGUGAGUUUCAAAUUUAAAGGAACACUAUAGGCUCAGGAACACAAACAUGCAUUCCCAGACCAAAUAGUGUUAAAACCCCUAUCUAGCCCCCCUGAUCCCCUCAAAAUAUAGUAAAAUCUUACUUUUGUUCCAGUCUGCUGCUGGCUCUGCCCCUGAGCUGCCUCUUUGGCUGACAUCAUCAGAAGUGGUGAACUCAGCCAAUUACAAUGCUUUCACGUAGGAAAGCAUUUGAUUGGCUGUGCUUGUCAAGAAGGCAGAUCAGGGACAGAGACAGCACGAGCCGAACACAGCCCUGGGCAAUCAGCAUCUCCUAAUAUAAAUGCAUUGAAUCAAUACAUCUCUAUGAGGAAAGUUCAGUGUCUGCAUGCAGAGGGUGGAGACACUGAAUGGCAGUCACACUGUGCAGCACUGCCCCAGGAAGCACCUCUAGCAGCCAUCUGAGGAGUGACCAGUCGAGGUUUCCCUAGGCUGUAAUGUAAACACUGCUAUUUCUCUGAAAAAACAGUGUUUACAGCAUAAAGCCUGAAGGUAAUGAUUCUACUCACCAAAACAGAUACAAUAAUCUGUAGUUGUUCCGGUGACUAUAGAGUCCCUUUAAGAACAAAAUAGCCAAACUGUAAAACUUCUGCUAUGCUUGCAGCUCGUUUAUUUUCCUGUUACUCUGUUGCCUCAGUGUUUGACUCAUUGUUGACAUUCCUUUAAGUGUGAUUUGUUAUGUACUUUCCAAUCUGUAUUUUGUGCCUUCUUUAAAUCUUCCCAGUGUGGCCAGCUGGUUGCCCUGGAGAAAGAUCUGGCAAUAUGUUUUUUUUAUUAAAUUAGUUAUUAUGUAAUGCCUGUGUAUAGUUUAUUUAAUUUUUAAUUCCCUCCCCCUCCAGUACUCUGGUUUCUGUAAUUCUAAAGUAUAUUUACUUAAUACGCAUUCCUUCUCCAGUCUAUAUCUUUUAAUAGGAACAAUAUUUUUUUUUUUAUAUAAGGGAGAAUAAACAGUCUCUCCCACAGUCAAAACCACUCAAAAUUGAGAGUAUCCUGAUGAUGAUACCAUUAGUAAAGAUGGAUGAGAAAAUGAAAUUGUGAAUAAGUAAAGCAAGCUGAUGAAAAAUUAACUGUUUCUAUUUUACCACAGUCCAAAAAAUCCCAUUGAAGAGGGUUAGAAGGUGUUCAUUGGAGGUAGUAACACAGACGUUCCCUAUACCGUGUAUGGUUCAGCAAUUUUCCCAUAAUGCAUUGAGUAAGCAGGUGCAUAAGCCAUCUUCUUCCCACUAUGCCUAUUGGAACACAGGGGCUCAUGGGACAGUUCUAAUUUGCAUUGCAUGCCAGGGUGCAUGCCAGGAUGAGAUAAAACAGCCUUGCUUUGAAUACAAGUGCAAUUAUUUUUCUUUUUAAAGUAUAGCUGAGCGCUUACUCAUAGGUAGCUUUUAGGAUUUCUUCAUUCCCAGGGGAAAGUUCAUUUUCAAAGCUAAAUUGGAGUCAGCUGGGUUUAUUUACUAAAACUAAAAUGUAGUACAUUGAAAAAGAAGAAAUAUUUUUUCGAAAUGUAGGUAAAAAUAUAAUUUUUAAGUUUUGCUAUUUGUUUUUCAGUUCAAAAAAGUUUGGUAUUUAAUGAGUAAAACCCACAAAAAGCGACAUUCAUGUGCUAAGAGGAAAUGUAGAACAAAUGUGUCAUAUUAUUUUUGUCCGCCUCAUUUGAGAACAGCAACGUUUUAUAAUGUGUUUGUAUAUUUCAAUUAAAAAAGAACCAAUACAUUUCUUUGCCUUUUUAGGUAAAAAUGACCGUGUUUUGGCAAUAUAUUAAGGCAGUUGGUCUAGCGGUUUCAUUUUUCAUAUGUUUCUUAUACUGUUGCCAAAAUGCAUCUGCUAUUGGUGCCAACGUGUGGCUCAGCGACUGGACCAACGAACCAGUUAUCAAUGGAACGCAACAAAACACACAAUGGCGAAUUGGAGUAUAUGCUGCCUUGGGAUUACUGCAAGGUAAGGAGGGAGAAUAUUAGCAAUAUAGGUCAGUGUUAUCAUCUGGUACGUUAGACACAAAUAAACAUCCUCUCCCUAAUGCUUUUUGGGUUGGGUGAUGGUUGGCUGAUGAGAAGCAGAUUCUUCCACUUUCAGGAGAGGUGUAAACUGGUCUUUGAAUGAUGGGCAGUAGAAUAAAAUACAGGAGGGAUUAAAGUCUGAGGGAGCAUAUCUUUUCCAAAAUCUCCUGGUGUUAAACUGACAUUUUGAACACCAAAACAACUUUAGCUUAGUGAAGCAGUGUUAGUGUAUAGAUCAUGCCCUUUUUUCUAUUCUCUGCAAUUUAGGAAUUAAAUCACUUUUGUUUCUGUUUAUGCAGCCCUAGCCAUACGUCCCCUAGCUAUGACUCACGUGGCCUCCAUGAAAAAAAUGGCUUUGUUUUCAAACCGAUCUUUUCAAACACAGUGUGUUUACUUUGGAAGUCAUUAUCUCCUGCUAUGUUAAUUGAACUUUAAUCACAUACAGGAGGUUGUUGCAGGCUCUAGGAGAAUAUUAACCGAGCAGGAAAUAAGAAAUUCUAACUUAAACACACUGUGCUAAAGGAAAGCUAAAUAAAACUGACUCUUUUUCAAGUUUGGUGUAGGGAGGCUGGGUGAGCCACAGCCAAGGGAGGUGGAGCGAGGGCUGCUUAAAUAAAGUGAUUUAACUUCUUAAUAUCAAAAAAUUAAGCAGUGAGACUGCAGGGGCACGAUCUAUACAUCAGAUCCACGUCAUUAAGCUUAAGUUGUUUGGUACUUAGAAUGUUCCUGAUGAUAUUGUUAGAUAUCUGCAGAACUGCUUAAUGGCAUUAUUCUGCAUUGAAGAAUUCUGCAGAUACCUGCUGAUAGCACCAUAUUUGUAGGUUAGGGCUAGUAUUACUGUUACUGUAGUGUAGGGAUUAAUGUUCAGUGAUUGUCUAGUGUGUUAAGGUAGCGUAGCGGUUACGUUUAGUAAGAAUGUUGUGUGUUAGUGUAGUAUAAGAGUUAAUGUUACAGUGAUAAUGAAUUAGGGCAGUUUAGGGGUUAAUGUUUAAGUGAUAAUGUAGCGUGUUAGAGAAGUGUAGGGGUUAAUAUUUAAUUGACAGUGUGCUGAGUUAGGGCAAUUUAGGGGUUAAUGCUUUAGUGUUAGUGUAGUUUUUUAGGGUAGUCUAGGAUUAAAGGACCACUAUACUCGUUUUCCUGGCAACAUACUCGUUUUCCUGGCACUAUAGUGCCCUGAGGGUGCCCCCACCCUCAGGGUCCCACUCCCGCCCGGCUCUGGGGAGAGAAAAGGGGUAAAACUUACCUUUUCUCCAGCGCCGGGCGGGGAGCUCUCCGCCUCCGAUCCUCCUCCUCUCCUCCCAUUCGGAUGAAUGCGCACGCGCGGCAAGAGCUGCGCGCACAUUCAGCCGGUCUCAUAGGAAAGCAUUCAUAAUGCUUUCCUAUGGACACUUGCGUGUUCUCACUGUGAUUUUCACAGUGAGAAUCACGCAAGCGCCUCUAGCUGCUGUCAAUGAGACAGCCACUAGAGGAUUUAGAGGAUGGAUUAACCCAUUUAUAAACAUAGCAGUUUCUCUGAAACUUUAUAAAAAUAUGUUUAUUAAAAAAAUGGGUUAAUCCUAGAGGGACCUGGCACCCAGACCACUUCAUUAAGCUGAAGUGUUCUUGGUGUCUAGAGUGGUCCUUUAAUGUUUAAGUAAUUGUGUAGUGUAUUAAGUUAAUAUAACGGUAACAUUUUGUGAUAAUAUAGUGUGUAUAUAUAUAUAUAUAUAUAUAUAUAUAUAUAUAUAUGUAUACCUGCGCUGGCUGAGAUUAGUGGGAGUUACAGUCCAAGGUGCCAGCUAUUUCAGCUGUUGUCAUUAGAAUGAUUACUGGUGGUCUUUCGAAGUGUAUCUCCCACUAAUUUUGGGCAGACCAGAACAUGCAUGUUCCAUUUCUGCCUGAGAUUAGGCCCCCUACAUUGCACAGAGGUGAUCUGUACAUUAUAGUCCGUUCAUUACAGGAGAUAAUUGCACAGAUGAUGUCACCAUCUGUGUUGUACAGGAUCCAAAAUUGUGAUCUGCUUUAUUGGAAAUAACAGGAACGUUAUGUCAUGUAUAUAUCGUUUCUAAUCAUGUUUGUAUGAUUUUCAAGUAGAUGCAAGCAUAGAUGUUUAAAUUAAUGUCACUCUGAAAUACGAACUGUUCACCUCCCAAGCUUGACCACUCUGCCUGGUUUUCCUUGCAACAGGGUUUUUCGUAAUGGUUUCUUCUUUUACACUUGCUAUGGCCGGGAUUGGAGCCGCCAGAAAGCUUCACGCCGGGCUACUGGAUAAUAAAAUGCACACGCCACAAGCUUUCUAUGACACUACGCCAAUCGGUCGAAUCAUCAACAGAUUCUCCAAAGAUAUCUAUGUCAUUGACGAAGUGAUCCCACCGACCAUCUUAAUGUUCCUGGCCACUUUCUUUACAUCUCUGUCAACCACGAUUGUCAUUAUCUCCAGCACGCCACUGUUUGCUGUGGUCAUAAUACCACUUGCAUUUGUAUAUUUCUUUGUGCAAGUACGUUUGUUUAACUUUGGGUUUUUAAUGGUAAUGAAGAUGUUAGAAGUCAUAGUUAUGCUGGGUGUUUUUUGGGGGGGUGGGGGAGAGGGGUGAUGUAUUGUAGUUUAGCUUUACUACAAUUGAACUUCAAUUCCCAGAAACCUGUGCUGUACCCCAAAAAGCACAGGAAGGGGGCAGCUCAGCAAAGAUAUGUAAAGAUAAAUGAUCGUGAUUUUCAUUAAGAUAUUUUGUCAUUUUAUCACAUUGAUAACUCUUCUUGUUUGUCUUCAUUAUAUCAGAGAUUUUACGUUGCUACCUCUCGACAACUGAAACGUCUCGAGUCGGUCAGCAGGUCCCCCAUCUAUUCCCAUUUUUCUGAAACCAUCACUGGUACAAGCAUUAUCCGAGCGUACGGAAGGCAAAACAGCUUUGUGCUAUUAAGCGAUAGCAAGGUGGAUGAAAACCAAAAAAGUUACUACCCUGGAAUUGUAUCAAACAGGUAUGGCAACGAGCAUUUCUGUGGCUAUAGAAAGGAUGCAUUUUAAAAUGUUAACCCCCCUUAAAAGGGGAGGGUAAAAAGUCUUAUAUUCCGCUGAUUAGGUUUGAUUUUUACUUUCUGGUUUAUACCUCACUUCCAUCUCAAGAGAAAACCAUUCACCUAUUGACACAGUUUGUGAUACAUUGUCAAGCAUUUUACUAGCACACCCCACCAGCUAUACACACAAAAACACAUUUACAUACCAGUAAUUGUAGAAUGCACAUAUGUCCCAACGUAGGAGAUACAGUACAUAUUUUGGGUCCAAUUUCUUCUGUCCCUCUUUUUUAUCCUAAUUUACCUCUUUUCUAGGAGCUCCAUACCGCUGGUGUAUCUGAGUAUAUAACAGAGCUCUCAGCAAUGUUUUUAGAAAUAUUUCUGAGUAAAUAAGAUAUUUUUCUUGAUCUUAAUUACAUUUUAGUUGAAUAACAGCCCCGCCGCUGCAUGGUCAAGAAGGCUUUAAGCCGUGCAGGAGAUAAGAAAUUUUAAAUUGAAAGGAAUGUGCAAUACAGGAAGUUUAAACAUUAGAUCUCUCUUUACAGGAAGUGUCUAGGAAGGCUGUGCAAAUCACAUGCAGGGAGGUGUGACAAGAGCUGCAUAAACAAAGUGAUUUAACUCCUAAAUGAUAGAGAAUUAAGCAGUGGGUCCACAGGUGCAUGAUCUAUACACCAAAACUGCUUUAUUAAGUAGUUUUAGUGCCAUUAGUGUCCCCUUAAAUGUUACAUUGAAGGAGUGUUUAACCCCUUAAGGACACAUGACAUGUCUGACAUGUCAUGAUUCCCUUUUAUUCCAGAAGUUUGGUCCUUAAGGGGUUAAAGGUGAAUUAUUACUUCCCACGAUAUUUAUAAUCAUCCCCUAUAUUCAACAAAUAUGUGAUUGUGAAGUCUGAAAAAUAAAAGUAUAUGUACAAAUCCAAUCGGAUAUUUGCCCUUCUAGAACUGAUCGCCUUAAUCUUGGCUCCUUGUCAAUCACUGUUAUAAGCUCUGCCCCUUUCUGCAAAUGAAAAUACAAUGUGGAGGUGGAGAAUUAGACAAACUGUUGUACGUUAUUUUCAAUAUUUUAUUUCAUAGUGUUAUUGCUAAAGAAGCAAUGGUUCCCCUUUAACCCAUAAGGACCAAACUUCUGGAAUAAAAGGGAAUCAUGACAUGUCACACGUCAUGUGUCCUUAAGGGGUUAAUGGCACGAGUCCGGCAGUCCAGUUUUUUCAUGUGCUACUUUUCCGCAUAUCUAGAAGUAGGCAUUCAAUGACCCCGGUGAUAAUACGUGCAAUUUUACCCUACAGGAGAAAAAAGGUAAUGUUUGACACCAAAACUCUUUUGAAAUUAUCCUCUCCAAUUAUUCUCAGUGAACUUCACAGCAGCUUCCUGGCAGCAGGUGGACGAGAGAAUUGCUUUCUUUCACUCACAAAGAAAGGCCCGUAGAAUUUCCAGUACCUUAAGUUCUGUGGGAGAACAGACAUUUUCUGAUAUAUUGAUUUAAAAGCUACAAAAAGAUAAUUUCUGUUGGAGAAAUUUGUAAUUAGCUAUAAUCUUACUUUAAACUACAAAUAUAGAGAAUCGUGUCAAACUAGUAAUUACAUUGAUGAGGUAGCUCAGUUGGUUAGUACACCAACUGUUGAACCUGUUCAAACCUCAUGGUCACAGGGUAUUUUUCAGGGAUAACUCAGUUAUUUAUCCUUUCAAAGUCAGUAAAGCGAAUACCGUUGAGUUACAUAACAGUAACAUCUUAGUACUUUGACGUCUGUUGAAAAAAACAACCCACCUUUAAUAAUAAUUGAUCACUGCAGUUUUAUUUAAAAUAUGUAGCAAAGGCACAUUAUAUAUAAGGUGUGUGGCAACUUUUAACUCCCCUUUUUCCAUCUUCCAAAAGCCUCAAGAUAUCAGCUUAACACAAAACAUGCGUGUGUAUAUAUAUAUGUACUGUGAAAUUAUUCAGACUCAAAUUUUUCUUAAAUUGCACCUUUAUACUACAAUAGUUUAAAAAUAAAUUGUGUGUCACAUCAAUCGAUAUUCAAUACCCAUAUUGACAAAGCAACAACCAGAUUUUCUUAUACAAUUCCAAAUAUAUUAAACAGAAAAAGAUCUGAAACAGCACGUUGAUAUAACCCUUAAGGCAGUACUUGGAUGAAGCACCUUUGGCAGCGAUUACAGUCUCUUUGGGUAUUAUGUGACACCCAAAACUUGGUUUUGGGUAGUUUCUGCCAUUCAUCUCUACAGAUCCUCUCUAUCAUGUUGGAUGGGGACCGUGGAUGGACAGCCAUUUUCAGGACUCUCCAAGAAUGUUCGAUUAAGUUGAGGAUAUUUACAGAGUUGUCCCUAAGCCACUCAUGCGUUGUCAUGGCUGUGAGCUUACGGUCAUUGUACUGUUGGAAUGGGAACCUUCGGCCCAGUCUGAGGUCCUGAGCGCACUAGACCAGGUUUUCAUUAAACAAAAUACAAAACUGUAUUUUUAACGCUGUACUACCCUGUCUACCCCUCCCACCCCCCCUUACCCUCUCCAUUGGCAAAUAAAGGGUUAAAAAAAAUGUAUACACUUACCUAAUUCCAGCACUGAUGUCCCUCAGCUCUGGACGAUUCUUCUCCUCCACCAAAGUCAGCCAAUGGGGUAGGCUAAUGCGCAUGUACGGCAUAUGCCGCGUAUGCAUUAGGCAUUUUUCCAUAGGAAAGCAUUAUCUCAAUGUUUUUGUAUGGGGAUUUGUAAUACGCUGGACAUCCUCUUGCAAAGCGUCGUUUCACGGAGUCAAACUCUGUGAAACUCCAGGAAGCACCUCUAGUGGCUGUCUGUUGGACAGCCACUACAGGCAUUCUUAACGCUUACAGUUUCUCAAAAAUGUCAAUGUUUUACAUUGCAGAGUUAAGAGAACAGGGCUACUGCACCCAGACCACAGGCACUUUGAACUGAGGCCGAAUAGUUCAAUCUUCAUUUCAUCAGACCAGAGAAUCUUGUUUCUCACAGUCUGAGAGUCCUUUAUAUUGUAAAUUCCAAGAGGGAUUUCUUGUGUUUUGCAGUGAGGAAAGGUUUCCAUCUCCCAGAAAAAAAAAUCAAUUGGUUAAGCAUUGCAUUGCUUGUUGACCUUCCACAAGUUUUUUCCAUCUACAUACAUGAUUUCUGGAGCUUAACCAGGGUGGCCAUUGGGUUUUUGGUCACUUCUUGUACAAGGUCCUUCUCCGCCAAUUGCUCAGUUUGGCUCUAGGAGUCCUGGUUGUUCCAUCCUUCUUCCAUUUAAGAAUUCUGGCGGCCACAUUGCUCUUGGGAACCUUCAAUGACGCCAGUCUCUGAGCUCUGUGAGGAGUUCCUUUGACCUCGUGGAUUGGUUUUUGCUCUGAUAUGUAUUUACAGGUGUGAUACUUUAUAAAGACAGGCUUGUGCAUUUUCCAGUUAAGCCCAAUCAAUUGAAAUUGCCACAGUUGGGCUCCUAGUGUAGAAACAUCUCAAAAUUGAUCCAGAGAAACGAGCUGCAUCUGAGCUAAAUUUCAAAUGUCAUAGCAAAAGGUCUGAAUGCCUAUCCAAUUUUUCAUUUUUUAUUUUUUUCAAUUUGCACAUUUAUUAAAGUCAUGUUUUUGUUUAUCGUAUUAAGUGCAGAUUCAUGUGAAAAAAAAAAAGAAUAAAAUAAAUUGUAGCGAAAGACAACUUAAAAAAAUUUGAGAAAUAUAUUGAUCUAUCUUGAACUUUGAACUGGCUUUGUGGGAUUGCACCCCUGACUUCAUUAAAGCUAUUAUACUCCAGUUCCCCCUCCCCCCCCUCCUUCUCUUGCUGACUUUAUACUCUUUUCUGUUUCUCGCUGUUUAGAUUUUCUCUUAUCUCUCGCUCUCUGGAUUAAAGAAAUAUUUCAUCUUCUUUAUUUCUACAACUGUCCCUUUAUCUGAUCGGCAAUUAUAUUCUUUCUGGGAAUUUCAUUGUUAGAAGUUCUUUAAAAGGUAAAUAAUUGUUUCUUCUGGUUUUGGUGCAAUCCUGUUUUUUGUUUUGUUUUGUUAAUAAGCCAUAAUCUUCAAUACCAUUUUAUUUUCAUAUUCCUAAGCAUUUUGGGAAACGUAGUGCCACGUUUAGUCAUCAUUAUCCCAUAAUAUACCUGCGUGCCUGAUUCUGCUGUUAAUGUUAAACUACAGGAAAAACACCAUGUACACGCCAUGAAUGAGCAUUUUAUAAUCUGAUCUACAGGGAGUGCAGAAUUAUUAGGCAAGUUGUAUUUUUGAGGAUUAAUUUUAUUAUUGAACAACAACCAUGUUCUCAAUGAACCCAAAAAACUCAUUAAUAUCAAAGCUGAAUAUUUUUGGAAGUAGUUUUUAGUUUGUUUUUAGUUUUAGCUAUGUUAGGGGGAUAUCUGUGUGUGCAGGUGACUAUUACUGUGCAUAAUUAUUAGGCAACUUAACAAAAAACAAAUAUAUACCCAUUUCAAUUAUUUAUUAUUACCAGUGAAACCAAUAUAACAUCUCAACAUUCACAAAUAUACAUUUCUGACAUUCAAAAACAAAACAAAAACAAAUCAGUGACCAAUAUAGCCACCUUUCUUUGCAAGGACACUCAAAAGCCUGCCAUCCAUGGAUUCUGUCAGUGUUUUGAUCUGUUCACCAUCAACAUUGCGUGCAGCAGCAACCACAGCCUCCCAGACACUGUUCAGAGAGGUGUACUGUUUUCCCUCCUUGUAAAUCUCACAUUUGAUGAUGGACCACAGGUUCUCAAUGGGGUUCAGAUCAGGUGAACAAGGAGGCCAUGUCAUUAGAUUUUCUUCUUUUAUACCCUUUCUUGCCAGCCACGCUGUGGAGUACUUGGACGCGUGUGAUGGAGCAUUGUCCUGCAUGAAAAUCAUGUUUUUCUUGAAGGAUGCAGACUUCUUCCUGUACCACUGCUUGAAGAAGGUGUCUUCCAGGAACUGGCAGUAGGACUGGGAGUUGAGCUUGACUCCAUCCUCAACCCGAAAAGGCCCCACAAGCUCAUCUUUGAUGAUACCAGCCCAAACCAGUACUCCACCUCCACCUUGCUGGCGUCUGAGUCGGACUGGAGCUCUCUGCCCUUUACCAAUCCAGCCACGGGCCCAUCCAUCUGGCCCAUCAAGACUCACUCUCAUUUCAUCAGUCCAUAAAACCUUAGAAAAAUCAGUCUUGAGAUAUUUCUUGGCCCAGUCUUGACGUUUCAGCUUGUGUGUCUUGUUCAGUGGUGGUCGUCUUUCAGCCUUUCUUACCUUGGCCAUGUCUCUGAGUAUUGCACACCUUGUGCUUUUGGGCACUCCAGUGAUGUUGCAGCUCUGAAAUAUGGCCAAACUGGUGGCAAGUGGCAUCGUGGCAGCUGCACGCUUGACUUUUCUCAGUUCAUGGGCAGUUAUUUUGCGCCUUGGUUUUUCCACACGCUUCUUGCGACCCUGUUGACUAUUUUGAAUGAAACGCUUGAUUGUUCGAUGAUCACGCUUCAGAAGCUUUGCAAUUUUAAGAGUGCUGCAUCCCUCUGCAAGAUAUCUCACUAUUUUUGACUUUUCUGAGCCUGUCAAGUCCUUCUUUUGACCCAUUUUGCCAAAGGAAAGGAAGUUGCCUAAUAAUUAUGCACACCUGAUAUAGGGUGUUGAUGUCAUUAGACCACACCCCUUCUCAUUACAGAGAUGCACAUCACCUAAUAUGCUUAAUUGGUAGUAGGCUUUCGAGCCUAUACAGCUUGGAGUAAGACAACAUGCAUAAAGAGGAUGAUGUGGUCAAAAUACUCAUUUGCCUAAUAAUUCUGCACUCCCUGUAUGUGCAAAAGUUUCCAUUUCCUAACAAUACUUAAUGUAUAUAAACUGAACAUGUUACGUUCCCAGCUGAGGGAAUUAUUUCGUUUUACUGUCAAUUUCUCUCCUUGUUUACAAUGCAGAAGCAUACUAUACAAAGCUAUACAACCGUCCUCAACCUGUGAAAAAAAAGCAACGUGACUUCAUUUAGCUUAGGUUCCUCUGGAGUUUACAAACUUUUGCACAUUUCUAACACGCAGAAUCUGUCUGUGAUUCCAUGCACCAAAGGAACUAUAAUUAGAUUGCAAUUUUCUAACAUGCUGAGGUCACAGUUUUGCUUAAAUUUGUCUUAAAGGGAUUCUAUAGUGUAAGGAAUACAAAGCUGUUUAGAAACCACCACCCCAGCGCUGCAAGGGUUAAAAAUAACCCUUGUAGCACUUACACGAUUCUAGCGCUGAUGCUGGGUCGGUGCUCCGCCUCCUCCGACAUCACCCGACGGAAGGGGGCUAAUGACCAUGCGCAGCUAACACAUUAGGCCUUCCCCAUUGGAAAGUAUUGCUUUAAUGCUUUCCUGUGGGAAUUUAACUGACACUGGAUGUCCUCAUGCAGAGCGUAAGGACGUCCAGUGUCAGUUAGGCGACCGAAAGUCGCCUUGCAAGCAGGAAGGGGUCUCUAGUGGCUGAAAUCCACUAGAGGCAGUCUUAACCUUGCAAUGAAAUGAUCGUAGUUUCUCAAAAACUGCAAUGAUUUACAUUACAGGAGUAAGUGAGACAGGGACAUUGCACCCAGACUACUUCAAUGAACUGAAGGGGUCUAAGUGUCUAUAGUGUCUCUUUAAAAAAAUACUUUAAGAACCAUAACCACAUCUGCUGCCUAUAUAGAUAAAAGGUGAACGUGUUCCUUUGUUUCAUUUAUUGUAUAAAAGUUUCACUUGGAAACAUUAGAUGUGAUUUGUGCACCAGGAGUAAAUUCAUUUAAUUAUUCUCCCCCCCUACAGAUGGCUGGGAAUCCGCGUGGAGUUUGUUGGGAACUGUGUAGUCCUGUUCGCUGCCUUGUUUGCUGUGAUUGGCCGAGAAACUCUUAGUCCUGGGCUGGUGGGACUCUCCGUGUCCUACGCAUUACAGGUAUUUUUAAUCACCACAAUAAUUUUAACUUUUCUUCCAAGCUGAUGUAAACGAAUUCUUCAUUGUGAUCAUUUGUGAGCCAAUACUUAGAAUCAAUCAUCUCUCAUGAAUAGAUUUUUAGGUCCCUUCUAGAGAGGUCAAUGGCAAGGUAUUACUCCAAUCUCCCCAUUUCUUCGAGCAUGUCGAAAGUUACUUCACCAAUGAUAGCAAAACAGGGAACUAAACUGUUUUUUUUUUAACAAAUCAGAGAAUGUAGUGUUACAAUAAUGAACAUAAAUAUUAAUAAUAAGAAUAUCUUGUUGAUACAAAGUGUAUUUUUUUCCUUUAUUGCUGGAUAUCACUUCUAUAUGCGAAAUGUAUUUGUUCUUUCUUUUGGUUUAAUUAGGGAUAUAUAAAAGAUGUAACAUUGAGAAAUAUUUGUUUAAUGCGUAGAUUAUUAACUCACUGGAUAUCCAGUUAUACAGAGGUUGGCCGCAACAUUAGAACCACUGACUGAUUAAGUAAAUAAAAUUGAUUAUAUCGUUAUAAUGGCACCUGUGAAGGAGCGAGUCUUAUUAGAUGGCAAGUGAACAAUCACUUCUUGAAUUUUUGCAAUUGAACUUCACAUGUUGGAAGCAGGAAAAAUGGGCAUGUGAAAAGAACAGAGUGACUUUGACCAAGGGCCAAAUAGAGAUGGCUAAACGACUGGCUCUGAGCAUCUCCAGAACGGCAAGUCUUGUGGCGUGUUCCAGGUAUGCUGAGGAAAACUGCCAUCAGGGUUAUGGGUGUCCAAGGUUUAGCUGAUGCGAUGGUUAGCCUGUUUGGUCUGAUCACACAGAAGAGCUACUGUAGCUCAAAUUACCUUAAUGCUGCCUACUGUAGCUUUAAGAAAGAUAGAACGGUGUCAGAACACACAAUGCAUCACAGUUUGCUGAGUAUCUGGCUGUGUAGAUGCAGACAAGUCAGCGUGACCAUGAUGACCACUGACCAUCGCCAAAACUUCCUUCAAUGGGGCCGUGAGCAUCAGAAUAAGACCAUGGAGUAAUGGAAGAAGGUUGCCUUGUCUGAUGAAUCACGUUUUCUUUUAGAUAAGGUGGAUGGCCUUAUGCGUUGUUUACCUAGCAAGAGAUGAAAGCAGGAUUCACUAUCAGAAGAAGACAGCGCGGCAGAGGCAGUGUUAUGCUCUGUGAAACCAUGGGUCCGGGCAUUCAUGUGGAUGUUACUUUGACACGUGCCACCUACCUGGAGAUUGUUGCAGAUGACAUACAUCCUUUCAUGGCAAUGGUGUUCCCUGAUGUCAGUAGCCUCUUUUAGAAGGAUAAUGCAUCCUGCCACACUGCAAAGUAUCUUCAGGAAUUGUUUGAGGAACACAACAAAGAUGUUUGCCAUGCCUCCAAAUUCCCAAGAUCUCAAGCCGAUUGAGCAUCUGUGGGAUGUGCUGGAACUACAAAUCUGAUCCAAGGAGGUCCCACCCUGCAACUUGCAGGACUUAGAUGAUCUUCUGCUAAUGUCUUGGUGCCAGAUACCACAGCAUAUGUUCAGAGGUCUUGUGAAGUCCAUGCCAUGAAGCAUCAGAGUUGUUUUGACAGCACACGGUGGACCUACAUGAUAUUACGCAGUUGGUUUUAAUGUUGUGCCUGAUACGUUUUUAAAUGCUAGUUUUGGGUGUUCUUUACAUAUAAAUCAAAAUAUGUUGAUGUUUGGUAAAUAAAAAUAACCAAUUUAUUUCCAGGUAACAAUGUCCUUAAACUGGAUGGUGCGAAUGACCUCUGAUCUGGAGACAAAUAUUGUGGCUGUUGAAAGAGUGAAGGAAUAUUCAGAAACCGAGACAGAGGUUCGUUUUCAAACAUCUGCAUGAUCCACCUUAAAGGAGCACUUAACCUAUUUUUAAAUAAAUUGAAUUAAUUGAUAAAAACAUAAAUUAAAUUCACGAUUAUGAUUUUCAAUGUAUUAUAUGGGAAUGUUGCGCCUAGUCUUGUUUAGAAAGCUUUCAGCCCAUUAACAUAGAAGGAUGUGUCCACAUAUAUUCAGUGCUGAGCUCAGUUUGCACUACUAAUCAUUAUCAUUAUCUGCCAAAUUAUCAUCUGUACCUGUGAGGUCAGACGAAACAAUAUGAUUAGUACCCAGACAGAAAGGGUUACAUAGUUCCAUAGUUUCAUAGCUGAAAAGAGACUUGUGUCCAUCAAGUUCAGCCUUCCUCACAUUUGUUUUUUGCUGUUGAUCCAAAAGGAAGGCAAAAAAACCCAGUCUGAAGCGCUUCCAAUUUUGCAAAAAACUAGGAAAAAAUUCCUUCUUGACCCCAAAAUAGCAGUCAGAUAAUCUCCUUGGAUCAAGCAGCUAUUACCCCACUAAUUAGAAAUUAUAUCCCUGUACGUUAUGUUUUUGGAAGUAUUUAUUCAAUUGCAGCUUAAACAUCUGUAUGGACUCUGAUAAAACCACCUCUUCAGGCAGAGAAUUCCAUAUCCUUGUUGUUCUUACUGUUAAAAAACCUUUUCUUUGCCUCAGAUGAAAUGUCUUUUCUUCCAGCAUAAAUGCAUGACUUCGUGUCCUAUGUAUAGCCCUGUUUAUGAAUAUAUUUCCAGAUAAAGGUUUGCACUGGCCCCGAAUAUAUUUGUAUAAUGUUAUCAUAUCUCCUCUCAGGCGCCGUUUUUCCAUACUAAACAGAUUUUAAUUUUUUAUCCUUUCUUCGUAACUAAAAUGCUCCAUUCCUUUUAUCAACUUUGUUCAUCCAAAGGAAUACAUAUUUUAGCAGUUCAGACUGUUUAAGAGUUAUGUAUUAUAAGAAAUUAUCAUGUCAACAUAUAAAUGCAAAAUUAUUAUGUGUGUUAACAGAGAAACAAAAUGUAUUACAGAGAUAAAAAUAAUAUUUACAUUCAAUAAAUACUGAGCAACUGCACUGACAAAUAAUAACCUUGGGAAUUAUACCAUUCCAAACACAACUACGUGACACUAGUCAGGGCCACUAACAAACAUUUAAAUAGACACACACAAAAUUAUCCACUCACAUAGAGGUGUUUAGCCAUACGAACAAACAUACAGAAUAAGCCAGUGACGCACAUUACUUGACAUACACGCAACAAAAUUAGCAACAUGCUGAGGAAAAUAGCAUGCAUACAUAGGCACAUGUUAACACGCAUACACAGACACUAACAUGCAGUCACAGACACACUGUGACACUCAUAUCCAGACUCAGGUUAAUACACAAAUGAACACACAUCCAUAGAUGCAAAUCAAGACAUAAAAAAUUGUAAUAUCACACCCUCUCCUGCCUGAGGGAAAGUGGAGUGGAGAGGCUCCAUUAUCAUGGUUUCCAAAGUUGGAUUAUCACUAAAAAUGUUUACUGGCCAGGACAGACUUCGCCCCAGCCACUCCUUGUGAUAGUACAGACUAUGGGUGACGGGAUAUGAGGUGACAUCUUUGCACCUCUUUCCUGUCUGUAAGUGACCGUCUGCUGUACUGAUCUGCAGUUUAGGGGAUCUUGUGGGUGUGCAAGCCUAAAUCUGGGGUAGGUAACCUUCAGCACUCCAGAUGGUGUGGACAGGGCCGGUGCAAGGAUUUUUGCCGCCCUAGGCAAAAGUAAAGUUUGCCGCCCCCCCAUAUGACAUCACAAUGCCCCAUGUUAACUAACGCAAGUGCUGCAGUGCCGCCGUGUUUACAUUAAAAGGCCUGCAAGGACAGGCUAUAGACACCAGAACCACUACAUUAAGCUGCAGUGGUUCUGGGAACUAUAGUGUUUCUUUAAUGUGAGGUAAAUUAGAGAUUAGUGCCACGAAUAAUAUACUAGAUUGCCUACUUACAACCAGAUGAGGAUGGUGAUGGGCUCUAGCUGCAGUCUGGCUCCACUCGUCUGGUGUAGAACAGGCUCUCUGGAGGCUGUUUGUGUUCUGGGAGAACGGGAAGCAGCUCCAUUUUUUUAAGGCCCUUUACACAGCUCAAGGUCUGGGCCCCAGGGUCCACCUUCAUGUUCCACCAAUUAGUUUGUUCACAGGAGUAGGGGAUGUCCUGAUAUGUGUGUAAGGAAUGCAUUGUGUGAAUCUGUGUUUGUAUGUGUAAGGGCUGCAAUGUGUGUUUCUAUGUAUGUACGGGAUGCAGUGUGUGCGUCUGUAAGGGGUGCAUUGAGUGUGUGUAAGGGGUGCAUUGAGUGUGUGUAAGGAAUGCAUUGUGUGUUUCUGUGUGUGUAAGGGAUGCAUUGUGUGUAAGGAUUGAAUUGCGUGUGUGUGUGUGUGUCUGUGUGUGUAAUGCAUUGUGUGUUUUUCUGUGUGCAAGGGGUGCAUUGUGUGUGUGUGAUGGAUGUCAAUCUCUCCCCCCUCCCUUGUCACUCUCUUCUCCCCCUCUCCCUCCCUCGUCACUCUCUUCUCUCCCCCCUUGUCUCUCUCUUCUCCCCCCUCCCUUGUCACUCUCCCCUCCCCACUCUCAUUCCCCCUCCUAACCCAGUCAAUUCCCCUCCCUGUCAAUAUCUUCCCCCCCACCUUGUCAAUUUAUUUCCCCCCCACCCUGCCUGUCCAUUUAUUCCCCCCCCUGUCCAUUUAUCCCCCCUCCCCUGUCCAUUUAUCCAUUUAUCCCCCCUCCCCUGUCCAUUUAUUCCCCCUCCUGUCCAUUUGUUCCCCUCUCCCUCCCCUCCUGUCCAUUUAUCCCCCCCCCUCCCCUCCCUGUCCAUUUAUUCCCCCCCUCCCCUCCCUGUCCAUUUAUUCCCCCUCUCCCCUCCCCUCCUGUCCAUUUAUUCCCUCUCCCCUCCCUCCCUGUCCAUUUAUUCCUCCCCUACCUCUAUUGUAGCGUGGCCAAGCCCAGUAUAGUCCGCGGGUACAGGUAGCUUUUGUUUCCUGUACCCGGCCGGACUAAAAGGAAGUGAGACAGAUGCUCUCUGUACCCGCCGACUAUACUGGGCUCGGCCACGCUACUACAGAGGGAGUGACAGGAGGGAGCGCUGAGCGCUUCCCUCCUGUCAGCCCCUCUCCCCAUGCUGCGCCCGGGCGGUGCGGUCCGCCCUCAUGGACGCACCGCGCGGGCAAAGCUGCAGCCGCCUGAGGCUCUUUACAGAGCGCUCGGGCGGCUGCAGCAUGGGGGGCCGGAGCUCCUGGCGGCGCCCCUUCCCAAGGGGCGCCCUAGGCGGCUGCCUAGUCCGCCUUACAGGUAGCGCCGGCCCUGGGUGUGGACUACAUCUACCCUAAAGCACUAUGGAUGUAAGAGCAUUAUGAGAAAUGUAGUCCACAACAUCUGGAGUGCCAAAGGUUGCCUAUCCCUGGCCUAGAUUGCACAAACAUCCUAACAUCUGAGUGAGUGUUGUGACUGUACAGCGAUGAGUAAGCCCCCAAAAUUCUGGAGUUGGAGGCCCUCUAAAGUCACCUAAAGGGCGGACCUAAUGCUAUUGUAUAAUAAUUACGAUUAUAAAACAUUAUUUAACAAAGGAAGUAUUACUUAUAUUCCACAGGCCCCAUGGAUAAUCGAGGAGAAACGACCUCCAGAGGACUGGCCAAGUAAAGGAGAAGUAACAUUAUCAAACUAUUCUGUUCGUUAUCGAUCUGGCUUAGAUUUAGUGUUGAAAAGCCUAAAUCUCCAAGUGAAGGGGGGAGAAAAGGUAAAUAUUUCUAAUAAUGUUACCUGUCUUGUGGAAUCUUUCACAGAGGUCAACAGGAGAUUCAGCUAAAUCGUAGAAUUUUCCACUCAGCUGUUUAGGACUUUCACAUGUGUUUCCUUUGACAAUUUCAUAAAAUUCCUCUUUUACUGAAUAAACCUCAUUAUAUGCUUUAGCUGUUGAUAAAGUAUACUGUACAGCCCAAUUAAAUAUAUACAAACCAGAUCCUUUUCUAGGCACUGCAUUAAAAAAAAUAAAAAUAAAAAUAAAAAAAAUAGAAUUAUCAAAUAAAUAUAAAUAAAAAUGAUUUUUGUGAUUUUAUUUUAAUUGCACAGGUUGGCAUUGUUGGAAGAACUGGAGCGGGGAAAUCAUCGAUGACCCUUUGCCUUUUUAGAAUUUUGGAAGCCGCAGAAGGAAUCAUCACGAUAGAUGGUGUCAAUAUCUCAGAAAUAGGUCUUCACGAUCUAAGGUCCAUGCUGACUAUCAUUCCUCAGGUAAACCAUUUGUUUCAUUGCUGCGGUUUUUCCGUAAUAGCAGCCUAGGCCAGAGUAACUGCAGAGAUCCGAAAUUUAGAGAACUAUAUUCCAUUUAUCUCUAGAUUGUCAGGUAGCUCUGGAUUUACAAACAUAUUUUGAAUUGGAUGGUUACCUAUUGACUGUUAUUAGGGGUGCAGCUAUUUCUCCACUAAAGAACCUUAUUUUGAUACAUUUUAUCUCCUUACCAGGACCCAGUACUUUUUUCUGGCACUUUAAGAAUGAACCUCGAUCCUUUUGAUAAAUACUCAGAAGAAGAAAUAUGGAAAGCACUGGAACUGUCCAAUUUAAAGAAAUUUGUUACCAGUCAGUCAAAUAAACUGGAAUAUGAAUGUUCUGAAGGAGGAGAAAACCUAAGGUAUAGUACGCCAUUAGUAUUAGUAUAUUGUAGGAAAAUUACCCGUGCUUUGCUGGACAUUAGAAGUAUGCAUCACCAUGACAUAUCUGCAGUGCCAAAGAUAGCAAACAAUACUCUCAAUCAAUUGAGAACCAGCAUUUUCCUUAUUGCCUGCUGGGAGUCACUAGACAGCAGCCUAUAAUUUUUUAACUGGCCAUAAUGCCAGUACGGUGUGUGCAUAGGUGUUCUUACAGGGAUAUCGCGACUCAUCCCAAUAUGGAAAAUCUCUGUUAUCAUUUGUAAUUACAUAGAAACAUAGAAUGUGACGGCAGAUAAGAACCAUUCGGCCCAUCUAGUCUGCCCAAUUUUCUAAAUACUUUCAUUAGUCCCUGGCCUUAUCUUAUAGUUAGGAUAGCCUUAUGCCUAUCCCACGCAUGCUUAAACUCCUUUACUGUGUUAACCUCUACCACUUCAGCUGGAAGGCUAUUCCAUGCAUCCACUACCCUCUCAGUAAAGUAAUACUUCCUGAUAUUAUUUUUAAACCUUUGUCCCUCUAAUUUAAGACUAUGUCCUCUUGUUGUGGUAGUUUUUCUUCUUUUAAAUAUAGUCUCCUCCUUUACUGUGUUGAUUCCCUUUAUAUAUUUAAAUGUUUCUAUCAUAUCCCCCCUGUCUCGUCUUUCCUCCAAGCUAUACAUGUUAAGAUCCUUUAACCUUUCCUGGUAAGUUUUAUCCCGCAAUCCAUGAACCAGUUUAGUAGCCCUUCUCUGAACUCUCUCUAAAGUAUCAAUAUGACUGGACCUUCUGAACCAGCACACUGGUUCGGGUUCCUAAUCCAAAUUUGUUAAAUUCUGCUCACCAUGAAGAGUUCAAAACAAAGUAGUCUGCCUUUAAAAAUUAGUUAUGUUAAGAAGCAUUGUAUGGUACACCUUUCACAAAUCUUGAAAAAAAAAUACUUUUGUGAUGUUUUGUGUUGUAUAGUUUUAUGCUGCAAACAUUAAUUUGUUGGAUUUUUGUUAUGUUUUUUUUUUCGUUUUGUUUUUUUAUUUUAACCCACCCAGUGUUGGACAAAGGCAACUUGUCUGUCUGGCCAGAGCACUUCUCCGCAAAACUCGAAUUCUCGUUCUGGAUGAAGCUACUGCCGCGAUUGACUUGGAAACAGAUGAUCUUAUCCAAACGACCAUAAGGACUCAGUUUGAAGACUGCACGGUGCUAACAAUUGCUCACAGGCUAAAUACCAUAAUGGAUUAUACCAGGUGAAUGAAUAAUGUCUUACACUGGGCCAAACCAAGUAAUGAUAAAAAAGGGUGGUGGUAGUCGUGGAGAACAGAAAAUUAGCUAACUCACUCACAACUGAACACGGGAAUACUGCUAGCAAUAGUUUAAAUGGCCAAAGUGGCACGUGUCCUUUUUAGGAAUGUGUAGAUGUUCCAUUUAAUGAGAAAUUGUGGCUUACUGAUUUCUCCCAUUGUAGUUUAAGUAUGAAAUUACUGCCGGUUGUAAUGAUGUGUUAAGGUCUGUUGAUGACUUACACACAGCAAACAUUUGGGCCUCCUUAAAAUUAUGGAGUUUGCAAAACAUUUUUAAAUGGCUAAUUAACUAAAGGGACACCCCAUUUACCUAUGGUGCAAAACUGCACUGGCAAAGCAGCAAACAGGAAAUCAUGAACUAUCUGAGAUUCAUGGUUUACGGGGAAAAAAGAAUACAACAAACUAUUACACCUUAGCUCCACACUCAUCACCGACAUCCAGUAGGAAGGGAAUGAGAAGGUAGAUAACAUACAGCCCUUUCUGUAUGGUUCAUAUGGCUGCUGUACACAACCAGGCACAUUUACAAAAGAGCCAGUGGCAGGAUCUAAUUUAUUACAAAAAAAUGUAUCCUUUAAUUAUUCAUAUUUCACUGCCUUUAGUAAGAUUCAGAUUAAAGGACCACUCUAGGCACCCAGAGCACUUCAGCUUUAUGAAGUGGUCUGGGUGCCAGGUCCAGCUAGGGUUAACCCAUUUUUUUUUUAUAAACAUAGCAGUUUCAGAGAAACUGCUAUGUUUAUGUUAGGGUUAAUCCAGCCUCCAAAUCCUCUAGUGGCUAUCUCAUUGACAGCCGCUAGAGGAGCUUGCAUGCUUCUCACUGUGAAAAUCACAGUGAGAACACGCAAGCGUCCAUAGGAAAGCAUUAUGAAUGCUUUCCUAUGAGACCGGCUGAAUGCACGCAGCUCUUGCCGCGCAUGCGCAUUCAGCCGACGGGGAGGAGAGAGGGAGGAUCGGAGGAGGAGAGCUCCCCGCCCAAUGCUGGAAUAAAGGUAAGUUUAACCCCAUUCCUUGCCAUCCAGCCCAGCGGGAGGGGCACCCUCAGGGCACUAUAGUGCCAGGAAAACGAGUAUGUUUUCCUGGCACUAUAGUGGUCCUUUAAGUUGCUCUUGGUAAACUAGUGACUCUUAGAUUUUGCAGUUGAAGUAUUAACCACUCAGCUACCUCAGUGGUCAAUAUACUGGGUAUAAAAAAAUUUUUUAUAAAAAAAAAAAAACAAUUAAUUUUUUACUACUUAUGCAUUAAUAGAAUAAUGAUCACCGAAUAUUGAAUGCAGACUGUCAAAGGUUAGACACUGAAAUAAAUGUAUUUCUCUGUUGUGAGUCCUGCUCCAGUUGUAAAAUAUAAACUCAUGGUGACUGAGCAGACAGUCAGGACAAGAAGUUCAGAUAUGCACUGGAAAUGAAUGAUUUAAUAGCGUGAGCCUGAAAAUGCUAAUUAGUUAAUAAACACAUGUUAAUCUGUUAAAGAGCUAAAAAUAUUUUAACACCUGUUCCAGUGUUUUAUAUACCUAAACUGAAUUUAGUUUACUGUGAGGUUAAAUUUUAGAAGUAUAUUAAACAUUUCCAAUAAACAAAUAUCUGCAUUAAACUAUAUAAAUUUGAUAUUGUUUUAGUUGUAAAUACGCAGUACAUUAAUUCCAUAACAUGUAUAUAUAUUUUCAGUUGACAUUGUACAAUACUGUAGGUUUUAUAAUUAUUAUUUUUUUUUUGUUAUUCGGUUGCAGGGUCCUUGUUUUAGACAAAGGGAAAAUUGCAGAAUUUGAUACGCCGGCAAAUCUUAUAGCUUCAAAAGGAAUUUUUUAUGGAAUGGUGAAGGACGCUGGAUUAGCUUGAAUUUUAUGAUUGGAUUAUGUUACAAAUUCUUUUAUUUUAAAUUUUUUUAAAUUUUAUUUUUAUUUUUUGUCGAUGUAAAUAAAAUUUACAAAACAAAUUUAUUUUUUACAUUUACAUUAUUCUGUAUUGAAACCAUAAUCAUUUAUAUUUAAAAAUUGUCAUAUUUUUUUUUUCUUUAAAAAAAAAAAAAAAGCUAAAUAUUGCAUUACUGGUAAGAAAGUCUGUUUAUUGUCUUUUUUUUUUUUUUAGCAGAUUUUUGUGAAUGGAUUUGAAAGAG